CCCCAGCGAGGAACCCCCCCCCGCCAAGGAGGCGGGCCCCGCUCGGCUGACGUCAAUGUGGGGGCGGGCUCGGAAGAUGGCUGGCGCUGGAGGGAAUGCCCUCUUGCAACCGCAGCGCCGAGCGGAGCGCAGGCUUGGCGGGGCCGCGCGGGGGACGCUGCUGGGGCCGGAUCGAGGAAGCGCCCAUCGCCCUCCUUUUGCACCGGCCGCAGGGAUUGCAAUCGCCGCCUGGGUUUUAAUUUUUUAACCUCUAUAUCGCUCGAUCUCUAUAUUUCCUUCUUUUUUUUGGAAAGAGUUUCCUUUGGCCACCUUCCCUCGCUCAGCCCAGGAAGCACCAUGAGUCUCCCUGAAGAUGCAGUGAAGGAAAAAUUGCUCUGGAAUGUGAAGAAGGAGGUAAGAGAGAGAGGGGUGGUUGGGUUCUGAGCACUUUUUUUUUUGCACAAUUUUUUUUUGGGGGGGUCGUCCCUCCCAAGAGACUGAUCCCCCCCCCCCCAUCUUCCAUUUUCCCCAUCUCUCUCCCUCUGGAGUCUUCCUUUGCAUUUUGGGUCUUUUCCCCCCACCCCCCAGAUAGAUUCCCCAUCCAACUCUCACCCCAAUUCCGGGGUUUGUUUGUGGGCAUUUGAGGGGUGCCAGAGCUCGGCUCGGCUGAAGCUCAGGUGCGGAAAGGGGGCUUGGUUUGUUUUUGAAGAACCAAGGAGGUGCUUUGAGAAAGGUCUCUGGGCAGCCAUGCCUGCCCCCCGGGGGUUGCGGUGGGUCGGAGGGGUCAGCACCCACCCUGUUCCCGGUUUCUCAGCCCAGAAUUGGGGAUCAGGUGGAAAAACGUGUGUAUAUAUGCUGUUUAUCGAAUGGCGAAGGAAAAGCACUCUGUGCAAGCUCAGAGGCUCCCUUUCCCCCUUCACUCACACUUUCUGUAUUGCAAGGUACUGAGUGCAGGUGAUGUUUGGAUUUCAAAUGAACACACAUACACACACUCUUUCUUUCUGUGUCUGUCAGUGAGCACCAUACAUUUAAAGCACACCUCCCUCCCCAUGUGAAUCCUGGGAAUUGUAGUUUACUCUUCACAGAGCUACAGUUCCCAGGAUUCUUGCGGGGGUGUGUGUGUGCUUUAAAUGGGGUGUGUGCCCCCAAAGUGCAUGCUCUCAUAUAUAUUCUGCAGGCGAGACUUAAACCUUAUUCUUAAUGGGACUUACUAUGUAUUUAAUGGGACUGACUCUUUGGUAAAGAGCACACAGAACCACAGCUUGGAUUUGACCUGGGGGCCUAGGACUCUAGAGCCUGUUUUCUUCCUAGGUUCUGCUUUCAAAACACCCGGCAAGCAAACCUGCUCCCAGUUUGGAAGCUGCUGGGGAUGUUUUGCAUUUGAGCCUGGGGUUUGUCAGGCUCAGCUUCGGCUCUGUGAAGAGAGCAGUUUUCCUGGUGCAUCUUCAAUUAGUCCUCCCCCUUCCUACUACCAGCUGUGUAACCAGUCGCCAGCCUGAUACAGUGUCUCUGGGUGUGUGCAGAGUGCCGUUCUCCCACCACCGCGACACACAUAGCUGGAAGAACUCCUCUGUAAGUCUGGACUGGCACAGGAGCUGCCAGCUCAGAGGUUGUGGUGUUGGGGGCUGCUUUGAACCCCCAAGAUCUCACAGAUUAAAACAACAUUGCUCUCAGGGAGGAAGAUUGCUCCAGUGUUGCACUAAACCUGGGAUCUGCCUUAACACCAAGCAGAUCACUUGACCGGCUGACUAGCAGAGCAGAACCAGGGAAGCAGCCUCAGACCAUUGCUCCAUCUAACUCAGUAUUGCCUACACUGACUGGCAACAGGGCUUCAGGCAGGGGACGUUCCCAGCCCUACCGUUGGGGAUUGUGACCUGGCCGGAGGCGAGACAAUAAAGGCAUUUUACUGGCUGAUUCACUUUGCAGACUCUGAGCACACUUCCCCAAAUGCCUUGGAAAGCCUUGUCCCCUGUAGGCAAAGGUUGCUUAUUUGUGUGGGGAGAGAGAUGGUAAAAAGAGAGGGUCUGGAAUACAUUUUUUUGAGGGGGGUGUGUGUGUGUGUGUGUGUGCAUACUGGCAUACUGGCUGAAAGCACCAAAAGUCUUCACCAGCUCAUUUCCACACACACACACACACACCCUGCCUUCAGUGAGUCUUGCACAGAGAUAGAGUAGCAGUCUGUUCUUCGGUGGGGAGGGGGCUUCUAGGAUGGCGAUGGAUGCUUUGCUUUUGGGGUGGGGGGGCAGCUGGCUCUAGAGGGUUCAUCUCCACGCUUUCUCUCUCCUCUUCUCCGCCUCCCCCCCUUUAUCAGUUGCCUUGUCCUCAGUGACGCAGAUGCUUCUGCCUUGCUGAUGUGUGUGUGUGUGUGUUCAUCGAAGUGUGUUGGUGGAGGGGGGGGGACGGGGACAUGAAUUCAUUCAAAAAUUGCAAGAGCCGCAUCCAGCCCUGUGUCCCCUGAUGCAUGUUAAGUAGCCGCGACAGCUUGAUUUAAAGGGAUCUGCUGUGAAUUAGCUGCCUGGGUUCUAAUCCAUCAGUUAAUUGAUCUGAGAGCUGCAUAAAUUUGCAUAUGAAUGACAAACCGAGGUUCUGAAAUUGGAGGGAGAGAAGAAUUAUUAUCUUUUCCGGGGAGGUUAUUUUUUUUUAGCUGGUGCAAAAAAAAAAAGAAAGUUCCCCCCAAAACACAUCCAUGUGUGUGUGUGUGUGUGUGUGUGUGUGUGUGUGUGAAAGAGAGAGGUACAAAUCUUCCUAAGGCAGAGUUAGAAGAAGCUGCUUGUGUGAGAGAGUCACACAAGUCCCUUCCACUCACAGAUUUAUCAGGGAUUGCAAUAUGAUUAUCUUAAAGAUGUUAUUGGUUGUAUCCAGUGUUUAGAUGUGCUCAGAGUAGACCCACUGAAAUUAAUGGCCAUGACUGACUUAGAUCUAUAUUUUCAGUGAGUCUACUCUGAGUAGCCCAAUAUGUUUAGAAUCCUAGAAUUGUGCAGUCGGAUGGGACCCCGAGGGCCAUCUAGUCCAACCCCCUUACGAUGUACAGGACUCGAACCCACAACCCUGAGGUCGAGAGUCUCAUGCUCUCCUGACGGAGCUUUUAUUAAGGUGGCACUUUUCAAUCAAUCAAUCAAAACUCGGAUCGACCUAUCCAGCUAAUCAAUGCAUAGCCUACACCAGGCAACUUCGUGCAAGCCAGAAAUCUCUCCAGGAAGAUGUGAAAAUCGAGAUUAAAGGCAUAAGAAGAGUUUGCUUGGGAGGAAGCCAAGGUCCAUUCAGUCCAGCAUCUCAGAGUGACUGACUAGAUACCUCCGGCAAGCACAUAAACAGUGCAAGAAGCCAGUAGCCCUGUCCUGACCCCCUCAACCCAUAUUAAGAGUUAGGGAUGGGCAAGAAAUUUGAUUUGGUUUGCAUUUAAAGCCAAAUCUAUCAAACUCACGCAGUUAAGGGGUAGACUGCUCCUCAACACAGAGACUCUAUUUCUAGCUAUCGUUGUUAAUAAGAGCAGAGUCCUGCAGGAUCAGACCAAAGUCCUAUUUAGUCCGCCGCCCCACAGUGGCCGGUUACUGUAGAUGCCUCUGGGAAAACCCCAAGAAGGGCUCUGAAGCUACAGCCCUCUACUGGUGGUGUCCUCAGCAAGCUGGAAUUCAGAGGUAGGACUCGAACCCAUGGCUUCGAGUUACAAGAAAGGAGAAUCUGACUAAACAUCAGGAAGAACCAUUCGACAGUGGAACAGACACCCUCAGGAUGUGGUGGAUUCCAUUGGAGGUUUUUAAGCAGAAGUCUGUCUUGGAUUCCUGCCUUGCAUGGGGUUGGACUGGAUGACCCUCAGGGUCCCUUCCGACUCUUGCGAUUUUGUGAUUCUAGGUAGACUGCCUCUGGACAUGGAAGUUCUACGCAGCCAUUAUGGCUCAUUCUUAGUCCUCUUCUUCUUCAUGAAUUUGCCUGUACGCAUCCCCUUUCUGAAACCAGCUGUGCCCAUCCAGCGAGUCAGACCAAUGAAAUCAAGGCUGUGUGUAUUAAUGAGAUUCUCCGGGCUGCUGAGAUGGCUUGCCUGAUGGCAGCUGUCAGCAGUUCAUGAAGCAGUUGCCGAAUAUGUGCAAAUCUCUGGGGUCCUCCUAGGCCCAGGGCAGUCCAGGUUUUUGGCAGAGUUGCACCCAGGUUCCCUGGAGACCUCUGCCUCCCUCCCCCUCCCUACAUUUAUGGAGGGUUUUAUAAAGGUUUAUAUAAUACAGCCAGCAAUCGAGGCGUGACUUGGAGACACAGUUUUCUGCGCACCCCUGCUUCCUGAUAGGUAGACAAACAGGAAAGUUGGGGAAUCCUGGGGGCCGCACUCCCUUCUAGGAGGCCAAUUGGGGGGGCCAUGUGCCCUGGUGGGUGGGGCCAGAGGCAAAAGUGGGUGGAGCAAUAAAUGUGAGUUUUACCUUCUAGCAGAGUAAGCUAAUUUUAUUGCACACUCUUCUUUGCCCUCCGUCCAGCCAAGAAAGCAGCAUUAUAGAAGUUAUACCCACCAUGCAAAAGGACCCAAGGAGCUUUUAGAUUUCCCACAAUGCCUUGGUACAACACUACAUGGCUGCCAUUUUUAGGAAAUUUAAAUGGCAGCCGACCGCUAGGAAAAAGUGGUCUCAGGGCAAACGCUGGCAGUGGGCAUUGGAAGGGCAGUAGUGCCCCGAGUGCCUGUUGCUGAUGGCAAACCUGCCCCCUCAAAAGGGUCCGGAAGCUUCCUUUGUGGGAACAUCCAGCCCACCUUUGCUUAAACCACUUCCUGGCCACGCAGAUGUGUUUCGAUUGCUAAAGUGUACUCUGAUUUCCCCCUUUCCCUCGUGGCAUUUAAUUCUCUGCAUCUUUUUGCGCCGAAGCAGUAAAUUAGGCUUUUGCGUGCGGCAAAUUGUUGCCCUUGCCCUGCUUGGGAAACUGCUAAAAUUGAGUUCCUUUUCCUGAGCAAUAUGUUUCUCUGCCUCAAACCGAUCCGUUUCAGGUAAAUCUUCGUCCUUGGGGGAACAUUUAAGAACUUAUUUGCUGGCUUGGAUUUUCUGGCGGCCUUGCUUGCUGUUCCCACUGGGAAGCAAUUUAUUUUCUUGACUUUAAGAGAAAGGCAGGCCUGUAAAAUGUCUUGAGAAAUUUGGCUCAGUUGCCUCCCGACGUUUACCUCCUCUGUGGGGAAGCCUGUCCUGAUGAGAAGUGUUGUGAAGCUCGUUGGUCUUUCUCCAGCUGAUUUAUGGGUUUCUGCAAAUCUGAACCAGAUCGACAUGGGCGAUCCAGCUUUAACCCUGGGCAACCACUCAGUAUGGGGUGUGCGAACCCACAACUCUGAGAAGAGUGCAAGAGGUGGUCUCUGUGCUGGGAGGGGGUCCAGAGUAGUCAAACUUCUUUUGGCCAGGGAGCUACUCUCACCCACCACUUUUCCACACAGCUUUCCCCCUCCGCAGCAGUGUUCGAAAUUAGACAGGUGCCUUUUCCACCUGACUAUUGACCAUUUAAAGGGACACGGGUGGCGCUGUGGGUUAAAUCACUGAGCCUAGGGCUUGCUGAUAAGAAGGUUGGCGGUUCGAAUCCCCGCAACAGGGUGAGGUCCCGUUGCUCGGUCCCUGCUCCUGCCACCCUAGCAGUUCGAAAUCACAAAGUCCAAGUAGAUAAAUAGGUACCGCUCCGGCGGGAAGGUAAACGGCGUUUCCGUGCGCUGCUCUGGUUCACCAGAAGCAGCUUAGUCAUGCUGGCCACAUGACCCAGAAGCUGUACACUGGCUCCCUCAGUCAAUAAAGUGAGAUGAGCGCUGCAACCCCCGAGUCGUCCAAAACUGGACUUAACUGUCAGGUGUCCCUUUACCUUUUAUUGACGAUUUACGACCAAGUGAAGAUGCCUGGACGCCAGGAUGGCACCUGCCGUCUCCACCAUUUGGAGAUGCAUACCUGGGGACUUUACAGCCAUCUUGUCCAAAAAUGGCAACUAGACAUUCCGUUUUGGCGACUGCAACCUUGGUUUAAGGAGCCAUUUUGCACCUAGCUUAUAUAACUGAGUUUCUAGCACUGCUCCCCAGCACUCACUUUACAGGGUGGCACAGGGUGGGUACUUCAUAUCUUUGCUCAUCCCGACGCCAUGUCUAUCUUUCUCUCUUUGCCACUGCCACCAAAAUCAGUUGGGGGGCGGGGGCUUUCCAGGCUGGAGGAUAGUCAAACUAGAGUCUAGACUGGAGGUGUGAAGGCAUUGAGCAGAGAGUUAUGAUUCAAAAAUGUUCUGUGUUCUCCCACAUCCUUCUGGGGCUUCACAUAUCUAGUUUAGACCCCAAAUCCUAGGUGGGCUUCUAGGUCCACAGCAGCCAUUCUCAACUUUGGUUCCCCAAAUGCUCUUGAACUACAACUCCCAUAAUCCCUCACUGCUGGCCAUGCUGUCCAGGAAAGAUGGGAGUUGUGGUCCAACAACAUCUAGGAACCCAAGGCUGAGAAAGGCUGGCCUAUGGACCCUGAACAGGAAAGUUUAUCAUGUUUGGCUUCUAUUGCCAUUGCAGCUUUGAGACUUGGCAAGUCACCGUUCACACUGGAUGCCAAUUUGUUUCCAGGCUCGGAUCAAGUUGCUAGUCCUGGCCUGUCAUCUGAUGGUUGCAGCGGGUAGGGAAUGGAAAAUCAGGAGGGAGAAUGAAUUGGAGUAUCAUGAACAAGGGCAUUCUGCACUGCGAGAUUUUGUUGCGGGGCUCCCCUGAUUUUAAUUCCAAUUCCUUUUUGCUCCUGUUUUCUAUGCAAAGUCACAUGGCUUCCUCCAAAGAAUACUGGGAACUGUAGUUUAACCCUUACAGUGCUAUAGUUCCCAGCACCCUGAAUAAAGUGGUCAAAGAUCUUGUGAACCGCCCUGAGAUCUUGUGAUGGAGGAUGGUAUAUUAUAAUAAUCAUCAUCAAAGCAGCACACAAAAAUCAAUGAAGCAAGGGUAAAACAUAGCCUAUAAUACCUCUGUCAUAUUAAAACAAGUAAGCUUUUUUGUUUUUAAAAACCACUUUUUUAUUCCUCAUUUUGCCCAAGUAUCUUGCUUGCUCUUCACAACACAGGAAAGAAACACCUCCAUGUUUCUUCCUCCCUGAUUUCAUUGUGUUGGCCAGGUGCUGAAAUUUUAAUAGAGGCUUCCCUAUAUCCAGGGCAGCAAGAUCCUAUUAGCUACGAAGCCAUUAGCUAAAUUAAAUGGAUUUCUGCCUGUUUUGGAGUGGGUUCAGGGCCUCCAAUGUAAGACCCCAUCUGUGCUCAGGUCUGUGUGGGCAUGAAAGGAAUGGUGCCCAUUUUUCAAAUGCAUCUCCAGGCAGUUUUCAGGGUAGAAUCAUAAUUCUCUAGCUGGUCGGAAGUUUGGGGGGUGGGCGGCGAAAGUCUCUUACACGUUUUUUGUUUAAAGCAAAGCAAAAAUGCCCAACUGUCUCCAACAACCUGCGUCUGAUUCAGAGAGAAUGGAUUGUGUUGCUUCACUGCCUGUAGCAUCUUAAAACUUUUGCUGUUGUAAUGCAUGGUACGUUUGUAGAUCUGGAAUUAGGUAUGGGGGGCACCCCCUCCCAUGAUCAGAAAUACUGCCAGCAUGCCAAGGGUGUCUGUCUGCCACCACUGAGUAAUUCUCCCAUCCUCGACGAGAGGGCAGGGAAGUGUGAUCUAUCACAGUCCUCCCCGACAUAAUGUGCAAUUUGCGGUUUCAGUUGGACUAGAAUAUGCUUGGUGGAUUUGUGCCCAUCUGGGAGACAUUUUGCUUGUUGCUGUUGCUUCCCUCUUUGCAGUGAUGGAUGGCUGUAUCCUCUAGACUCCCAAGCACAGAGAAACUUGUGCUGGAUCGUUUUCAGUUCUGAGCAUGGGAUGAAUAAUCAGCCACCAGCAAUUUUUGCUCCCGUUUCUUUCUUUCAUAAGAAUUCUCUUGACUUCCCUGGUCUGCAGUGAGCUCUUAUCUGCCCCUGGAACUGGCUGCCAUGUGGGGUCUCUGCCUAACACAAGGAGUCUCUGGCUUGCCACAUGGGGUCUUUGGCUUGCCAUGUGCUGUUCCGGCUGCCACGUGGUGUCUCUGACUUGCCACAUGGAGUCUCUGGCUUGCCAUGUGGCGGCUCUGGUUGCCACGUGGUGUCUCUGACUUGCCACAUGGAGUCUCUGGCUUGCCAUGUGGCGUCUCCAGUUGCCACAUGGUGUCCCUGCCUGCUAUGUGGUGUCUUUGAUUUGCCACAUGGAGUCUCUGAUUUGCCACGUGGAGUCUCUGAUUGCCAUGUGGUAUCUCUGGCUUGCCACAUGGUGUCUCUGGCUUGCCACAUGUAGUAUCUUGCUUGCCAUGAGGUGUCUCACCUGCCAUGUGGCUUCUCUGGUUGCCAUGUGGUGUUCCUGCCUGCUACGUGGUAUCUCUGGCUUGCCACAUGGAGUCCCCUGGCUUGUCACGUGGUGUCUCGGUCUCUUGGCCCUUUGCCUCUGUUCUGCUCGCUCCCCUCAAAACCUGGCUCUUCCCCAACGCACAAAUCUAUAUUAUCUCAGGACAGUGCUUUCUGGGUCUUCUGCCAAGGCAAACAGGGAAUGGAGCUGGUUAAGACAACACCGCUUGUUCGAGUGAGCAGGGAGGAGGCCGCCCCGUAGUUCAACAAGGCUGCCCAGGUGUUGCCUUAGCGAUGCCACUUAGAGGCCCAUUUCCACUCCCUCUUGCUUCCUGCUUGUCAAUGUGCCAAGCUUUUGCCUCCUGCCACUUCUCUGAGAACUGGCUUGCGUCCUGGGAGAACUGCCCGCCUUUCCGAAGUCAAAAGACAACCCGAUACAGUUCCAUUCUUUCUUUUGGGGGAACUCUGGGAGUUUGUGAGGGGACAAGGGGUCUCCUAGGAAGGGACGCGGGUGGCGCUGUGGGUAAAACCUCAGCGCCUAGGACUUACUGAUCGCAUGGUCGGCAGUUCGAAUCCCCGUGGCGGGGUGCGCUCCCGUCGUCCGGUCCCAGCGCCUGCCCACCUAGCAGUUCGAAAGCACCCCCGGGUGCAAGUAGAUAAAUAGGGACCGCUACCAGCGGGAAGGUAAACGGCGUUCCGUGUGCUGCGCUGGCUCGCCAGAUGCAGCUUGUCACGCUGGCCACGUGACCCGGAAGUGUCUGCGGACAGCGCUGGCUCCCGGCCUAUAGAGUGAGAUGAGCGCACAACCCUAGAGUCUGGCAAGACUGGCCCGUACGGGCAGGGGUACCUUUACCUUUACCUUAGCACCUCUCGGCACCUUUAACAAAUGAUAGACCAUAGGAUUUUUGUGGCUCGAGGAACCAGGACUGCUUAAAUAGGUUUAACGCUGCUUCAAAUGUAUGGGGCGGGUGUGGCCCUAAUCGUUCAGGGGCCUCUUUCUAUAAGGCCCCGUCAGUUCAGGAUUUUCAACAGGCUUUAAAAGCCCACUUCACUUCAGGUUCCUUUUUCUACAAGUGUUCCUGGUGCUUGUUAUGGCCCUUGGAGAGGGGUUGCGGCAGGGAAGUCAGGCUUCUUCAGGGAACUAGGCCGGAGAUUUGAGGCAGUGAAGCACUUGCCCAUGGGGCAGUCCCAGAAGAGGAGGCCGGUAUCUCCUGGCCCAAGGAGGUUUCGUUACCCUCUUGUGACUCCUGGUCCCUCAGAGACACUGAUUUCUGAAGCAAUAUUUGAGCUCUGCAGUUCUGGAGUCUCCCGCCUGAGCCGUUCUAGAUGCCCUGUGCUAUCAGAACAAAGACAAAUUUGACCAACUUAGAGGCGUAGCAAGCUAGCUUAUGGCAAGCCAUACUGUCCGUCCAUCUGUCGCAGCCUUAUCGGUGUGCGGUAGUGGUUAGAGGGAGACGUGGGUUCAAAUCCCCUCUCAGCCAUGAACCCUAAUGCUAACCCUAUUAUUAUUAUUAUUAUUAUUAUUACCCCACCCAUCUGGCUGGGUUUCCCCAGCCACUCUGGGCGGCUUCCAACAAAAUAUUAAAAAUACAACAAAACAUCAGACAUUAAAAACUUCCCUUCAGAUGUCUUCUAUAAGUCAGAUAGUUUAUUUCCUUGACAUCUGAUGGGAGGGUGUUCCACAGUGUGGGUGCCACUACCAAGAGGUCCCUCUGCCUGGUUCCCUGUAACCUCAUUUCCCACAGUGAGGGAACCGCCAGAAGACCCUCGGCGCUGGACCUCAGUAUCCGGGCUGAACGAUGGAGGUGGAGACGCUCCUUCAGGUAUACUGGGCCGAGGCUGUUUAGGGCUUGAAAGGUCAACACCAACACUUUGAAUUGUGCUCGGAAAUGUACUGGGAGCCAAUGCAGAUCUCUCAGGACCAGUGUUAUGUGGUCCCAGCGGCCACUCCCAGUCACCAGUCUAGCUGCUGCAUUCUGGAUUAAUUGCAGUUUCCGGGCCACCUUCAAAGGUAGCCCCACGUAGAGCGCAUUGCAGUAGUCCAAGCGGGAUAUAACUAGAGCAUGCACUACUCUGGCGAGAUAGUCUGUGGGCAGGUAGGGUCUCAGCCUGUGUACCAGAUGGAGCUGGUAGACACAGAAUUGACUUGUGCCUCCAUGGACAACUGUGAGUCCAAAAUGACUCCCAGGCUACACCAUUUGGGAACAAGGAGUCCUCCACACCCACCCGCCCCCUGUCCCCCAAAACAGUACUUCUGUCUUGUCAGGAUUUAACCUCAAUCUGUAUAACCCUUGAGCUCCUUAGAGAAAAGGUGGGAUAGAAACAGAAUAAAUAGAAUAGAUAGAUUAUUGAGACUGACAGGCAGUAGCUCUCUGGGGUCUCAAGCAGAUCCUUUUAACUGGAGAUGAAUGGGCAUUGCACACCUGGGAUUGUCUUCUUGCAAAGCAGGUUCUCUAUCUCUGAACUGUGGUUGCUUUCUUCUUCUUCUUCUUCUUCAUCAUCAUCAUCUUUUUAUUAAUUUUUUAAAGAUUUUACAAAUUCUUUUAGACAACACAUCUCUCAUAUCCCUUGACUUCCCACCCAGCCUUCCAUGGUGUUCUUUUCUUACCAUAUAAAACUGCUAUAUUUCUCAUAUUUUACCCAUCUUAUAUGUCAGGGAACUGCCAUCGGAAGGAAGGGAGGUGAAAGGACUCAGACAGGUUGGAAGAGAUUCAGCAGCUGAAGAGGGAACCAGCAAGGGGAGAGAAGCUGAACUGAGGGAGGUGAAAGGGCUCAGACAGGUUGGAAGAGACUCAGCAGCGGAAGAGGAAACCAGCAGGGGAGACAAGCUGAACUGAGGGAAAGGGAGCUGGGGGAUGGCUCAGAGAUACUUCCAGCGAAAACAGUGGUGAGGUUUCCGGACCUCCUGUAGCGACACCCACUCCUCGCCGGAAACUGUCACGCAGAGAGUCCAGAAGACGUGUUUCCGUUAAGGAGCUUUUAUGUUGGAAGCGAUUACGAAAGCAACCACUGUCGGAAUCUUCUAGUGACUAAGAGGAGCCAUGUCAGAGGGGCUCAGUCACAGACAGAGGUUUGUGGACUUGAACAAACUCUGAGGGAAUACGAUUUUACGCACAAGCAGCUCAUAAUCCCAUCACAGCAUUCCGACAGUCUUUGAACGCAGCUUGUGCAGGAGACGGCAUAAUAAUGAGCAACCCAGCAGGAACCGGAGAAGCAGGGGCUGGAGCGGGUCCAAGCCUGGAAGAAAGGUACCGGGUGUUAGAGGUCCAGCUGGCGCUGCAGACGGCGAGGCUGGAGGAGAGGAGGGCUCAAGAUGCAGACAAAGGGAGAAAGCCACCCAGCUCGCCAGAAAGGUACCAGGAUUGGUGCAAAAAUUUGGGGGGGAGCCCAAAGACUAUCAUAGCUUUCGGACAGAAAUGCAAUAUGCCCUCAAUCUGCAGUUUGAUGAUUUCCCUGAUGAGGAAUCACGAGUGGCUUUUGUGAUUGGGCAUCUUGAAAAGGGGGCGAGAGACUGGGUUAGACCCCUGAUGGCAGCGAAUAGUGACGUCUUAAAAGACACGAUGAAGUUCUUUCGCGCCAUGGAUCUGAUGUUUUCCAGCGAUAUUGAAAAGGGAGUGGUGCGCAGACAGUUAAUGGCUUGCAAACAGGGGAGCCGAUCUGUACGUGAGUACUGGACUGAGUUCACCAUGCUGAUACACAGAUUGGGGUGGGACUUAUCGGCGGAACCCAUUCAAAUGCUCUUUGAAGAAGGGCUUUCUUCGGCUGUGAAAGAUGAACUUUCCCGGGCGCCCAGGGCGGAGUCUAUGGACCAGCUGACCAAAUCAGCGCUGGCCAUAGGAGCGCGCCAGGAGGCGAGAGCAUUGGAGAGGCGGGAAGGGAAAGGGGAACGUUGGAAGGAGUUCCGCAUUCCAGACAUUCCAGAGCCAACUGUCCCGCCGGCAGAGCCGAUGGAAAUCGGAACAGCGCGCGCGCGCGCAGUUUCAAAGCCCAGUGAGGGGGAAAGAAGGAUGGAAAAGGCGCCCGGAAAUGCUAUCUCUGCCAACAGCCAGGGCACUUUGCCAGAGUCUGCCCCCAGAGGAAGGAAUGGCAAGGGAUGGUGGGAGCUGUGGAGGGAAGAGAGGAAAAAUACCGGAGCAACUAAAAGCCAACGCCUGGCUGCCAUUGUCGGGGCACAGCAGCCAGGCCAAAGAGCAGUGAAAGUGCCCACUCCAGAACCUCCUAAACCCGCCCUAGUGAUAGAAGUGACACUAGAGCUCCCAAACGGACACCCUCUAAAGAUAAAGGCGCUGUUGGACUCAGGCAGCUCCUGCAAUUUCAUGAGCAAAGAGUUUGCAGCUGAACACCAGAUACAGACGCUCCCUUUAAGCAACCCCCUGCAGGUAACCACGAUCGAUGGCAGGGAGCUGUUGGGAGGAGAAGUCAGCUUGCAGACCGUCCCAAUGAUAAUGAAGGUGGCAAGGCACACUGAACUGAUAGCUUUUAAUGUGGCCACCUUGGGAGGAGCUCCCAUUAUAUUGGGGAUGAGCUGGCUAGCGUUACAUGAUCCGCUGGUGGGCUGGCAUCAGAGAGUGGUUUCUUUUGGGUCAGCACAUUGCUUAGAACAUUGCAAAGAGGGAAAGGUUUUGGCAGGGGCCCAAGCCACCCUAGCAGGGACUGAAGUGAAGGAGAACGUGAAGGUACCACGACAAUACGCAGAUCUCCGCGACGUCUUCAGCGAAAGGGAAGCUGACCAACUACCACCGCAUAGAGCCUUUGACUGUCAAAUCAAUUUGCUCCCUGGGGCACAGCUCCCUGUGGGCAAGCUGUACGCCAUGUCAGACAGAGAGAUGCAGGAGCUAAGAGAGUUCAUUGACAAGAACCUGAAGAGAGGGUUCAUCAGAGAGUCCAGGGCGGUGGGGGCAGCCCAGUGUUUUUGUCCACAAAAAACACUAACAAGCCGAGACUGGUGUGUGACUUCAGGGCCUUAAAUGCAGUGUCAGAACCAGUGGCCUUCCCGAUGCCCAGGAUUGACGACAUUUUGACAAGGGUGCGAAAGGGAAAGAUUUUCACCAAGCUGGAUCUAGGGGGGCGUACAACCUGAUACGAAUAAGGAAGGGGGAUGAAUGGAAAACCACCAUGUUCACCCCUUUAGGGGCAUUUGAAUACUUAGUUAUGCCCUUCGGUCUACAAGCAGGCUCCGCAACAUUUCAAUUGUUUAUGAACCACGUCCUGGGGCCGUUGCUUUACAAGAAUUGUGUGGCCUUCUUAGACGACGUGUUGGUGUAUUCUGAGAAUAAGGAGCACCCGAAGAGAGACAUGUCAUUCCAGAGGACCGCUGGGUGUGUGGGGCGGCAUUGGUGGGACAAAGAGAACUGGUAGAAGAAACAGAGAAUGAUGAAUACGCCCAGAAUAAGCUCAGAGGUCUUAGGGAUGAGGGAGAGGAAUCAAGGGGUUUCGAGGAAAGAAAUGGAGCUUUGUAUUACAAAGGGGCACUGUAUAUCCCUGAAGGAGACUUAAGGGGAGGGUACUCAAGCAGUUGCAUGACAGCCCCACGGCGGGGCAUUUUGGGCAACACAAAACCAUGUGGUUGGUCACCAGGGAAUUUUGGUGGCCUAAGGUGAGGGAGGAUGUACGUGAGUAUGUAAGAGGGUGCGAGCAGUGCCAGCGAGCCAAAGGGGAAAGGCGGGCGCCGGCGGGGCUAUUAGAACCCUUACCAACACCAGAACGACCUUGGGAGGCAGUGUCGAUAGAUUUUAUGACUGAUCUGCCGAAGUCCAAAGGGAAAACAGCCAUCAUGGUGGUGGUAGACCUACUAACAAAGAUGUGCCACUUUGUAGCUUGCUCGCAUGCAGUCACGGCGGAAGAGACAGCGAAGUUAUUUGUAGAACACAUUUUUAGGUUGCACGGGGUGCCAUUGAGGGUGGUCUCAGACCGAGGAAAACAAUUUACUUCCAGGUUCUGGAGGAAGCUCAUGAGCUUACUGCAGGUGGAGGUCAACUUUCGACUGCCCGGCACCCUGAAACCAACGGGCAGGCGGAAAGAGCAAACGGUGUCCUCCAGCAAUACCUGAGGUGUUAUGUCAAUGACAGAGAGAAUGACUGGGUAGAAAAGUUGGCGCUGGCGGAAUUUGCCUACAACAAUGCCGAGAAUGUGUCCACAGGGAUGAGCCCCUUCUUGGCUAAUUAUGGGUGUCAUCCCAGGGCUUUCCCAGGGGAGAAGGGGAGAGAUGGAGCGUACCGGCAGCCGAGCAUUUUGUAGAAGAAAUGGAAGCAAUCCACCGUCAGCUCCAACUCAACUUAGAAAGGGCGAAGGAAGAAUACAAGAGGCAGGCAGACAAGAACCGAAGGGAAGGUGAAACCAUAAGGGUUGGAGAUAGGGUGUGGCUGUCAACCCGAGGGUUGCCGUUCAAAGGAGGUUGUAAGAAAUUACGACCCAGGAGGUUGGGUCCCUUUGAGGUCAUUCAACAGGUCAACCCAGUGGCUUUCAGGCUCCGGUUACCCAACCACAUGAAACUGCACCCAGUAUUUCACAGGUCGUUACUGUCACCGUACGAGGGGGGACGAGAAGGGAUGGACACUCGGGGACCGGUCAUAGAAGAAAGAGAAUGCAGCAGUCAUGUGGCAGAAAUCCUUGAUGCCAGGUGGAAGGGGAAUCAGGUGGAGUAUUUGGUAGCGUGGGAAGGAGAACCGGAGUCAGAAAACACGUGGGUAAUGGCCAAAGAUAUCAAUGACGAGGUAUUGAUAGAAAUGUUCCAUCAAAGGUUCCCGCGGAAACCUCAGCCUGUGGAGAGGUUCCGGAGGGAAUACUUUGGGACCACUGAGGAGGAGGAGGAGUUGGAAGGAUUCCCAGAAUCGGAAGGGGAAGGGGAGAUGGACUCGGAGGAGGAGGAGUGCUUCGAGACCAGGAACCGCAACAGGUGGAGAGAAGUGUUCGAGACAUCGGAAGAUGAAGGAAGUUCAUUCCGGGGUUUUGCCUCCUCACCGCCCGUAGAGGAGGGGGCGAGAGGGGGUGAAGGGGGCCCUGGAGGGGAGGUGGAUGUCAGGGAACUGCCAUCGGAAGGAAGGGAGGUGAAAGGACUCAGACAGGUUGGAAGAGAUUCAGCAGCUGAAGAGGGAACCAGCAAGGGAGAGAAGCUGAACUGAGGGAGGUGAAAGGGCUCAGACAGGUUGGAAGAGACUCAGCAGCGGAAGAGGAAACCAGCAGGGGAGACAAGCUGAACUGAGGGAAAGGGAGCUGGGGGAUGGCUCAGAGAUACUUCCAGCGAAAACAGUGGUGAGGUUUCCGGACCUCCUGUAGCGACACCCACUCCUCGCCGGAAACUGUCACGCAGAGAGUCCAGAAGACGUGUUUCCGUUAAGGAGCUUUUAUGUUGGAAGCGAUUACGAAAGCAACCACUGUCGGAAUCUUCUAGUGACUAAGAGGAGCCAUGUCAGAGGGGCUCAGUCACAGACAGAGGUUUGUGGACUUGAACAAACUCUGAGGGAAUACGAUUUUACGCACAAGCAGCUCAUAAUCCCAUCACAUUAUACAUUAAUUCUAACUUAUUAAACUACCAAUUCUCAUCUGUUGCUAUACUUUAAAUCCUGCAUACAUUUUAACAUAAUCACGAUCUUUUUUUUAAUCAAAUAUUCCACGAAAUAUUUCCAUUCUUCAAUAAAUUUUCUUCUUUAAUUCUAUCAGUCAGUCUAGCCAUCUCAGGGUAUUUCAUCAUCUUCAUAAGCCAAUCUUCUUCCAUUGGGACUUCUUCUUUUCCACUUAUUUUAUUUUAUUUAUGAUUUUCAAUUUUAUACAUUUCAGUAAUUUUACAAUCAUUUUAACAUUUCAAAGCUGGAUUGCCUUCCCCUUCUUUCUGCGGUUCCUUAAACUUAUUUUUUGCAUUUUCCAAAUUAGCUUAAUUUACUCAUUUAUUCAUCUACUUUAAAUACAUACUCUUAUAAAACUGCAGGUUAUUACAAUAAUCCUGCCAAUGUUCUUAUCUGUUUACAGUUUAUUUAUAUUCAACAAAUCAUUUCCAUUCUUUUUUUUUUAAAAAAAAAAGUUUGUUGUCUUGAUUUCUUAUUUUUCCGGCAAGUUUCACCAUUUCUGCAUAUUCCAUAAGUUUUGUAUCCGUUCUUUCGCUGGGACUUCUUCUUUCCACUUUUGCACUAGACUAUUCUUGCCGCCGUUGUAGCAUACUUAAACAAAUUAAAACAAUUCCUUUGGAAGCUCUGGACCAGUUAUACCUAACAGAAAGGCCUCAGGUUUCUUGGGAAUCAUUACUUUAAACCUUUUUUAAAAAAACUCAUUAUAAAAUAAUUUCCCAAUAGCCUUUCGCCUUUAUGCAGGUUGAACCGUGUUUGCUUUCCAAGCAUGCUGGUUCUGGGCCAGCUUGUCCACUUUGGCUGUGUGACUCUUGGCUCCUUCCUCGAUGGCAGAGCAAGUCCAACCAAAAUCCUCUGCAGCCCCUAGCCAAGAGCACUUGAUCCUUCAAAGUCUGCUUCUUCUUCCAUCCUGCUGUGGCUUCCAGUGAUGGAUUUCUCCCUGAUGGACCAAACUCCAAGCCUGCUAUCUGCCUUCUGCUCGGCAAUGUAGCUUCUGUCCUGAUUUCGUGUCCUCCUGGAUCAGAUCCACGGCUGGCUGGGCCUUCACAACACACGGCGCUGUUGCCUCUCCGGCCUGCCCACACAUUCUGUGGCUGUGAGUCAGCUGUGCUGGGCACAUAGCUGUCAACUUACAGAUUAGAAAAUAAGGGACCAGCAGCCUCGAAAAGAAGGGAUCAGCAGCCAAGAUAAGGGAUUUUGCUUAGCUUAUACAGAAGUCCGGCACUGAUGGAGCCAUGCUGCUUUUGCUGCGACUGACUGUGUUUUGCAGGGGGUUGGACUAGAUGAUCCUAAGGGUCUACAACUCCGACCAAAGAAGAGGGGCAGACAAAACUGAUGAACGACAUCGAGAUGGCAAAGCUUACAGGCAGAAUUAGAAACCAGAAAGAAUGGGGAAAGUUUAUCAUUUAUUUGAAAAGCUAUUGUAAAGAGUUACAUACAUUGGUAGGAUUGACAGAAAACUUGUAGUAAAAAUUUGAACUAUGGAUGGACAAAUGAUUUAUAAAAAUAGAGUUAUGAAAGGGAUGCAGAGGGGGAAAUCACUACAUUAAGAUGCUGCACUGGUUGGAGGGGAUGCUAAGCAGCACGUCGGGCCUGCUGUCGUCCUGGCAGGAGGAGUUCCAUCGGCCCUUCCCCGCCCAAGAGAGAGGGAGGGAGGGAGAGAGAGAGACUCUUGCCCACACCGCCUGUGAGCCCGGCAUGAGGUGCUUGUGGCGCCGUGGCGGCCGCUGAAGUACCACCCUUCUGCGUCCCUCCCCGUCCCCUCCUCUUCCUCCUCCCUCAGGCCGCUGCCGCUGCCGCCUCCGGCUUCCCCUGGCAGCGUGGCGGAAGUCUUGCAAGAGAGGGGCUGCCUGCCCGCCCGCCCGCCGCCACCCGUCUCCUCACGAUGCGCCCCUGAGGGGGAAAAGGGAGAGACGGAGACGCGGCAGCUCGUGCACGCGCUCUCUCUCUUGCGGCGGAGGACUCCGAGCCACUGUUUCCCUCCCGAGCCGGGCGAGCAUGAAACACGGGAAAUUUAAGGGACAGCAGCAAUAUGGGACAGCAGUGGGACAUGGCGCUGGGAUAAGGGAGUUUCCCGCCAAAUAAGGGACGGUUGACAGCUAUGGCUGGGUAGCCUCUUGUCGUUGCACCCCUCUUAAGUUGCCUGGUCAUGGUCAAUGGGAGAGGAGAACAUGUUAGCAGCUGGUUCCCUCUUGCCAAGUGUUGCAUCGCUGUUCGCUUGCUUCAGGAACCUGGGAAGAUUUUGGCAGCCCACCCACAUUCCCACACCACAAAUGUGCUUCUCAAGUGGUUUCAGGAUCCAAGAGAUGCCAUUUCAUGUCCACAGCACCCACCUCUUCCACCAAACUUGUAACUCUUAUCAUAUCAAAGAAACGAGAUUCAUCUGGCAAAUGGCUUGUUUCUGAGAAACCCAUAGGAUUUAUCCUGCAGUGUUUUUACUCCUCACUGCUUCCUCCUUUUCAGACAGACACCCUAGACAGUGCCCUGCGCAGCAAGCACUUUGGCUCAGAACUGGUUAAGCACUUGGGGUCGACUCCAGCUGUGUUUGCAUGUCCUUCUAAAACACAGUUGGCCAACCGGGUGUCCUCCAGAUGUUUGGAGCUUCCAGCUGUCAUUCUCCCAUCCCAAAACAGAAUUCUCCAGGAAAAAGGGAUUGAUUGUUUAAGUGUUUUGGGAACUGUAGCUCUGUGGACAGAAUAGAGAUUCUCAAACCACCCUCAGUGCCCUUCAGUUCCCGGGAUUUUGGGGGGAAAGCCAUGUUUGAAAGUACAGUGGUACCUCGGGUUAAGAAGUUAAUUCGUUCCGGAGGUCCGUUCUUAACCUGAAACUGUUCUUAACCUGAAGCACCACUUUAGCUAAUGGGGCCUCCUGCUGCCACCGCACCGCCAGAGCACAGUUUCUGUUCUCAUCCUGAAGCAAAGUUCUUAACCUGAGGUACUAUUUCUGGGUUAGCGGAGUCUGUAACCUGAAGCGUAUGUAACCCGAGGUACCACUGUAUUUAAAGUGGCAUGAUGCUGCUUUAAAUGUGUAGUGCAGAUGGGACUUUAGCCAGCAUUCCAUAGCCAGCAAGUGAAUUUGACCACAGAAUCACAGAAUUGUAGAGUUGGAAUGGAUCCUGGUGGUCAUUUAGUCCAACCCCCUGCAAUGCAGGAAUCUCCACUAAAGCAUCCAGGACAGAUGGCCAUCCAACCUCUGCUUAAAACCCUCCAAGGAAGGAGAGUCCACAAACUCCCAUAAAUGGGAUGUGGGGGUUUUUUGGCGGGCCGAGAGUCAGUGUCUCUGAUUUUUUUUCUGAAAAGAUGUUCUACUUCUGCAAAUCUCAAGUCUGUUGAUCCAUUCCUUUUGUGGACGGGUGGCAUAGUUUUGGCUGUCUGGUGAAUGGCGGUUGCAGCCAGAACGCUGGGAAAAGAAGGAAUAAAUAGUCAAACAGGCAAACCUGGCUGUGGCUCCCCACUCACAUUUGGCUUGGCCCAGAGAUCCAGAGACAAUAAUGUUUUCCAAAGCAAGCGAAGGGGGUGGGGUGGGGUGGCAGCUUUGCAACGCUGCCAUCACUCUUCUUCUUCCUGCAGAGGUUUUUGCCUGUUUCAGUGUGCUCCUUCGUUUUCCUUCCCUCCUCUGCCUUAGGCCAAUUGCUUGCAAAUAAUUCUUCUUUCAAUUUGCUUUCUGUCCAGCUGUGUCGGCAAGCAUCUUUUUCCCCCAGUGGUGCUUGCUGCAAAAUGUCAGUGCAAACAAAAACAAAACCCUCGGUGCCUUCUUGCACGGCCUCCUGUUCAGUUUGAUCUGAUCCUGCACUCAUUUGGCUUUGUUCUAAGGCAGGCGUGAAAGGUCACUCACUGCGAGACAUCUUUCGGGGAUACUUGGCUCCUCCUCGCAGGGUGGAGAUUUAUUUGUUUGUUUUUGUUCUGCUGCUGUCAAAAAACAGCCAAAAGCACAGGGUUAGCGCACUGCUUUCUUUAACCGACUGACACAGCAACGCCCAGCAAAAACCAGCGAGGGCCAUGGGAUUGUCACUUAGACUGAACAUUACAGCAGGCUUGCAUGUUGGACAGAAACAGGUAUAAAAGCUCCCUCAAGACAGCUGCUUGUUUUAGGAGGAUUGGAAGGGUGAUUUGGAGCAGAGGAAAAUGAUCAGUUUUCCACCUGCUACUUUUUCAUAGAAUCAUAGAAUCAUAGAGUUGGAAGAGACCACAAGGGCCAUCGAGUCCAACCCCCUGCCAAGCAGGAAACACCAUCAGAGCACUCCUGACAUAUGGUUGUCAAGCCUCUGCUUAAAGACCUCCAAAGAAGGAGACUCCACCACACUCCUUGGCAGCAAAUUCCACUGUCGAACAGCUCUUACUGUCAGGAAGUUCUCUCUUUUCCUAAUUAAGUGCUCCCCCUUAAGAGGACUUAGUGGCAAGAGCUCACCACUCUCUCAUCUGGCAGAAAUAAAGGAUCAGCAGAGACACCCAUUGGCAUGAGGGGGGCACCAGAGGGCAGCCUGGCAAUGGCCCCUUUGACAUCGGCCCCGGGGAAAAUCAGUCUCCAAGACCCUGGAGGAUCUUUGCCAGUUAAUACCGGGAUACUCAUAGAGUCAGUGGGAACAUAGGACAGAGAAUUCAGCCUUCUACUGAGUCAGAACAUUGGUGCAUCUAUCUCACUGUUGUCUGCACUGACCGGCAGCCGCUCUUCAGGGUCUAGGUCACCCUACCAGGAGAUACUGUUGAGGACUGAACCUUGGAUUGUUAUCUUUUGCAUAGAAUAGCAUGUUGUAGAAUUGUGGAAUUAUAGAGUUGGAAGGGACCAUGAGGGUCAUUUAGAUCAACCCCCUGCAGUGCAGGCGUCUUUUGCCUGAUGUGGGGUUCGAAUCCACAACCCUGAAAUUAAAAGUCUCAUGCUCUACCAACCGAGCUUUCUCAGGCCUGCCUGAUGCUCCACCACCGAGUGAGCUGGGGUCUUGCAGCCGAGAAGCAGAGCACAUUUGCAUGUGAAACUUCUGUGCUCAGUGCUUGGCAUCCCCUGUCAUGAAGGAAUCGGGUACCAGGUUGUGGGGAAAGAUACUCACUCUGCCUGAGGCCCUGGAAGCCUGCGGUCUGCUUGAGCAAAACUUGCCUAGUCAAACAACCCAACCUGUUGCUGGACUCUCUAAGGUUCUCCCUCUGCGUCUUUAUGACCCAUCGACUGUCGCUUUCCAUGCACAAACUUCUUUAUUUCUUCCUGUUCAGGUGAAGCAGAUCAUGGAAGAAGCCGUCACCCGGAAGUUUGUGCACGAAGACAGCAGCCACGUCAUUGCAUUGUGCGGUAAGUGAAUAAUUGUCGUGUUACGGUGCACAAAACCAUUAUGUUAUCAUUGCUUCAUGCAGCAAGUGACAAACCGUUGCUUCGUCGCUGUAUUAUGUGGUAAGUAACAAAACUGCUGGAGCUCCGAGCUGGUGUAAACUAGGAUGGCCUUUGUAAUUUUCCUACCAUGCACUCUUUUUGUGUGUGUGUGCUGCUGCAAGAGCUUUGCAGCCCAACAGGACCGCAAGUUCUGUGCCUGGAAUGCAUGUUGCAAAUCAUGACUACAUUAGCCGCAGUUGAAUACACUGGCUUUGAUCAGAUUGUAGAGUUUAAAGAGCCAGGAACUUUAUUGCUGAGCUGUUGUUGGGAGACAAGGCAGAUGUUCUGCUACUGAACUAUGGCCCCUCCCUGGUCACCAGCCUUUUUGAACCAGUGGACACAGAAUACCCUGUGUGCCCCUCCGCAGGAGGGAGGCAAUGCAAGGCCUAUUCAGUGGUGGCUCCCUGCUUGUGGAAUGCCCUCUCUGGGGAAGCUCACCUGGAGCCCUCUCAGUCUAGUUUAAGGCACUCUUGGCCCUUAGUUUGAAGGGUUUUUAAGUAUUUCUGACCUCUUUUGGUGGGGCAGGAUCUGCUGACUCUGUCUUCUAUUUGUAUGGAGGCGUGUGUUUUGUUUUUUAGGUUUUAGUGUUUUUGUUGUGUUAGCAGGUCACUUUUGAGUCAUUUUUAGGAGCAAAGUGACUAAUUAUUGUUGUUUAGUUGUUUAGUCGUGUCUGACUCUUCGUGACCCCAUGGACCAGAGCACCCCAGGCACUCCUGUCUUCCACUGCCUCCCGCAGUUUGGUCAAACUCAUGCUGGUAGCUUCGAGAACACUGUCCAACCAUCUCGUCCUCUGUCGUCCCCUUCUCCUUGUGCCCUCCAUCUUUCCCAACAUCAGGGUCUUUUCCAGGGAGUCUUCUCAUCUCAGGACGGGGCCAAAGUAUUGGAGCCUCAGCUUCAGGAUCUGUCCUUCCAGUGAGCACUCAGGUCUGAUUUCCUUCAGAAUGGAUGUGACUAAUUAAGUAACAAAUUAAUAACAAUAGCUCCCCUAGGAAGUACAGGUACUCUACUAACCCUUAAGAUAUUUGAAGAUGGUCAUUGCAUGUCUCCACCUCGUUGGUUUCCCCUUCUGCUUCCUGAAAGACCUCUAGGUUCAGUUUCUGAUCUCUUUUGUUGAGAGGAUCGUGGAUAUAUAGCACGGCACUAGAUGGAUAAAGUUUCCUUUUGGGACAAACCUCUUUCACAUGGUCCUUCGAUGUAGUACAUUCCCUCCUACUCAAGUGUUUCAGUGGAUCGUUUUAUGUUUUGCAUUGCCGCCGUGCGGAGGCGAGUGCUGUUCCAUUUGAUUGACACCCGCUGUUCAACACUAGUGGUUUUUGAUUGAUUCCCCACUUUAAGGAAAUAAAAUAAGAUCCCCCUGCUAGGCCUCUUUACCGGCACAGAGGCUGGUUUCUUUUUGUUUGCUUUUUUUGCAGAGUUGUGGCUUGUGCUUCAAGUGACAGUUUUAUUGGCAACGUUUUUUCAUUUCGCUUUUUGUUAACAACGCCUGAAACGUUAGUUGCUUGGCAGCCCAUCCCAGCUAGGAAAAGGUUUGUAUUACAAUCUGCCUCCCCAGUACCCCAGGAAUGUCUUUUUGCAGUCUCUGGAGAGAUGGGAAGCAUUUGCAAAGUUUAUGCAGAGCAUCCCCAGCAGGUCAGAUGGUUGAGCUGAAGGGCGGCGAGGCGCAGCGCAUGGUUAACCUGUGGAACUCUCUUCCACAAGAGGCAAGGAUGGCCAUCUACUUGGAUGGAUUUAACAGAGGAUUGGACAAAUCGAUGGAGGGCAAGGUUAUCAAGGGCUGCUCACUACGAUGACUAUGUUCUAACUUGAAUGCCAGCAGCAGUCUGUGUGUGGUUUGGGAGCUGCACGGCCAGGGAAAAAACAAUGCUAUCCAGGGUUGUAAAGACUGCAGAGAGAAUAAUUGGGUGCACUCUUCCCACCUUAGAUCAAAUCUAUGCUGCCAGGUGCCAUAAGAAAGCGGCAGAGAUAGCGCAGGAUAGUACGCACCCCGGAAAUGAUUUCUUUCAGCUUCUGCCUUCUGGAAGAAGGUAUAGGGUUAUAAAGGCCAGGACUAGCUGCCUGAGAAACAGCUUCUACGCAAAUGCAAUUCUGGUUCUAAACGUAGCAUAAGAGGUUUCUGUAGUAUAGUGUAUUUUAAAAUGGGGUUUCAGAGUUUUUAAGGGUUUUUGAAUGUUUUAUGUAGUUUUCAUGUAGUUUUUAUGUAGUUUUAUGUAGUUUUUCAAUUUCAUUGUUCUGCAUGGGACAAUGACAAUAAAGAUAUUGGAUCGUAUAUAUCGUAAUGCUUCUGAAUGCCAGCAGCUGGAAACUGCAGGGAGGGAAAGUGCAGGUUUUGUAUUCAGGUUGUGUUUGGGGGUGUACCACAGUCAUCUGGUUGGCCACUGUGAGAACAGGAUGCUGGAGUAGAUGAGCCACUUGCAUGAUCCAGCAGGGUUCUUCUUAACGUCAUUCAAAUUAUUACAUUAUUCAGAUUAUCAGGAAGAUGUUUAAUUGUGUUUUUAUAUUUUGUUGGGAGCUGCCCAGAUCAGCUGGGUCAGCCCAGUCAGAUGAGUGGGGUCAGUGUUCGAAAUUAGCCAGGCGCAAAGUGCAUUUUGCACCUGACUAUUGGCCACUUGUGACAAAGUGAUCUGAUCUGUUCCACCAUGUUGCCCUCCUUUUUUUUCUUUUUUACAUUUUUCAAUUAGAUGUACACUAAAAGAGUAAAAACUGAAAUGUAGCAUAAUCAUACAUCGACACAUUAUUCUAGAAAACAUUAUCAUACCAAUGUACUUAAUUAUCACAGCAGCGACUAUUUAAUAAUCUUAGGGUAAAUAUCAAUAGUGUCAGUGAUCAAUUAUGAACCUGCCUAUUGUGUUCCAUUGCAAUCCUCCCCCACCAGCUUUUUUCUUUAAGUCUUUAAAUUCACAGCAUUUCAUUGCAGAUUUCCCUAAUAUACUCUGCUCUAUAUAGACAUUUUUGCAACCAAUUCCCCUAAUAGGAUGCAUUUUUGUACGUCAUUUUCACUAAUACAUGCAUUUUAAUGCGUUCUUGUGAACACCUUUACCCUGGUAUAUGCAUUCCUUAGCUGCAGAACUGCAUUGCAGAAAAGCAACUCACCCACCCAGGUCUUGGUUGCACAAGCCAGUUCAGUUCCCUCAUCCAUGAUCACAUCACAGAUAAGGCUGGCUCCUACUCCUGCACUGACCUGCCAUUGAACAGCGCAACCAGGUUAGGAGCCUCUGUAGCCAGGCAGCCAAUUCUCUGCUGGAUAGGAUCAGUCGAGGGGAAUAGCCUGAAUCAACAAUUAAAUGGCUUUGUCUACUUGCAAAUCAAUCAGGUCUCUCUUGAUUUAAAACCAAGCCUGAUAAGCACUUUUUAAAAAAGUCAAAUAAGCCUGAGCUUUGCAGACAGAUUGAUUCUGUGCACAGUUCCACAUUCCGCACACUUGCAGAGUAUUGCGGUCGAUAGACAGCCCUGGUAAUGAGCGAUGCUGUGCUUCCUGAGGCCUGAAAAUCGAUGCAACACCCUGAUCUCUUGUCUGUCUUGUAGGAGAUGGAGUCAAGCAGCCUUCAGGGCAUUCAUUGCCUGCGGUCACUGAGCCUGGGAGCUGUCUGCAUCUAAUGCAUCUGUCUGGAAAGUGGGGGUGCGGCUUUGAGGCUUAAAUGCAGGCCACCCCAGUCUGGACAGUGUUAGAAACUCAGAUAUAGUAUAAGCUAAUCACCAAAAUAGGGACAUGGGUGGCACUGUGGGUUAAACCACAGAGCCUAGGACUUGCUGAUCAGAAGGUCGGCGGUUCGAAUUCCCGUGACGGGGUGAGCUCCUGUUGCUCGGUCCCUUCUCCUGCCAACCUAGCAGUUCGAAAGCACGUCAAAGUGCAAGUAGAUAAAUAGGUACCGCUCCGGCGGGAAGGUAAACAGCGUUUCUGUGCGCUGCUCUGGCUCGCCAGAAGCGGCUUAGUCCUGCUGGCCACAUGACCCGGAAGCUGUACGCCGGCUCCCUCGGCCAAUAAAGCGAGAUGAGCGCUGCAACCCCAGAGUCAGUCACAACUGGACCCAAUGGUCAGGUGUCCCUUUACCUUUAAUCACCAAAUGGGACCUUAAACCUAUGUUAUGGUCACCACAACAGAGUGUCUAGGCGCCCUUUUUUAUACAUUGCAAUUAAUUAUUAUUAUUCAUUUCAUUUCUACAUCUCUAUCUUUUAAAGGGGGGAAAUCUCAAAAUGGUUUACAAGACUUUAAAACAUCAAAUACAACAAUCCAGAAUAAAACAAAUUCAAGCUUCAAGGAAAAUAUUUCAGAUCCUUCUCUAAGUGACAUUUUGCUCUCUCCAUGCUUGUUUACCUACUUAAUUUAUAGAGCUGCCCCAUAGCAGAAGUGCUCUAGGGAGCCAGUGUGGUGUAGUGGUUAGAGUGUCAGACCAGGACCUGGGAGAUCAGGGUUCAAAUUCCCCCUCAGUCUUGAAGCUUGCUGGGUGACCUUGGAGUCAGUCACAGCCCCUUAGCCUACCUCACAGGGCCGUUGUAGGGAACUGACCGAGGAAGGAGGUGAAUCAUGUACAGUCAUACCUCAUGUUAAGUUUGCUUCAUGUUACGUUUUUUCAGGUUGCGUCCUGCGGCGACCAGGAAGUACCAGAAAGAGUUACUUCCGGGUUUCAUCGCUCACGCAUGUGCACAAGCGCCAAGUCGCACCACGCACCUGCGCGGAUACGGCGCUUCAGGUUGCGGGCUUUUCACAUUGCAAACAGGCCUCUGGAAUGGAUCCCGUUCGCAACCAGAGGUACCACUGUACACCUUGGAGAAAAAGGCGGGAUAUACAGUGGUACCCCAGGUUACAGAAGCUUCAGGUUACAGACUCCGCUAACCCAGAAAUAGUAUCUUGGGUUAAGAACUUUGCUUCAGGAUGAGAACAGAAAUUGGGCUCCUUCGGCGCGGCAGCAGCAGGAGGCCCCAUUAGCUAAAGUGGUACCUCAGGUUAAGAACAGUUUCAGGUUAAGAACAGACCUCCAGAAUGAAUUAACUUCUUAACCCGAAGUACCACUGUAAAUGCAAUAAAUAAGCUCUUCUGCCUACCUGCUUAAGAAAACCGGAGGGGCCAGCCAGAUGGAGACGAGAGUCACCAACUUGGUGGUCGCCAUUGGACUCAUGCCAAUCGCAAAACUCACCUGGCUCCUGGGGAAUUUCUAACGCUGUUUCUGGAUGAUGUGAAGCCAAGCUGGCUCACCUGUCCACCUCUCUGAGAAUCACUUCAUCUUCUGUGAUGCUUAUGUGGAGGAGAGCAAGAAAGCGCUUGGGGAAGGAGCUUAGCUCACUGGUUUGCAUUUAGAUACACCCAGGUUUGAUCCCUGGCUUCUCCAGGUCCGGCUGGGAGCACCCCUGCCUGCCACCCUUUAGGGCUGCUGCCAGUCAGUGUAGAGCUGUGCAUCUCAAACUUUUUUCUCUCGGCCAUCCUUUCAGAGUAAAAAUUUGCUUGUGCCACACCCGAUUCUUUAUUGAUUGAGAAAUACGUUGGGAAAUGCAAAGAAACAAAUCCUACCAGUGCUUGAUUCAUAACACAGAACACGACUGCUUUGUAAUAUGAUCAUGAGGCAUCCAGAAAGUAUACUGUAAAACAAUGCAGCUGCAUAAGAACAUGACUCAACACCCCCUCCCCCAAUAUAAUGAUAAAGGAGCCUCUUGCAAACUAAGUGAGAGGCGCAAGCUUGCUUUCGCCGGGAUUCCGAAGGCAGAUCUGUGUAAAGACAACCCGACACUGCUGCUGGCACCCAGGAAGCCCCAAUAAAGAAUGGGAGAAUGAAUCCCCACUGACUGGCAGCGAGGCUGGCAAAACCUCAGACCCAAUCAAGAGAGCCCAAACUGUUGGGUAAGGAGAAAUGUGCUUGUGGGCAAGUGACUCACCCUCUUGUGUGGGGCGGCUUUCAAAAAUAGAACGGGAACAAGCCUCGCAACAAGCUGGAUGAGAGGGGAGAUCAGCAGAUAUAGAUAAUAUGAGAACGUAAGAAGGAGCCUGCUGGUCCUAUCUCGUCCGGCGUUCUGUUCUCACCAUGGCCGGUCAGAUGCAGGUGCAAAACCUGCAAGCGAGACCCAAGCGCAAGAGCGUUCUCCCCCUCCGUGGUUUCCAGCAAGGGGUAUUCAGAAGCAUGACCGUCUGCAACUGUGGGAGCAGAGCAGAGCCAUUGUGUCCAGAAGCCUUUUGUAGCCAUGAAUGUGUCUCAUCCUCUAGGCUGGUAGCCCUCGCUGCUUCCUGUGGCGGUGAGUUCCGUAGUUUCACUAUGCACCGCAUGGAGAUGUGCUGCAUUUUAUCUGCCCGGCAUCUUCCAUCAUUCAGCUUCAUUCAGAUGCCCACUAGUGUUACAAGGGAGGGAGAAAAACAUUUCUCUAUCCACCUCUUCCACGCCAGGCUUAAUUUUAUAAACUUCCAUUAUGUUGCCCCUCACUGGUGUUUUCUCUAAACUAAAAAGUCCUGGACGCUGCAACCUUUCUUUAUAGAGGAAUUGCCCCAUCCCCUCAAUCAGUUUGCUUGUCCUUUUCUGAAACCUUUUCCAACUCCCUUUUGAGAUGGGGCGACCAGAACCCUACACAGUACUCCCAAGUGCAGUUUGCACCUUGGAUUUCUAUAAUAGUGUUACAAUAUUGGCAGUUUUUAUUUUCAAUUCCAAUGAUCCUGAGCAUGGAAUUUGCCUAUUUGUACACACACGCAAUUCAUAAUCGCCCCCCCCCAUCAAGGCCAUUUUUCCAAACCUGUUGGAAAGGCUUGGCAGUUCUCCUUUCAAUUAGCCAAGGUGUGAUCACAACAGCCAACCUCACCUCCGUUGCUUAAAAACACUAAUUACAGGCACCCUCUCACAUUCCGUGCGGGGAAGUGGAUUCCUUCCCAAGCCUCACUAGGAGACCUUAGCAACUGCGAGGCACCUGGCGAGCGAUUAACUUGCACUAUCAUAUCAAUCAGCACAUAUCCAGAGGCAGAUACUAAACAGAAGCAAAGCAGUAUUAGAUUCAUCUGUGAUUCAGUGGGGGAAGCCAGAGUUGGCGAUUGAGCCAGAAGCAGGCAGAGUUUGCCUCACUGCAAGAGUUUGCCACUGCUUCCUAUCUCUGCCCCUCCCUCUCACAGAGGUGUUUAAGCAGAGGCAGAAGAGGAGGAGAUGGAGGGAGAAAGAGCAGAUAGCGGGCCUGGAAGGGAUGGAAGAGGGAGGUUCUUCCCUUGUAAUUCUCAAAUAUUGGAAAGGACUGCAAGGGUCAAAGUAGGAAUCUUUUGCCCAGCUUCAGACUCAAACCCAUGACCCUGAGGUUAAGAGUCUCAUGCUGCUACCGACUGAACUGUACCGAGAUGCCAGAGAGGGGGAGGCUCUCUCCCCCCCCCCUUAUGGAGUACAGAGCCCCAUCAUUGGGCUGGGAGGAGCACUUAGGCCUCCCAGAAGGAGAAGGGGUGGCAGCAGAGCCGGUGGCAGAAAGACAGGACACAGUCUUGUAGCCAUGAACCAGGGGCCACCUUUGUAGGUGGGAUCAGACACACCCGCCCAGCAGGUACGUGGUGGAGCCGUAGGGGGAGAGAGUCCCUUGAGUGAGUCUACUGCCUCUUCUUUUAAAGCUCUGUGGGAGGGAUGUGUCCUCUGUUGGGACAUCUGUAUAGCUUCCGUUCAGUUCUUUUUUUAAAAAAAGGUUUUUUAUUCAAAAUUAAAACAAGACAUAUUAUCCAAAAACAUAUCACCCUUGUUUCCCCCCCUAUUUUUCCUCCCUCCCCCCACCCUCCCACACAAAACCCACCCACCCCCUGACAUCCCUCACUUCCAGUCUUUGGUUUCUCUGAGACUGCUGUUUUCUGCAUGUUACAAAGUUGUAUAGAUCCUCAAACUAUUUAGCUGAUUAUUAUCAAUAAAAGGUUUGUGAAUGUUUAUUCAAAACCUGCCAAGGAGUCCAGUUCACUUUGUUGCGUCUUCAGAUACUUUGUAAAGGGUUCCCAUUCAUCUCACAGUUAUCCUUGUCCCGGAGCUUGUAUGUCAGUUUUGCCAGUUCUGCAUAGUCCGUCAAUUUUUCUUGCCAUGAUUCUUCAGUUGGGGUUUCUUCAGUCUGCUUCCGUUCAGUUCUAAAGCUCUUGCCUUGCUCCCGUUCCUUGGGGUCCUGUUUUCUGGACCUUACCCUCGCAGCUGAGCCUGAGCUACUGUCAGCCUGAAUAAAGACCUCUUCCUUGCUUUUCAAGGAACAGCUGCUGCCUUUGCGUUUUGGGGCUGGAGCUUGACAGCUUCCCUCCAUCAGUUUUAUGAAUGAAGUCUGGGAGCAUCGUAAAGGCUAGCAGAUUCCCAGCCCACUUUCUCCAAUCGUCUGUAAGCCCCUGAAGCUUGUGCCACAAUAAAUCUGAGCCGUUUCCCCCUGUGCUGUGAGAAUCUUGUUUGGCAGUCAUGAAUAACCCUGGAGGCCUGAGAGCAGUGACUGGUAUCAGAGGCCUUCGGAAGGGAAGCAACCGCAUUGUCUCCUGGAGCUGUCCGUGGUGCUAAUCUGGUGCUUUUCCAGUUAAGCUCCAGGAUCCUUCAGGCUUUAGAGAACACCCUUCCUCUCCUUUCAUUUGGCAGAGCUUUGGCUCAUUUGAUAUUUACCCAGUGAGAGCUUUUGAGUGGAAUAUGACUAAUAGGUUCUGUUCUUUGUGCGUGUGUGUGAUAUUCUGAUCUUGUUCUUUUUGUAGUUGCUGGUAGCCUUGGGUGCUCUUUGAAUGGAAAGUCAGGUUAAAAACCCUAAAUAAAUAAUAUCCAACUAGGAAGAGAGUUGGCUGGCUCAAAACAUCACAAGCUGCCAAGGCCUUUGUUCCAAACAAUACACAAGAGUUAUUUUCUCAGUCCUUCCCAUAAGCCCUGGUUGGUGAUAUGGGCAGGGCAGCUGUGCACUUGGUCAACGCAGAGAGCAGGGCCUUUCCCUUGCUGUGAUCCACACUUUGCCUUCUCUGGCUCAAAGGUCCACCUCUGGAACCCUCUCCUAAGGACUCUGGGCUACUGAACACAAAGUUGCAGGCCUGGGAUUUGGAGACAACUGCCCUCUUCCCUUCCAUUAUUGUCUAGGAGGUGCUCUCGGAGGCCAGGGUCUCGCUCCAAAGAGGUGAAAGCCUUUCAACAAAAGCAUUUAUCCAAGAGAGUAGGGUUCCAGGUGCAGUAUAGUCUGAACUAGUCAGGGUCGUAGAAUUGUAGAGUACGAGGGCCGUCUAGUCCAACCCCCCUUCAAUGCAGGGGGCUCCAACUCACGACCCUGAGGUUAAGAGCCUCAUGCUCUACCGGCAGAGCUAUCCCAAGUCCAUCUCAGGUACUGAGAAUCAAUCUAGCUUCCAAACAUAAUCCAGGAGCAAUCAGGAAACAGCCCAGAGUCGAUAUCACAAGGAAGGGGGAUUAGAAAUAGGAGCUCAGCCCCAAAGUACAAGGAGCCGGGGGCCUGUGUAGUUUCUGGAAGGCUCAAUAGGGAGACCUUCUAUAUGGUGGCUUCCAAGUCCACACCCUAACCCUAGCUGCCGGUAGUGCUGCUGCCCUGGGCUCCAUUGGAGGAAGAUGUGAGCACAUAAGUCUAUUCAAUAAUUAGCAACUGAUCAAGUUCUAGGGAUUCUUUACUCAGGAGCUGACAACCAUUAUGCCUAAGUUGUGAGAUGACUCUGGGCCUAUAGAUGAAUGUAAGAAGAGCCCUGGUGGAUCAGGCUCAUCUAGUCUAGCCAUCCUGUGCUCCCAGUGGUCACCCAGAUGCCCCAACCUGGAAGCCCCAAGGCAGGAGCUUUCUCUUCCCACUUGCGACCCCCAACAACCGGUGCCCAGAGGCAUAAUGCCCUCCUCGGCUUGCACCUUUCAGUGCUCAAGGAACAAGAGUUGGCUGCCAACCCCCGGACAGCCCCAAGGAUUUCCCAGCAGGUCACCCACCAGAGGGUAUCUCUGGCACCAGUUCCAGGAGACCCUUGCCUGCUCCUCUGGGUCCUCCACCUGUGGACUGUCUCAUCCGUCCUUUGAGGACUCGGUGUCUGGCGCUGGGUCAGAGCUGAGCAUGACAUCCUCCCCUCCCUGACUCUUAACGCCACCAUCUGACAAGCAUGUUCCACCAAUGUGCAACACUGGAAGGCUUUGCUGGUGCGAGCUUGGAGAAUCCGGCGGCGAAUUUCCGCCCUCUGUUCUGUGUGACCUUUUUCUUUUUCUCAAGCUCUCUGCCAGCUGCUGCUGUGCAGUGGAACGAUUGGACUGAUCUGUCCAUUGCAGCGUGAAGAGGCACAUGCUACUUCACUUGCAGCUGUUCUGCCCUUUAAGGGAGCGAUGUGUCCACGUGGCCAUGGGGACAGGAUAUGCUCCGCUUCUGUGUCCCAUCUUGUAGAGCCAACAGAAACACUGCUGUCGUCAUUAGAUGACCAAGCCUUUGGCAAUAUCUUUACUGCCGGCACAGGGUAAAUUCUUUGAAUCGCACAGUCCAUUAAGUGCUAUUAAUAGCCAUUGAUGGUACAAUAUAAUGGCAGCACGUUGCUUAUUACCAGCAGGGACCAGGAAACUGCAUACGACCUCUGUGUUUCCGUGUGGGUUGUGGAGAAGCUGCACAGGACCUCCUCUGUAGUGGCAGACGUAAGCCGUGGAUGUCCCAGCAACCAUCUCCAGUCUGGAAACGGCUCGCUGUUGCUUGAAAAGGCGUUGCUUGAAAACUCAUGCCACAGGGAAGGUUGGUGUAGAUCACAGGUAGGGAACCUGUGGCCCUCCAGAUAUUGUGGGCCUCUGAAUCCCAUCAUCCCUGAUGUGAGGAGCAGGUCAACAAUAAAUCACGUGGCAUAAAUGAAGUUAAGCCUUCAAACAAGGUCUGCUCAGGACGUCAUGCCUAGUGAGCACAGCAACUCAACCCGGUUGAUCUUGCCUCUAUGAGGCAGUUGUGGGGACAGACGGUCACUGCCUUUCCCCAGUUGCCUAAGCCUCUUCCUCUCCCAGGUCCUUCCUCAGCAAUCUGAGACCACAUCAUCAUGUCUGUCUUUGCUCCUCCCUCUUCACGCCUCUUCUGGUUCUGGGAGACCAGCAGGAGAGGGACACUCCCUGGCCUCUUCACCAGCCUGACUCAUCUCUGCCUCUUGGCCUCCCUUCUCUCUGGCUUCUGUCUCUGCUUCUGAUUCAUGACUUCUCUCUGCCAUAGACUUCCUGCUCACUAAACUCUGUUGCCUUCUCCCUCUGACCAUUGAUUGUCAUCCCACCACCACUCCCCGGGCUCUGAGUCUUCUUCCCCUGGGGGUUCCCCAGCCUCCCACCACUCCUCUGCAUCUGGCCAGUCCAUGAUACCUGGUCAUUGGUCAUGAUGGCUGGGACUGAUGGGAAUUAGUGGCCAUCAAGUUCUGGAGAGGUGCAGGUUCCACACCCUUGGUGUAUGACCCAUCUUCUUCAACCUAGUUCUCUCCAGAUGUUUUGGACCAUGGCUCCCAUCAGCUCCAGCUAGCAUGACCCAUGACCAGGGGUGUUGAAGGCCUACAAUAUCUGGGGGGCCACAGGCUCCCCACCUCUGAUCUACACCAACCCUUCCUAGUGGCUAUGUUCCCAUCAACCUCAAUGUUAUGCUGCCAUUCUCACUGGAGCUGAAGGGAAUUGUUUCCAUUCUCCACUAGUACGGCUGAUGGCCAGGGAUAAUGGGAACUGUAGUUCAUUAGCAUCUGAGGAGGCCAGAGGUUUCCCACGUCUGCUUUGCCGCAGGGAGUUAAAAAGGGGGCAUUUACGUCUCCAGUGUUAAAUGUAUUUGCACAGGCCCUGUUUUGUCAGUUCAGCGUGGCUUGUGGCAUAUCUGGAGGCGGCAGAGGGGGCUCUGAACUGCCGCCGUAAUUGCUCUGCGUGGCUGACACCCAGGUCUCUGGCAGCCUCCGCCUUUCAAAUUCCCCUUUUCACAAAGUGGAUAUCAGCCUUUCUAAACCAUACACGCAUUUCUCUGUCUCUCUCCCUGCCUGAAAGCAAAAGCCUAUUACCGGCAAUUAAACCGAAUGUAAUUUUCAAACGCAGAAGACAACCGUGGACAAAUUGAAAAGCCCACAUUCUGUUGAGAAGGCUUAUCUCCAGAAUUGGCUUUGGCGAUUAAAAAAAACACAAAAUCCAGAGGGAAAUGUAUUGUGAGGGAAAGGGAAGGAAUUCUUUCCCAGUGUGCCUAUGAGAAGGAGAGAGAACUUUUUUUUAAAAAAGGUUUUUUUAAAAAAUAAGCUGUGUAGGCUUGUUUCCCCACUUCCCGAAAUGUGUAAGAAUUCACACACACAAACAUACAAUGUUUUAUUUUUAUUUUUUUUGCUUAUUUGUUUGCAUCAUUUCAUUUGAACUGAUCAGCCUCCUGCAAUCAUAAUCUGAGGCCUUUCUUCAUCUGCCUCCUCUGUGAAAAGUCUGGAGAACGGACAUUGUAAUUCUUUUUGUUUGUUAUUGUUUGUUCCUCUGGUAUGUCUUUUUUGUGUUUUCCUCUUGUAAACAGCCCUGUGGCCCUCGGAUGAAGGGUGGUAUAGAAACUGAAGAAAUAAAAGUUUAAAAUAAAAUAUCCGUUUGCCGGGGGUAGCAUAAUGCAGUUAAUUGGGCCUGGUGGGGUGGAAGGCAGGGAGCCCAACAGUAGGUGGCGCCAGAGUUAAUGACAGCAGUGGUUGUGGACACUCACUGGGACUCUGGGGUAGAAGGGAGCCCAGACCGUGGCUGGAGCCAGAGCCAAUGGCAGGCAGAUCCUGCUCAUUCUCACCCCCAUCCUCUUCCCUGCGGACUUCUACAAGGGAAACUUUGCUAGGAGGUGGAAGCUGAGAGGAAGGGGUUUGCAUGGAACCUUGCCAGACAGAGCAAGAUUUAACUCCUGUGCCAUUUACCAGCUGAUGAGCAAGGGUUAACUCCUGCAGAAUGGGCUGCCUACACCAGUCCCCGGGGAACUGGCCUGCACAGGCAGUGCAGGAUCGAACCCCACCGGCUCCCCAUCAGCCGAUGCCUCAGCUGUUGACCCAGGGGUUCUGGUUUCAGGGAAAUGGAUUUCUGGGCCAAACCUCAGCUCAAAAGCCAUCAAUUGGUUGUCUGAAGCAGCUUCCCUUGGCAGCUGGUUUGAGGCGUCACGAAAGGCCAGCAAUUUUUUACCUCCUCAAUUUAUUAGUAUUCUCUCUCUCUCUCUCAUCAGCAAGGAUUGGGAGAGUUGCUUGCAAGGUUUUCUGCCUUGGUUUGCAAAAAAGCUUGACCCCCACCCUGGGGUGCUAUGCACAUUGUGCUGGAUUGGGGGGGGGGCUCUGUUUGUCUUGGAGUGGCGGCCUGUCGCUUUGAAUGCACCACAUUUUGCCAGGUCCUGCAGAGCACAUCUGGAAAUCGUUUCCCCUCCCCCUGCGGUUUUGUUGCCAUAGUAGCGGCUGUUGGUGCUCCUGAUGUUUUAAAAUACCUCUUGCCACCUGAGGACGUGGUUGUUUCCCUCUGUUGUGUUCUUCUGCCAAGGAGCAGAUUAUUGGUUAAUUGUUCUUUGUGUAUCAACAAACCGUUUUUUUCUGAGCUGACUAAUAGGAUCGUGGCGCUAAUGGUAAUGAGACAAUUAGUGCAAUCAUCUCUCUGACCCGCCUCCUCCACUCUGGUAUUAAACGAGCUUCCCUUUUUCAUGGGGGGGUGGGGGUGAAUUUUUUUUAAUGGAGCUUGUGUUCCAAGAAGACCCAAUAUGUGAAAAGGGGCAGGUGUAAUUCUCAAAGUUCGGCAACAUGCUUUAUUCAGUUUCUGGGGUGAAAAGCAGUUCUGCGCAGGCCAUUUGAAUGGCGUGUUCUUAGUAGUGAUGGAAGGAUCUGUCAACUUUGGUUCUCUCAAUUUGUCAUUGUUCACAUUUUGCAGGAAUCUGUUAUUAAAAAAUACCGUAUUUUUGGCUCUAUAAGACUCACUUUUUCCCUCCUAAAAAGUAAGGGGAAAUGUGUGUGCGUCUUAUGGAGCGAAUGCAGGCUGCGCAGCGAUCCCUCUUGCUGUUCUGGCUUCUGAGAUUCAGAAUAUUUUUUUUCUUAUUUUCCUCCUCCAAAAACUAGGUGUGUCUUAUGGUCUGGUGCGUCUUGUAGAGCAAAAAAUACGGUAAAUAAAUCCUGAAAGGUCACCAGCAUUUUAGUGCAAAUUUCUCCUAGCAGAGGCAUUUUUAUAUCCAGUUUUGACUAAUGUACACAUUUUUGCAAGCCAGUUUCCCUAGCAGUAUGUAUUUUUGCAUGUUAUUUUCACAAAUAUCUUCAUUUCCAUGCACACUUUCCCCAAAUAACGUGCCAUUUCGCGAACAUGGGUUGCUUGGAGACCUGCGCCACAAAAUUCAGAAAAGAGUGAAAUUUGAAGGAUAGCUGUUCCCUUGUGCAUAUUGUUCCAGAGGGCCCUUUUUACCUCUUCAGCUUUUGAUACCUGCUCCACCCAGUCUGCUCCCUCUUCUCCCUCUGACCACUUAUCAUCCCACCACCAAUUCCCUGGCUCUGAGCCUUCUUCCCCUGGGGGUUCCCUUGGGGGUUCCCCAGCUGAUGCCCCCCCCCACUUUUCUGCAUCCAGCCAGUCCAUGACAGGCCCUUUCUCGUUUCAAUUCAGUUUCCGAAUCUGGCGGGGUUUGUGUGUUUAAGAGCAACCAGCUGACUUCCCUUGCUACACGACUGGGAGUUUGUGUGUGCGUGUUUUGCAUGGUUUGUUUUUACCUCUGGUAACCCGUCCCCGCCAAGGAAUCAUUUUAGGAUCAAGAGAUGCACAGGGAACUUGUAUACAGGUGUAUCGUUUUUAAAAAUACACAAGGAGCUAUGAAGAAGGCUAGGACGGUGAAUAUAGCAUUAAAGAUUCAGCUGCGCUUGCUCUACGGCGCUGAUCACUCCAUCAAGGUUUAGGACAGGAGUAGGCAACCUAAGGCCCGUGGGCCGGAUGCGGCCCAAUCGCCUUCUCAAUCCGGCUGCGGAUGGUCCGGGAAUCAGCGUGUUUUUACAUGAGGAGAAUAUGUCCUUUUUAUUUAAAAUGCAUCUCUGGGUUAUUUAUGGGGCAUAGGAAAUUGUUCAUCCCCCCCCCCCCAAAAAAAAAUAUAGUCUGGCCCACCACAUGCUCUGGGGGAUGGUGGACUGACCCAUGGCUGAAAAAGGUUGCUGACCCCUGGUUUAGGAGAUCAUUGAAGUCCAAGUCACAGGGUAUAUAUCUUUAAAACUUCACUGAUCGCUCAAUACACACAUACACACACACUGGUACCUUGGGUUGAUAACUUAAUUCGUUCUGGAGGUCUGUUCUUAACCUGAAACUGUUCUUAACCUGAAGCACCACUUUAGCUAAUGGGGCCUCCCGCUGCUGCUGCGCCGCCGGAGCACAAUUUCUGUUCCCAUCCUGAAGCAAAGUUCUUAACUCGAGGUACUAUUUCUGGGUUAGCGGAGUCUGUAACCUGAAGUGUAUGUAACCCGAGGUACCACUGUAUAUAAUCCCCAAACCUAAUAUUUUCCUGUGGUGUAGCCCCUGGCUAUUGUUUUCAUGUUUAGCUCAUCGUAGAAGUAUGCAAAGGCAAUAUAUUAUCAUUAGGAGACCCUGCCAAAUGCAUUCGCAGCUUUGCCAUAGCAAAAUUGCAGAGAAAGGAAGAGAUAAGUAUUUAUGAAAGGGGCAGUGACAUGCCUGGUGUGGCCUGCUUCUGCAUGCUGAUACUUUGAGCUGAUAAGCGAAAGGCUGAUCGUCUGGCAAUACUGCAGGAGUGAUGUGCCAUUGUUUCACUCCAUUGCAUGCUCCUCAGAACUGGGGGGUGGGGGUGGGGGGCAGCAAAUUCCAGGUCUCCAAGCUUUUAUAUCAGGUGGUAACACCGGAUUGGCACACUAGUAUCACCUAACCAACUCCCUUUGUUAGGAGGGUUCUGGGAUGUUGCGCUGUACCUCCUUUCUCUAGCCAGCAGGGUCCCAGGUAAGCACUAUUUUAUUUAUUUAUGUUACGGUAAUAAAGCAUUGUUCUUCAUUCAAGGAUUUAUCCGGUGUUUUCCAGGGCCUUCAAAGCACUUCAGCACGCAUUAUCUUGGUAAUUUGUUUACAGCAGCUCUGCAAAAGUGGCUCGGUAUUUAUUGUACCCGUUUUACAGAUUGGAGGGAGGGAAGUGGAGAUGGCAGCCUAGAGGGAAAGCAGCCUGCUUAAAGCUGCCUCCAGAAUUAGUGACCAGCCGGGGGCUUCCUUGGGUCUGCAUUUCAAGUCUCUUUGCAAAGCAACGAGGGGCGGAUUUGCGGGGGCAAAUCAGGUGUCUCAGCGUAGCCUACAAGGAGGUUGUGAAGUUAGCAGCCCUCUCACUAACCCGAGGAAUAUUCUGGCAAACAUGGGGUAUUGAAAUGAAAAGACAGCGGCUGUUAUUUUGAUUUCAUUUACUGCAUUUACAUUCCACCUGUUUCUCUAAGAAACUAUAAGGAAACAUGGAUUUGUAGAGUUGGAAGGGACCCUGAGGGUCAUCUAGUUGAACCCCCACCCCCUGCAAUGCAGGAAUCUGAACUAAAGCAUCCAUGACAGAUGGCCAUGACUUAAGGUGGCGUACAUGGUUCUCCCCCAUUUAAUUCCCCACAAUUACCCUGUGACGUAGGUUAUGCUGAGAGGCAGUGACUGGCCUAAGCAUCAUGGCUUAGUGGGGAUUUGAACCCUGGUCUCUCAGGUCCUAGUAUGGCACUCUAAUCACUAUACCACACUGGGGCUGUUGUUAAUUAUUAUAUUUAAUGUAAUACAGCAUUUAAUUUAUCAGAUAUUUCUUGUUUUGUAGACAAAGGCCAUUGCAAUGUAGUUCUCUAACAAGCCAGACUGGGCAAUCCUCAUAAUUAAUUUUUAGGAAGAAUCUAAAAACAUUCCUGUUUUGGUGGCUGAGAAUUCUGUUCCUGGCAAACCUAAAAAGAUUACCUGUAGAAAUACACAGACACACACACACACACAGCUGUGCCCCUGCUCAUUUUGCUUACCAACCCUCUGUGAUCUCGCUAUUGACCCCUAGAGCUUCCCCUUCCCACCCCAUGCAGAACUACUAAGUUCAGUUUUAGUGGCCCCUUGGGUUUAUCUUGAUGCAAAUCCUGGAUUGUGAUGUGGUACUACAAAUCCUCCAAUGGGGGCAGCGCGACGACAGCCUUACAUUUCUAUGUAUAUAGGAAGAUAUAUAUAUAUGAUGCAGUUACAUAAGAGUUAACUGUGAAGAUUAAGGUUGUCAUGUCUGCUGAUCUGAUGUCUGCCGAGGCUGCUUUUGUGAAUCUUUUACUGAAGGCAGAGAGAAAUUGUGCUGGGGAGAUAAUUAGAUUUUUUCCCCUUUCUGUCUUACAAAUGCAAUUAGGAGCCUCUGGCUGCCUGAUUUCUGAAGCUGGAGACCUCUGUGUUUGCAUUACUCUCCCCCACACUAUCCCCAGGGUCUUGAGGUCCAGCUAUGGUCCGAGAAGUCAAACAAUGGCCUUUAAAACAUUGCAGGAAAAGAGCAACAAAUCGGGCGGGGAGGAGAGAAUCACAAAGCAUUCCUGAAAAUAACGAGCAGUGCUACUCUCUAGUUUUCUCUCUGGGAGCAAACAUUGGCAGAAGUGGCUCAGAACAUAACAGAAUUGUCCAUACACCCGAGUCACCACCCUUGUAGAAAAAAACCAUUUCUGCUGGUUUCCCCUUUUUAAGCGAAGGUACCAAGAAUAGCCACUGGUCCCAUCACCUCCUGGCAAAUAGAAGGGGAAGAAAUGGGGCAGUGAGAGAUUUUACUUUCUUGGGCUCCAUGAUCACUGCAGAUGGUGACAGCAGUCACGAAAUUAAAAGACGCCUGCUCCUUGGGAGAAAGGCGAUGGCAAACCUAGACAGCAUCUUAAAAAGCAGAGACAUCACCUUGCCAACAAAGGUCCGUAUAGUUAAAGCUAUGGUUUUCCCAGUAGUGAUGUAUGGAAGUAAAAGCUGGACCAUCAAGAAGACUGAAGAAUUGAUGCUUUUGAAUUAUGGUGCUGGAGGAGACUCUUGAGAGUCCCAUGGACUGCAAGAAGAUCAAACGCACCCAUUCUUAAGGAAAUCAGUCCUGAGUGCUCACUGGAAGGACAGAUCCUGAAGCUGAGGCUCCAAUACUUUGGCCACCUCAUGAGAAGAGAAGCCUCCCUGGAAAAGACCCUGAUGUUGGGAAAGAUGGAGGGCACAAGGAGAAGGAGACGACAGAGGACGAGAUGGUUGGACAGUGUUCUCGAAGCUACGAACAUAAGUUUGACCAAACUGUGGGAGGCAGUGGAAGACAGGAGGGCCUGGCGUGCUCUGGUCCAUGGGGUCACGAAGAGUCGGACACAACUAAACGACUAAACAACAACAAACCAAGAGGGUUUGGAAAUGGCAGCUUCUUGAAUGUGGUGGAAAACUUAGCAGGGGUGGGCAUCCCUUUCUUAAGAUAAGCAUUUUGCAAAUCUGGAAGACAGCCGGACAAGCCAGAAGUCCCGUUAUCUUACCUUUGUAUUUGUGAUGAGGAGGAAAAUUCCUCCCAAAUAAGCUCCUCUGCAGAACAGAAUAAUGGGGUGGGGUGGGGCUCUACAUCUUCCUAGCUCUCUGUAAAUAAUUUUAUUUAUUUAAUGUUCCUGUAUGCUCCUUUUUUUUUUUUUUUGUCACAAGAGACCCCAGUGCAUGAAAAUAAAUAAGUCACAUCAUUGCAAAUCAGAGAAUGCAAUGAAGAGUGGAAUAUAAGCAGCCGUGCUAUAAAGCAAAUAAACCAGACAGGACUAUAAAGCUAUAAAUCAGCACCAUAAAACGAAACAGACUUGAGGCUCCAAAAUUGGUCCAUCCAGAAACCACCAAAAGUGAGGGGGAAAUAGAGAAUAUGAACUGGGAACUCCUGACAAGCGUGUGGCCAUCUCUGUCCUCCUGAAGGAAGGAACAUUUCAAAACUGGGGGCAGCGCAAUGUAGUUUUAUUUUUAUUUAUUCCAGCAAUUUGUAAGCCACUUAAUCACAGUCUUCUCUGAGGGGUGUAUAGGAUCAGUGUAUUGGAUUUGGAUGUAUUCCAAAUACCAGGCUGAUGUCCUUUGCUUGAUAGGCUGGUCAGACACAAAGUGGGAUCUUUACCAGGGUGGAAUCUAGGCACAUAUUUAAAAAAUGCUGUGAAAAUGCUUUUUUUUAAAACACGUUUUAAAAAAUAAGUUGAAUUUGCCAUAUGCUCACCAUUGCCAUCUAGUAUCACAUUUGUAUAAUGCCCCUAAAAGGACACUUAAAACUUUUUUAACUUCAUUAGGUCUGCAUAGUUCUGUCUUAAAGCAUUACCUUUUAUGAACAGAUGCCAAUUUUAUGCUUUGACCCAUAUAUUUUUGUAUUGUCCUUAUGCCAAUAAAGGUGAUUGAUUGAUAGUUCUUCUUCACCCCAAUUCAACUUUAAAUGUUUCCAGCACAAAAGACCCCAGAUUUAUUUGCCUGUAAUUUGGCAGACUUUAUCCACUUGGAGGGGCUAGCAUUCCUGCAAUUUUCAUCUACUUCUGCCAAAAGAGGGAAAAAGCUGUAGCCAUUAAAAAAAAAUAUAUAAUUUCCCAAUAACAAAUGUGGGAGCUUUUGGGGUGACGGACUCAGAUCCUGAUAGGAGAGCCUGUGAUGCUCCUCAGAUGAAGGCGGGGUGUUUGCCGAAGUGCUGAAUCAGGGUCUGGAUAAAAUAUUGCGGACAGUGCGCACCCCUAAAAUGUGGUAUCUCCCAGUUGGAACAUGCUGAGCUAUUAUCUCAGGAUGGAAGGUGCCAAAAGGGCCAUGUUUCAAAGGCAGGGGAAGCUCUGUUCAGAGAGUCAAGAUCUAGGAACUCCUGGAUUCAGGGCUCUGGGAAGGCGGCGAUGACAUGCUUUUCAGAAAUAUUCUUGCAAGGAAACAGAAGCAUGCCGUAGGCCAGCUCUGGGCUGUCGUAGUUGAAAUUAUUUCCUGAAGCAAUAAGGGAGAAGCAAGCAUGAUUGUGGCAGGAAAAGUCCAAUUAAGUCUUCUUUGCUGCAUAAUUGUCACCUGGAGUUAAAUUAUAGAGGAAGAACCCUCCUGACUGAGUCUAGGUUUUUAUUACUUUGCUUCACUUUUCUGUUUUGAUGCAUGUGGUGCUAUCUCAGCCGACGGGCAGCUUCGCAGCUGACGUACGAUUUCAUUAGUUCCCUCUCCCGUCUCCGCGGGUGUUGUGCUGACUCUAAGCUGAUUCCACGGCCGCUCGCUUUCCUUAAUGUUCGGCAUUAGUUAGUCUGGGAUAGCAGGAUGGUCCUGUUGAGACCAGGGAUGUAAUAUACUCCCAGACACCCUUCCCUUUCUUGCCCCUUAAUCAAAUCAGCCGACUGAGGAUCCAGGAUUGCUCUCCAGUGUUAAACUGCCGGCUUUACAUUUACCAGCUUUUCCUUAAGAGCAGAGCCCUGCCAGGGCAGACCAGUGGCCCAUCUGGUCCAGCAUUCUUACAGAGGCCAACCAGAUGCGUCAAUGGGAAGCCCACAAGCAGAGCAUGAGGACAACAGCACUCUGUCUCCCUGCAAUUCCCAGCAAGUGAUAUUCAGAAACAUUAGUGCCACCAACAAUGGAUGGAGAUCAUAGCCAUCGCCUGACAGCCACCAAGAGCCUUAUGACCAGAACAGGAUGGAGGUGCCAGAAAAAUGGAGUCUUCUGCAGAAGGGCAUGGACAGUGAAUAAGGAGUGAACAAGAAGGAGACAGCCCGUCCUCAACUGUUUGUUUUUGUUUUACCUCCAGAGUUCUCCAAGUGUCACAGACUGGUUGGACGCAGAGAAAUGGUGGGAGGCAGGAGGUGGGGAAUGUCCUAUGGGAUGAAGGCACAGAGCCAGGGGAUUGGUGGUAGGAUGAUGUUCAGCAGUCAGAGGGAGAAGCCUGGGAGGAGGAGGUGACAGAAGCAGGAGAGGCAACAGGGUUUAGUGAGCAGGACGAGGCUGGGGCAUAGAGCAGUUCAGACUCAGAGGCAGAAGAAGAGGGAGGCCCAAAGAGAUGAGUCCAGCUGGUGAACAGGCAUGGGCGUCUCCCUCUCCCACUGUAAGAAGCACCUCACUCUCCUGGUCUCCCAGAACCAGGAGAGGCAUGAAGCGGGAAGAGGAGAAGUUAGCUUCAUGCAGGCGCAGUCUCAGAUUGCUUGGGGGGAACCCUGGAGAGGAGGGGACUUAGGCAGCUGCGGGGAGGUGGGGGACCUUCAGUCUCAGCAACUAUUUCAAGGGGGCAAGACCUGCCGGAGAUGAGUUGCUGUGCUCCUGUGCAGAUCCUGUUUUUACUAAUUGAGAGUGAAUCCCAACCCUACUUGGAGAUGCCAGGGAUUGGACCCUGCUUUGCGUUGGUGACAGCGUGCGCCUCCAGACUGUCAGGUGCUUUCCGGGAGGGAUCCAAGCCCAUACUGGAGCUUGGUUAUUUCAAAGGAGAUUAAAGGGCUACAGUGCAACAGACGUGCCUUGAAAACACCCACCCAUCAAAAUAGAUGUUUUGCAGUUUGGAAAGUGACAGUGAAAGGCACAGAGAAGUGUGGGGUGAACGACUGACCAACGGGAAGAUGUGCAAACACCCUGAAGCAAAUCAGGAUGGAUGCUGAGCAAGUAGGUCCUCUGUAGGAUCCCAGGGACCUUCCUCUGUGGAUCCAGCCCUUCCGACAGUUCUAAUCUACUGAGCUGACAAGCUGCCUUUCCCACUUUCACCCCAAUUUUAAUUUUGUUGGAGCCGAUAGUCUUCUGUGCCCCCAGCUCAUGAUGGAAGCCAAAGACAGCAAUCGUGCCUAGGCUGUGUGUGGGAAGCCCGGAAGGUGAAAAAGCCAUAUAUCCUGUCUCUCCCGCCCACACAGGCACUGGCUGCAAUCUGGAGCCUGCCUCGCAGACACAGAAGCCAUCUCCAGGCAGGGUAUGUGUGUGUGUGUGUGUCCCUGAAAUGGAAUUAACAUGCAUGCAGAUUGGCUGUUCCCUGGCAGCAAAAGAAGGUGUUUUAAGGAUGCUCAGACAGGGGCGGGCUCGGUUGAGAGCUUAUGGCGACGUAAGACGGGGUCAGCAGUACGGACAGGGGAGAGUUUUGAUUCAGCGCACCUGGAAAAGUAAACCCACUGAAAACACAGUUCCUGAAGCAAUUGCCAUGAUGUUAGACGUCUCCUUUCCCAACAUGGGAGAACGACGUGUUGUCCGGGCUUGCAAAGCACCGUACAGGCCCCUGACAACCCGCUGAUCAGGUGACUGCAAACCUCCUUUGGCUCAGCUGAAGAUUUGCCUGCCCCUCACCUGAUGUCAUAAACAAGAGGGAGAGAGGAAGAGAAGAAAAAGGGGGCGGGAAUUGGCUCCAGCAGAGCCUGUGGGCCAGAUCUUGCAAAUAAUUCCAAGUACAGAACACAAAUGUUCCGAGUGUUUGUUCUCUUUUGGCGGCCACUAAAGGUACCUUUUUCACGGGCUGCAAGAGUGGAUAAGAGUUGCAGCAAGAUUUAUGUUCCUUCCAGUAUUGCAAUACUAGCCUUUUGGCCACCAAUGUAGAGUCCAUUUAACUUUGCCCCUCUGUCAAGGCCCAGAUCAUUGGGAUGUUACUGUGUAUAUAGCAUGGCAUCAUGGACUGGCUAGAGGCAGAGAAGUGGUGAGUGACACGAGCUGGGGGACCCCAAAGGGAAGAAGACUCAGAGCCAGGGGAUUGGUGGCGGGACGACGAUCAGUGGUCAGAGGGAGAGGAGGUAGCAGACUGCUAGGAGGAAGUAUCAGCAGUAGGAGAGGGGACAGGGUUUAGGAUCAUAGAAUUUAAGAGUUGGGAGGGACCAUGAGGGUCAUCUAUUCCACCCUCCUGCAAUGCAGGUAACUUUUUGCUCGAACCCACAACCCUGAGAUUAAGAGUCUCUUGCUUUCAUGAGCAGGAAGAGGCUAUGUCAGAGAGCAGUCCAGAAUCAGAGGCAGAAGCGGACAGGGUCAAGAGGCAGAGAUGAGGAGGAGCUCUCCUCCUCCUGCUGUGACCAGCUCCCUUCCCCUCUGGUCUCCCAGACCCUGCAGAGGUAUGAAGAGGGCAGAGCAAAGAGAGACAAGACAACGGAGCCUCAGAUUGCUUGGGAAGGAACUGGGUAGGAGGAGCCUUAGAGAGCAGUGGGAAGGCGGGGAUUUUCAGUCCUCGUGACUGCCUCAUUGGGACAGUUCCCUGCUGAGAAGAGUUGCUGUGAUCACUAGGCCCACGCUGUUUUCUUUCUUUGAAUAAAGAGUUAACUUCACUCAGUGUUUUAUUGCUGACCUAUGCAUGAUUCCAGCUUCUGACACAUGAGUAUCUGACCGCUUUAGGGAUUUUCCCAGGCGGUGACUUUCAUCUAGAAAGGUGCCACUCUAGGGAAUGGCCAGAUCGUAUGUUUCAGUGUUGCCCCAGGCAUACCACAGUGCCAGAAGGCGUCCAGGGAUGCCACAUGCUUUAAAGGUGUUGUGUGUAUGCAGCCUGAAUCUCUGGGAGUAAAUUUGGACAGUAAUGUCGGCACCAGGCGGGCCUCACUGGGGGAAGCAUUCCAUGAUUUGGGGUGGGUGGAGGUCACCACCGAAAGGACCCUCCUCCCAUCUAACCCAGUUAGCUCCAUAUGGUUAAGACUGGGGAGCUGAGACUGGCAGGGUAAGAAAAGCAGGAAGUUCUCCCCACUGGUGUAAGGACCUCUCUAGAUUUUUUUUUUUUUUUGCAUGUGUAUUCAGUAACAUGUCAUUGAUGCUCUAAUGGUCGCUUAGUGGUGGAUCUCUACUGGAUUUAUACUGCCCUGUCCGCACGUCAUUCCGCUUGUCCUGUGAGUCUUCCCCAUUAUUGCCACCUGGAGGGGCGCUCUUCCUAGAAUCAUAGAAUUGUUGGAAGGGAACCCGAGGGUCAUCUAGUCCAACCCGCCGCAGCACAGGGAAUCUCAGCUUAAAGCACCCAUGACAGACGGCCAUCCAGCCUCUGCUUAAAAACCUCCAAAGGAAGGAGAGCCCGCAACAAAAGUGGGACAGAACACAAAACUCCGCAAUGUUUUGCGGUAUGAAAAGUUACCGGAUUUCAGCAGGAAGCUGCAGGGCACGUUCCAAUUAGACACGACGCAGGGUGCAAAACCUUUUUAAGUGCAAACAGGAGGGAAAGUGGUGUUAUAACCAACCCCAAUACAACCAUGAGCACAAAUUUUCACGAACGCAGAAUGAAAACAGAGCCCGUGGAGUCAUGCUUCAUUUUCUCAGAGCCUUUGGUGCUUAUCGAUGGAGCCCUGUGAGUCGCAGAAAGAUUCUCCCCCACCCCUCAAAAAAGACACAGAGUUUCCUCUCCCACACUCCCCUUACAUGUUUCAAUGAAGUGUGUGAUUUUUCUCCAGUCAUGCCUGGGUGUGAAUGCAAAGGCUUGGUAUUUUUCCACUGCUGUGCUACGAAUGUUCCGAGUUUGGGUCUGAGAUGUUCAGCCUUUUUUCCUUUAAAAAAAAGCAAAAUGAAGCUUAUCUUCCUAAUGGAUAAUGCUUUUCUCCCCCACCCUCCUCCUCCCUUUUUUUUCUUCUUCAAGGCUGCAAAAUGCGAGUUUCUUUCCCCAGAGGUUGCUCCCAGUAAUUGACACAGGCAAAGGCAAGCACUUGUGGUCAGAUCAAUCUGGAAAAGAGGCAAUCCGCUUUAUGCUAUCAUUUUCUUUGGGAGGGCAGUGGGGGUUGGAGGAGCGAACGGGGAGGGGGGCGGAGGAUGCUGUCUCUGAGAUGUACAUGCUCCCUGCCUCUUUCUUCCCUUUCCGAAUUUAAUCACCAAUCAACUGGGAUUGAUCAUGGAUGAAACAUUCCGUAGGUGUUAAGCGCCAAGAUUGCGAUGCGGCUCAGUCCACUUGGUAACUAUAGAAUUCAAUACGUGGGCAUCUUCUGAAGCGGCAGGAGAAUGCAUCGUGAAGGGCAGGUGGGGGUUGGGGGGAAGAGCUAAAUUCAGCCUCCAGUAAUUUUGCAAGCACAUUUCGGACUUCUUUAUCGGCGCCUCAGGGUUGUUAAACACUUCUUGCUUCCGGGUGAUCAAAAGCAGUUCUGGGGUCUUGACUUCCCUCGCUUCAGGAAUCUCAAUCUGUAUCGCCUGGUCUGCUGCGGGAGCCCUUUAUGUUUGUUGCACCAGGAAGGGAUUUUGGGCAGACCCACAAGGAAAUAGGGAGGGGGUAUCUCUGUGUGUUAAACCACAAGGGCCUAGGACUUGCUGAUCAGAAGGUUGGCGGUUCGAAUCCCCGCGAUGGGGUGAGCUCCCGUUGCUCGGUCCCUGCUCCUGCCAACCUAGCAGUUCGAAAGCACAUCAGAGUGCAAGUAGAUAAAUAGGUACCGCUCCGGCGGGAAGGUAAACGGCGUUUCCGUGCGCUGCUCUGCUUCGCCAGAAGCGGCUUAGUCAUGCUGGCCACAUGACCCGGAAGCUGUACGCCGGCUCCUUCGGCCAAUAAAGCGAGAGGAGCACCGCAACCCCAGAGUCGGUCACAACUGGACCUAAUGGUCAGGGGUCCCUUUACCUUUACCUUUUAUGCUUUGGAAUGGGCACACUGGAAAUUUACCUGGGCCACAAACAUAAUCCCUGAUCUCUCGUUGCCAUGGGUGCCUUCUGCCCCGUGGGGAUCUGGUCUGGCCUGGCAGCUUCAGAUAGGGGGAAAAAGAGGAAAUAAAAGGGGCGUGGCUCUGUCUUGUCACUGAGAACCAGACGCUGCCUUCAUAGGUGGGAUCAGCUCAUGCACCUGCCCAGGUGGGCCAUACAUGUGGGCACACAGCAGGCCAGCUGGGCAAGAGGGUCCUGCUCAUGAGGCCUCAUCUUUAAAAGCUUGGCGGGAGGGGCGUGUCCACUAUUGGGACGUCUUCUGUUUGGUUGUGAACCUCUUCCCUUGAUCGUGUGCCUUGGAACCUCUACUUCUGGACUUUGCUGAGCCUGUACUGCUCUUAGCCGGAAUGAAGAUCUCUUCCUUGCUUGCAAGUAACAGCAGUGUUUGAAAUGAGCCAGGCGCCUGGCGCAUUUUGCACCUGGCUAUCGACCACGUGAAGAUGCCUGGGUGCCAGGAUGUUCCAGCCUGACAUCUCCACCAUCUGGAGGUGCGUGCCUGGGGAAUCCUUGUAUCUGGACUGUUUUCACACACUAAUACCCUUUCCCUUAGAAUUCUAUCCGUUCUUUUUUGUCUGCACAAUGGGCAUGAAUUUCUGGACCCAAAUGCUUUUUCUACGCAGACUGAGCAGCAGCAAUCACCAUUAAGAAAAAGAGGUCGGAAUAGGCCAAUGUCUCUGGAUCAAGUGACUUUUCUUCUUUUAAGUUGUCAAAGUUCUUAACCUAGCUCUAGGUCGCCACUUGAACUAGCCGGAUGUUUAACUGAGAAUCAAUCACAGUCAGUCCAUCAUGUGAAAAAAUAAGACUUGAGAGCAGUCUUGCCCCAAAAUGGCUGCUAGACAUUCUGUUUAGGCAACUUUAACCUUGGUCUAAGGAGCUAUUUGGCACCUAGCUUAUACAUCUGAGUUUCUAACACUGAACAACAGCCACUGUCAUUGUGUUUUGCGACGGCAGCCUGAUGCUAGUCAGGGAUAGUUCUUCAUUUGUACGCCGAGGUCAUCCCAGGUCAUGGCUUAGGAUGGGAUGCACUGAGGCUGUUGGCUCCUCCCCCUGAAGCGCCAUUUGGAACUUUGUAGUCUUCGCCAUCCAGGCUCUUAUUUUAUACCUGGCUGUGGUUGAUGGACCACUGAGUCCAUCCACCCUGAGCUUCCGGGGACACCCACCCCAGAACCACACCGUCCUUUUGCUCCUAUUGUUAAACAAGAGCCUCUGUUUGCCCCGAGACCACAGAACUCUGCAGCGGAGUGGGGUUUGCUCCUUGACACUCUUGCCUUCUUAUCUCCUCCCAGGGGUGGUGGAAGCUUGCCUUCUGCACAUGCUCAAGAGACGGGCAGCCGGCUUCCUGCGGACCGACAAGAUCGCCGCCCUCUUCACCAAGGUCGGCAAGACGUACGACGUUGCCAGCGACGUGUGCAGGAAAGCCCAGGAGCUGCUGCAGCAGGUAGAAGGCAGGUGAGGGUUAAGGUCCGCCUCCGAAGGGAGUCCGCAGCUCAGUGACGAAACCUUGUUUUGCAGAAUUUGCCCGUCCCUGAGUUAGAUCUGCAGGGUUUUCAUUUGAAAGACUGGAGCGUGUUGAUUUCUGCACACUGCAAAGGGCUGGCGUCGGGGGGCAUAGCUGUCAACUUUCAGAUUUUAAAAUAAGGGAUCAGCAGCCUCACUUGUCCCGGGGACAGUUUACGGGAUAUCUAACAAUCCGGGAAAGCAGCGGGAAACGGCGCUGGAAUAAGGGAAUUUCCCGCAAAAAAAGGGAAGGUUGACAGCUAUGUUGUGGGGCGGUAUCCUUGCGCAGCGGCCAAGGAUCCCAGCACUCUCAUCCCCCUGCCCCCGGCCUUGAUGCCAAUUUGCAGGAGCACAUUUUAACAGACUGGCUCCAGGCACGCAUUGCAAGGCUAAGAGAGACCUUACUUGCACUCUUAAGAGGUCAUCUCAGACAGGUUUUUCGGGUCCUUUUAUUCCUUGCCCUGUUUAAAUAUUUGCUUCAGCUGUGCUGCCACAUUUUGAACAAGUUUAUAUUUAAAUAGCCCGUGUGGUGAUGUGAAAAGGUUCUACGAUGGCUAUGCAGCAGAUAUUAAAUCAGUGCUGAAAGGGGAGGGGGAGUGUUUAUUUUAAAAACAAACAAACAUUUUAUAACGUAUAUAAAAUGGAGAGAACAACUCGUAACAGCAGACAGAAAUCAAAAGGUGAAAAAAGAAAACUAUAAAAUAGGCACAUAAAAUGAGUACAGUCGCUCGGGUUUUAACACGGGGUUAAAAUAACAAAAUCCAAGUAAGGACUAUCUGUAUUAUCAGAUUAUCAAGUAUAGUUCCUGAAUUGCUAAACUGGUGACAAGGGUUGUCUUGAAAAUGAUGGUUGGGCAUAAAAGAAUGCCAAAGCAUUUAAAAAAGUGUUCUAGUCCUUCCUAAAAUCUCAAAUUAUGCAUAAUUUUCUCCAUUAUAGCUAUAUUCCGUACCAUUAGUUUUCCAGUAUCAUCAAUUUUGGACAACAAUGGUUUAUUUAGCAAUAUUUAUUGUUUCUGUCAUAAUCAAGCCAUCCUUUGUUUUUGUGAAUGCUCUAGGAGGCUACUCAAAUUGGCAAGGUGUUAUGGGGGGGGGGGAGCCGAUCUCUCUCGCACCCCUUCUCCUCUGAGACUUGUUCCGGUUUAACCCAGAAUUCCCUGGGAACACACUGUUCUAGGUGCUGACUGUUUUGUCUGUGUUAGCCCAGACCCCAAAGGCAUGACCCCCCAAAGUGCAAGUGUGCCCAUGUGCACGCUCAUACACAAACACCCACCCUCAAAAGAAUCCAUCUUUCUUUUUUCCCUUUUCAGGUCACCUUUAAGAAAGCUGGAGAAUAUAGUGAGGAGUUUCAGCUAUCAGCCAGCGCCUCUUUCUCUCCUCAGGUUACUAGUUUAUGUCAAGUGAGAAUAAGGUGGGGUAGUCCAGCCUACAGCAAUCUGGUGCCUUCUGGAUGUUUAGGACUACAGCUCCCAUCAGCCCCAGCUCCCAGGGGCUGCUGGGAGUUGUAGUCCAGCGCAUGCACCAGAUUGCCAAAGGCUGAGCUAGACAAAUAAGGGUUUUUAUUUUCUUUCCCCAUAGUCCGGCAGAUUGAAGGAAGGAGCAAAAAUGUUUCUGAUGGAUUUUUUUUCUCCUCCUCCUUGCCGCCCACCCCCCACAUCCAUCCUCUCCGGUUUAAACUAGUUUACUAAUGUCAGUAAGGCUUGUUUUACUGCUAGCAUGUUCUCCUAUCAGCUGUUGCUUUGACACUCUUUCGAAAACAGACCAAUUAGGCCUUCUGGUUUGGAAAUGGUAGCUCCAGUCAACGCACGAGCACAAGGUGAACAUAACAACAUCACAAGUGUGGUUCAAACACCUGCCUAAUGCUAGAACAGGGAGAUAUCCAAUGGAGCCAAAUGUCAGAAAAUUCAGGGCAGAUCGAAGGAAGUUUAUGGAGCGCAUAAACUGUGGAACUCACUGCCACAGGAGGCGGGGACGGCCACCAGCUUGGAGGACUUCUGAAGGUGAUUAGACGAAAUCAGGGACAAGGCUGUCAAUGGCUACCAGCCAUUUAUAGGUGCUCUUCCCCCAGAAGUGACCCCUUGAGGGAAUGCAGGCCUUGCAUUUGGGGCAGGCACAGAGUUGUCAGUCCCUCUCCAGACAAAUUAAACCGUGUUUGCGAUGAAGCUUUUAAACUCUCUCUGUUUUGAGAGUUUUUGGGCUUUCUUUAUUUCUCUUUAGCAGGAGAAGUCAGCCGGCUGGCCAGGAAUCCCUCAAGAGGCAGGCGUCCACCACGAGCAAAGCCCCUGCCCUGACCCCACAAGCCGUCAAGCACAUCUGGGUUCGCACUGCUCUGAUCGAAAGGGUGCUGGACAAGAUUGUGCAGUACGUGGUGGACAACUGCAGGUAAGGGACGUGCCGGAGCUUGGCUUUGUUUUGUUUUCCAAAAGGGAAGAGAGCCACGAGUGGCACAUGCUGUCGUUAUAAAAAAGCUAUCAAUGGCUGGGGGGGGGGGACCUUUUUCAGCCUGAGGGCUGCAUUCCUUUCUGGGCAACGUUCCAGAGGCCAUGUCCCAAUAGUGGGCAGAGCAAUGAAUGGAGGCUCUCUCAUCAUUAGUAAUAAUUUUGAUUUAUUGCCCAUCUUUUACCCUAAGACUCCAGAAUGGACCAUAUUAAUUUAAAAAGCAAUGUUAAAAACAGUUAAAACAAAUUAAAUUCACAACUCGACUGAGUCCUUUCUUUCUUUCUCAUCUAUCUAAUCUGUAUCUAUCUAUCUCUAUCUAUCCAUCAUCUGUCUGUUAUAUAUCUAUAUCUAUCUAUAAUAUCUAUAUCUAUAUAUCUAUAUCUAUAUCUAUAUCUAUAUCUAUAUCUAUAUCUAUAUCUAUAUCUAUCUAUCCAUCAUCUGUCUAUCAUGUAUCUAUCUAUAUCUAUCUAUCUAUCUAUCUAUCUAUCUAUCUAUCUAUCUAUCUAUCUAUCUAUCUAUCAUCUAUCUAUCUAUCAUCAUCUAUCAUCUAUCUAUCUAUCUAUCUAUCUAUCUAUCUAUCUAUCUAUCUAUCUAUCUAUCUAUCUAUCUAUCUAUCUAUCUAUUUUAUUUUCCUUUCUUCUGUUUCUUUUUUCCAUCUUGCUUCUCUUCUCUUUGCUCCUGUUUCUUUUUAGAUUAGAUUUUUUUAAACACUUCUUUUAUUCUGGCAUUGGGCAUAAUCUUUGAGUAUCAAUAGCAGCACACCUGGAACUAGAGACGAUGCUUUCCUUCUCACCGGUCGACGCAGAGCAGCUGGCUUCCGUUGCGCCAGUUCCCUUUCCAUGUUAGCAAUAUGCAUUAAAGAGAGGCUCCUGUGUGCUGUGCCCCCAAAUCUGUACGAACAAAUGCUGAUGCUGCCUCUUUCAUUUUUGUAAAAAAAUUUGCCUUAUGGGCAGCAGCCAAGGCAGGCCACCGAGUUGCAAAGGCAGCCCAUGGCUUCUUUUUUUAAAACCAGGAAAAUAUUCCUGGGCGGUGGGAAUGACAUCAGCCCUCUUAGGGGAAAGAGUGAGGACUCCUGUUCCCUCUAGUGGUGAAAUGCCACCAUUCCCACCAUAGAAUCAGAGGGAUGUAGAAUUGUAGACGGAAGGGGGGUCACGGGUGGCGCUGUGGGUUAAACCACAGAGCCUAGGGCUUGCCGAUCAGAAGGUCGGCGGUUCAAAUCCCCGCGACGGGGUGAGCUCCCAUUGCUCGGUCCCUGCUCCUGCCAACCUAGCAGUAUGAAAGUACGUCAAAGUGCAAGUAGAUAAAUAGGUACCACUCCGGCGGGAAGGUAAACGGCGUUUCCGUGCGCUGCUCUGGUUCACCAGAAGCGGCUUAGUCAUGCUGGCCACAUGACCCGGAAGCUUACGCUGGCUCCCUCAGCCCAUAGAGCGAGAUGAGCGCCGCAACCCCAGAGUCUGCCAUGACUGGACCUAAUGGUCAGGGGUCACUUUACCUUUUAGACGGAAGGGACCCUGAGGAUCGUCAGGUCCAACCACCUGCAAUACAAGAAUAUGCAGGGAUAGAGCCUGCAGCCUUGGCAUUAUCAGCACCCACGCUCUAAGCCAGGCAUAGGCAACCUCGGCCCGCCAGAUAUUUUGGGACUACAACUCCCAUGCUCCUUAGCUAACAGGCCCAGUGGUCAGGGAUGAUGGGAAUUGUAGUCCCAAAACAUCCAGAGGGCUGAGGUUGCCUAUGCCUGCUCUAAGCAGCUGGGCUAAGAAGUAUGAGGGCAGACUGAGGUUGGUGGGGCAGACCUCCCAUUUUCCGUAAGGCACCAGCCUCCACUCUGGCCUGGAGAACGGCUGCCAGUCUGAGCAGGCAACCCUAGGCUCAAGGAGCAAAUGCUUUGCCAGGGUAUAUAAGGCAGGGGCCCCUGUGUAAGAAAGCCAGCCCUGCUUUUUUUGUUUCAGGCUUCGCUCCUUUCAAAACGUGGCCUGUGUUUAAAUAAUAAUAACCGGAAGAGCCUCUCUCUCCUCCGCACGGCAAACUUCAUUAACGCCCGUGCUCCUUUUUUUCAUUGAAAGGUAAAUGUUAUUUUAUCGCCGGUCGUUUUGUGUGGUUGCUCUCUUCCAGCAAAUAUUACGAGAGAGAAGCUCUGCUGGCAGAUCCGGUCUGUGGGCCCAUCUUGGCUUGCCUGCUGGGUGAGCAUCUUUCAAAUGUUAUUUCUGUGUGCUUUGGAAGAGCGCUGUUUUGACAGUCCCCAUGUGGUUCGCCAAAAAGGCGUUUGCACAGAUGAUGAACGUGAGUCAAGAAACGUGAUGCUAUUGCACCAAAGGAAGGAGCAAGGAUUCGGGGAGAGGAAGGGAGAAGAGGUUUCGUGAAACGAUGGGCUGUAUCUGAGGCACAGCUGAGCUUUUGGCAUCAGCAUCAACAAUUUAAAAAUCCCAAUUUUCCUUUUCUGGUAAAAGAGGAGUGGGUUAUAUGUUCUAUGGAGCUGGGUCUGGGGAACCUGUGACUCUCUAGACAUCGUUGGACUCCAACUCCCAUCAGCCCCAGGCAACAUGGCCAGUGGUUAGGGAUGCUGGGAGUUGUAGUCCACUGCAGCUGAAGGGCACCACUAUUAGCUGUCCCUGAUAUAAAGGCUGAUAGGUAUUUAAAUCCUGUUUUGCCAAGGGCCAAGAUGCUGGAUUUGGCAGACAUCCACAGGCAAUUAGUUGUGUAAUCUGAGGGCCACCACCGAGAAGCUCCUGCCACCCUGAAGAGUUUCCCUGAGCGAAAAGUAAAGAUGUUGCUCUUCUGCCAGUGGAAAUCUAGCAGUACCCAAAUUUGAGAUAACCUGGGAAACAAUUUAUUUGCCUGUUCCUUUAGACCAGGGAUGAGGUCCUCCGGACGUCUUUGUACUCCAGAUCCCACCAGCCAAAGCCAGUAUGGCCCAGUAGUCAAGGAUGAUGGGCGUUGGGAGUCCCACAACGUCUGGAGCCCCCAUCACUGGCUUAGAUCUCUUUAGCUGAGGAGAAGCUACUGGCUUUCUUCCACCCCUGAGAAGGCAAAAGGAGUUUCCCAAUUCCAUUCUCUCUCUCUCUCUCUCUGGUCUGUUCUCAGUUGGACCCUGUGCCCUGGAAUACACCAAGCUGAAAACAGCCGACCACUUCUGGACAGACCCCUCGGCCGACGAACUGGUCCAACGGCAUCGCAUCCACGGAGCCCACGGCCGGCAAGACUCUCCGUCCAAACGGCCAGCGUUAGGAGUGGGUCCUUUUUUCUCCCUGAUGUGGCAGCACAGCCUUUUCCAUCCCAUGGCCCUUCAGAUGUUUUGGGGCUAUAGCUUCCAUCAGGCCCAGCCAGAUGAUGGGAGCUGAAGUCCAGAAUAUCUGGAAGGGUGUGGCCAACAUGGUUAUAACCCAUUUAGGCUGCAUGCCCACUGUAUGUUUAGGGCACUUUUGAAGCACAGCUCUACCCCACGAAUCCUUGGAAGUGUAGUUUGUUAAGGGCUCUGGGAAUUGGAUUUCUGUGGGUACGGGGGGGGGGGCAAACUACGGUUCUCAGAAUUAUCUGGGGAGGGUGCGCUUGAAAUGCAGUAUGGAAGCAUUGGGAGGAAUUCAACAUUGUGCUACGUUGAACGUGCUUUCCGUGCGAGCUUUUCAGCUUGCCAGACAGAACAACCUCCCCCUGUGCAGUGUUCUGGGGUUUUGCCUGAGUCCUCUUGAGCUGAUUUUGGGGUGCAGGGGAGGCACAGAGGGAGGAGAGUGGGGUGGGGUGGGAGUGGGAAGCCCAUUGCAAAAGCAAAGGUUCUUGUGCAGGGCUUCCACCGAUGGGACUCCUUAGGGGGCACCCACCCCUCAGACUGGAAAUACUAUAGAAUCAUUGAAUUGUAGAACUGGAAGGGACUCUGAGGAAUGUGCAGCUGUUCCAUAUAGGGACCAACCUGCUAUAUAUAUAUAUAUAUAUUCAUAGAACUGAAAGUGAUCCAAGGGGCCGUCCAGUCCAAUUCCUGCAGGAGGAUUGCGGUGCCCUCAUUCAUAGGCUGUGCUUCUAUGCAACAAGGGAUUCUCUCCCCCCACAACAAAACUCCCCCCUCUGCAAGUAUUGGGCUUACUUGAAGGAAAGUCACGUUUUGCAUGUAUAGGGAAUUUUUUUAAUGUUCGAUGUUUUAUUAUGCUUUUAUAUUUGUUAGAAGCUGCCCAGAAUUGCUGGUGUAACCAAAUCAGAUGGGUGGUAUGCUCUUCUUCUUCUUCUUCUUCUUCUUCUUCUUCUUCUUCUUCUUCUUCCAGAAGCAUAAAACUGAACAUUAAAAUAUAGCUGGACUUCUGAAUACUCUUCCUUGGACAGUGAAGCCCAUCAAAAUCAGUGGGAUUUCCUUCUGAGGAAUUCAGAUGGCGGCUUUGCUGAGAAAUGCGGCGCUGUUCCUCUUUCGGAAAUCUAAUAUGGGGCGAAGCUUUCCCCCACCCCAGAAAAGGGCACUUCUCUUUGGUGUCUUGUAUCACCAUUGCCCAUUGAACCAGCAUGACCACGGGGACAGGAUCAGGCGAUUGCUUGAGUCUCGUUCCUUGCUGUGCUCCCCCCCCAAAAAAGUUGUGGCAGCAAAUGCGGAUCGAUAUGAGGAGAUCGUGCCCUUCAAAACUCCAUUUGGGUUAGGGCAGAGUUUCUCAAACUUGGGUCCUCAGCUGUUUUUGGACUACAGUUCCCAUCAUCCCUGCUAGCAAGGGAUGAUGGGAGUUGUAGUCCAAAAACCAACAGGAGACCCAAGCUUGGGAAACUCUGGGCCAAGGAAUAACCACAACUUAACAAUGAAAAUAUAAUUAAUGUGAGGCCGCCUAUCUCAACAAAGCAGGUUAUUCACAGUUGCCCAUUGCAGCCAACGCAACGGUAUCCUUACGUGUCCGUCCCCCCCCCCAGAUACGGAAACGGCACUCCAGCGGAAGCAUGUCGGAGGAUCGCUUUGCUGCCUCGGCUAGGGAUUACGUCGAGUCGUUGCACCAGAAUUCCCGGACGCACUUGCUGUAUGGAAAGAACAACGUCCUGGUUCAGCCCGUAAGUGCUUGGAUCGUGUGGCGUGGGGCCGAGGAGCACAUCUGCCUGGGGUGACGUUUCAUAUUGGUGUUAGAAAGAGGAAACCGUGCCAGGAAUCCUGCUUCUGUUCCCAGCCCCCAUACAGAUCCUGCCCCCCGACUUGCGUGAGCUAGAGGGGUAGGGGGGCUUGUAUCUCAGCUGCUGCUUCCUCCCCUAAGGUGAAGAGAAAGAAGCAGCUGAGAUACAUUCCAUACUGAGAUAUACAGUGGAACCUUGGUUCUUGAACUUAAUCCAUUCCGGAAGUCCGUUCGACUCCCAAAACCAUUCUAAAACCAAGGCGCAGUUUCCAAUUGGCUGCAGGAGCUGCGUCGGACGUUUGGCUUCCGACAAACGUUCGAAAACUGGAACACUUACUUCCGGGUUUUCAGUGUUUGGAAGCCAAUUUGUUCAUCAACUAAGCCAUUCAAGAACCAGGAUUCCACUGUAUCAGCAUAUCGCGUAUUUAACUACUGAUAUAUCGCAAUGCUGAAAACCAGAUGUUACCCAGCCCUGCUGUACCUUUAAAGCAGUAUCAUACCCCUUUAAGCAGCUGGGCCUUCACCCAAAUAACUCUCCAUGGGAAUCUCUGGGAAUUGUAGCUCUGGGAGGGGAAUAGGGGCCUCGUUGCAACUCUCAGUUCCCAGGAUUCUCUAGGGGCAGGCCAUGAGUGUCCAGAGUGGUAUGAUACUGCUUUAAAUGUGCAGUGCAGAUGAACCCAAGUUUAAGUCACUUUUAGCCUGUCGCCUUGAUAAUCCCAACAAUGUACUGAAGGAGAGAAAGGAGUCUGGCGAGGGGUAUAUAUUAAUUCACCUCGUUUGCCAAUAUCACGAUCUCUCCAGAAUCUUGGCUGUUAAGUGCAUCAUCACAAGCCAGCUGGGGACAUGUGCCGCUUCACGUCAGAAUUAAAAGAUAUGAAGUGGACACUGACAAGGGAAUUCAUUUAAAGACAUGAGUCACAAACAGGACAGAGAGGGUUGGAAGCAUUGUGAUGAGUCACCAAUUCAUGCAAGUCAAUGAAGGGAAGACCAGAAUGUUGGCUUCAUUUACAUCUAGGUACCUGGGUCAAGGAGACCCCGGCUUUGACAUCACACGUCUCCUAUUUUUGGUCCCCUUUCCUCUCCCUCGCUCUCUGUCCCUUUGCUGUGCUCAACAGGACAUCUCGCAGCCUUACUCAUCCUUCACAGCUGCCUAGAAGCUGGCUGUGCAUUCGAAGUUGAGGACAAACAACAGAGAAAUGUUAUACCUCCCUCUCUCCUAACAAUAGAAUUGGUGGGACAUCUAUGGAAGCUGGAUGUCGGGAGAUUCAGGACUGAUGAAAUAAAGUCCUUCUUCGCACAGUCAGGGCAUAGUUAAAUUGCGGGCCUCUCUCCCAGAGGAGGCAGCGAUGACUAAUGGCUUGGAUGGCGUUAAUAGAAGAUUAAAUCAAUUCUUGGAGGAAAAUGUUCUAGUGCUAUGAGAGAGGGAGCAAAAGACUUUUCUCUGCUUGCUUUCUGAUUUGCAGCCCAGGGCCUCACCUGCUCCCAGUUUCUUUCCAGUUCAAAGCCGUGCUGUUGAAAGGUUUGAGGCCCUUUGGGGAUGGGAUGUGCAGAAGCAGUGUCCCUGAUAAUCAUAAUAUUAUAAUAAUUUAUUAUCUAUUCCCUGCUCAUCUGACUGGGUUUCCCCAGCCACUCUGGUCGGCUCCCAACAGAAUAUGAAAGCACAAUAGAACAUCAAACGUUAAAAACUUCCCUAAGCAGGGCUGCCUUCAGAAGUCUUCUAAAAGUCAGAUAGUUGUUUAUUUCCUUGACAUCUGAUGGGAGGGCGUUCCACAGGGUGCGUGCCACUACCAAGAAGGCCCUCUGCCUGGUUCCUUGUAACCUCACUUCUUGCAGGGAGGGAACUGCCAGAAGGCCCUUGGAGCUGGACCUCAGUGUCUGGGCUGACCAGGGCUCUUCUCGUUUUUGCAGUGCACAACGUUGCUCUCUUUCUCCUACAUUUGUCCUAAACCGUUUCCUCUCCUUAUUAUUUGGCUGGCUUCCCAAACAGAAAGAUGACAUGGAGGCCAUCCCGGGCUACCUCUCUCUCCACCAGUCGGCCGAUUCCCUGACUCUGAAAUGGACGCCGAACCAGCUCAUGAACGGGACGCUGGGGGACUCGGAGCUUGAGAAAAGGUAAGACGCAGUAGUGGCCCUUGCGACUGCUGGGUGUAAGAAAGAAGUCUGGCAGGCGGGGGGCUGGCUGAGGGCAGACUGGGCUUGUUUGGGGCAAGCGCCCCAUUCGCUGUAAUGCACCAGUGGGGAACCUCAGGCCUGGGAGGGGAGUGCAGAUGUGGUCCUCCCGGGGCUCUCUGCCUGGCUGUCACAGACUGGCUGGACACCUAGGAACGCUGAAGGGAACCAGCUGGGGAAACCCCCAAGGGAAGAAGACUCAGAGCCCAGGGAGUGGUGGUGGGCUGACAAUGAGGGAGAAGACUGGGAAGAGGAGGUGGUUUCGGAAGAUGAGGGGUAACAGGGCUUAGUGAGCGGGGAGAAUCGGUGGCAGAGGGAAGUCUAGAAUCAGAGGCAGAAGCUGAAGCAGGAGAAGACAAGAGGCAGAGGGGAGUCUGGCUGGUGAAGAGACCCUGGUGUCUCUCCUUCCUGUUGCAACAAGCUCCCCUUCCCAUUGGUCUCCCAGAACCAGAAGAGGGCUGAAAUGGGUGGAGCAGUGGCAGGCUACAUGCAGGCACAGUCUCUGAUUGCUUGGGGAAGGUCCUGGAGAGGAGGAGACAUAAACAGGUGUGGGGAGGUGGAGGCCUUUAGUCUCUGAUUUUCAUGGAGUAAGACUACUAGGAAUGAGCUGCUUGAUCUCCUGCCAAGUCUGGGAAGAUCGUGCUUUUGCUAAUAAAGAGAUAACUUCAGCUUUGAAUGGUGUGAUUUACUGCUGGGUCGCACUUUGACACAGGCCUUCAGAUCUCUUUGCAGGCCACACCCCUCCCUGGCUCUGCUUUGUUGCUCCCCAGGCUAGGAUGUGUCUUUGAACCCUGAUACUGCCUCUUUCUCACCUGGGCAGAGGGCAGAGAGGGGCAUGUGCAAAACCCCUCUAGCCCCAAAGCGGGUGCUUUGUGCUGAUACUAAUUUUGUGUGUUGUGCGUUGCCUUGACAAAAGUUUGGAUUAUUAGCCAAUCAAUCAAACAGUAAUUAAACAAGUAUCUGAAGAAGUGUGCAUGCACACGAAAGCUUAUACCCAGAACAAACUUACUUGUUCUCUAAGGUGCUACUGGACAAUUUAUUAUUAUUUUUAGUAAUUAAACAAAUUUAUGUUGGGUUGACAGGGCCUUGAAGAAAUGAUCACCUCUUGUAUUUCUGUUUGUUUAUCUUAUUACAUGCGUUCAGCAUCUACUGGGACUAUGCCUUGAUUGUGCCAUUUAGCCAAAUCGUGUGCAUCCACUGCCAUCAGCAACGUAAGUAUCAUACACCCUUUGUCAUGGGGAAUCUGGGACCUUCCAGAGGGUUUCUGGACCAUACGCACUUUCUCCGGUCAGUAUGCAGAUUCUCCAAGAACCAUGCCACCUUUUCCAAUUUCUUGUUCAGCAGUGUGCAAUCUGCACUCCUUAGGCUGCUGCUGGUCCGCUGCCUAAUCUUACACGGCCCACAACACACCUUCCUAUUGACUGGAGAAAAUGCAUACUGCCCAGAGAUGUACAAAAUUCAGUCACAAUAUGCACAUCAUUGAGGGCGAGAGGUGGGGUCUUGUUGUCUGGGCAGCCCAGGACCUCCAUACACACUGCCCAGGCUUGCACCCCGUGGAGGUCAAACGCUUAUGCACAUUCUCCAAGACGUGUUGGGGAUUAUGCACAAUGACAAGAGAAUGUACAAAAUUCAGUCGCAAUAUGCACGUUCUCCAAAGCCUUUUGGGGAUUAUGAAUAUUGACCAGGAAAUGUGAUUCAUGGAAAGAUUAUGUGCACAUUCUCCCUGAGGCCUGGUAGGAAUGUGCACAAUGGCCAGGUUUCCCCCCCACAUUAACCACUCUACUUAGAUUCCUCUUGACUUAUGUAAACAGAGCUAACAUUGAGGCAUAUUCAUUCCUGCAGCAGAGCGAGGGGGGACGUUGGUUCUGGUGAGUCAAGAUGGCAUCCAGCGGCCCCCGCUUCACUUCCCGCCUGGCGGACACCUCCUUGCCUUCCUUUCUUGCCUUGAAAAUGGCCUUCUGCCCCGUGGACAGUUGGAGCCUCCACUGUGGUCCCAGCAGGGAAAGGUGAGACCUCUAGCCUGGCAAAUAACACCUUCCAUAUGGACCUGACAGGACAGUAAUGGGUAACCUCCGGCCCUUGUGAUGUCACUGGACUCCAGUUCCCAUCAGCCACAGCAGCCAGCAAGGCCGAUGGAGAGGGUUGAUGGGAGUUGUAGUCCAGCAGCAUCUGUAGAGUCACAGGCUCCCCAUCUAUCAGCGGCACCUGUAGGGAUCCAUGCAGAGAGUCCCCAUAAGCUGUGUGAGGUGCUUUGCAGCCCCAGCAAUCAACUCCCUGUUGGGCCUUCAAAGCUUGCUUAUACCUGCAUUGUUUAAUUUCAAGCGGCAAUUGAUAGGUGGGCGGCCCCAUCGACCUGCCCAGUUCCCCACUCUGCUGUGUCCAAUCAGGGUCUCUCUUCCAGUCUCGACCAACCAUAUGCUUACCAGCUCUCGAUGGCUAUGUACCUCACCCAACCAACUAGUACUCGGUUAUAUUUCAUGAAGGGGGAGGUUGUAUUUUGGCAAGCAGCUGCUGAGAACUGCUCCACUGUAGGGUGGAGCGCUGCUGCUUGGGAGCCAGCCACCCAGCUGUGCCCUUUUACAGGAUAUCCAGUCCAGUCCACCACCCGCAGUUAGUCACUUUGGACUGUUUGAGGAUGCGAUCGGCAAACCCCAGGAUAUCCAAGCCUUCCCAGACCUUUGUGUGUUCGUGUUUGUGUGUGUGUGGGGGGUGCCAUUAUGGCUAUAUAACGGAUGGCACGCCCUUGUUGCACAUCAAAAAUAGCCAGAGCCAGGAUUUGAAGACAAAAAAUCGAAAUUUCAAAUAGACAUUAUAGAAAGUAAGUCUAAACUACUUUCAAAAAUGUAUAAUCUCCUAUUAGAAUGGAAUACAAAAGGCGAACUUAUAAAAGAGGCUAUGAUAAAAUGGGCUAUUGAUCUAGGACACAACAUAGACUAUGAUGUAUGGGCCAAACUCUGGAAUGAGAGUAUAAAAUUCACCGCUUGUUCUGCCUUAAAAGAGAAUGUUAUGAAGAUGGUCUAUUGUUGGUAUCUUACUCGCACCAAAUUGGCAAAAAUGUACAGAACUAGUAAUAAAACUUGCUGGAAAUGCAAGGAAAAGGAUGGCGACUUCUUUCAUAUGUGGUGGUCAUGUAAUAAAUUAAAAGAGUUCUGGGAAUCGAUUUAUAACGAGUUUAAAAAGAUGUUUAAGUAUAGCUUUCCCAAAAAGCCGGAAGAAUUCUUGCUAGGUUUGGUGGGAGAAGAUAUUAAGAAGACUGAUCAAAGAUUAUAUUUGUACGCAACAACAGUGGCUAGAGUUCUGAUAGCUCAAAAGUGGAAGCAACAGGAGAUGCCAACAAUAGGAGAAUGGCAGAUAAAGCUGGUUGAAUACGCUGAGAUAGCUAAAUUGACACACAGAAUUCGCAAUCAGGAGGAGACAAAGUACCAAAAAGAAUGGUGUAAAUUUUUGAUCUAUAUAAGUGAGAACUGUGCAAAUUUGAAAACUUUGGCAGGAUUGAAGUAAAUCUUAUGUCAUGUUGUAAUAUCUAAUCAAAGAAACUGUGAACUAUAGAAUAGAAUAGGAAAACUGAUGGAAGGGAAGGACGGAAGUCAACAGCUCUGCGGAGCAUAAAGUAGGAUAUAUGUAAUAAGAUUUGAUGUUUUACUGGUGUUGGUGGUUUUACUGGUGUUGGUGGGUGUUGGUGGGUGAUCUUAAAUAUCAAUAAAAAUUAUUUAAAAAAUAAAUAAAUACCCAGAGCAAGAUAGACCAUUCCUUCUUCUCCAUGAGAGGCCAAAAAGAGCCCUGCUAGAUUGCACCAAAGUGCCAUCUAAGCUAGAAGCCUAUUCUCAUAGUGGCCAGCCGAAUGCUCUUCAGAAGCCCCCAGUCAGGCCUUGAAGGUUAUAUUGCCCUCUCCGAUAGUUGUUGCUCCUUGGCAACUGGUACUCACUGAUAGACUGCCUCUGAACAUGGAGGUUUCAUCUUAGCCAUUGAUAAAGAGACUGCCCUGCUCCAUUUGCCACCUCUUCCGGCUAUUGACUUCCACAUCUUGGAAGGAAGUCCUCCUUUGGCCUGCCCUGGAUUUACUGCUUUGUCGGGUAACCCCUGAGAUCUAGUGUCAUGAGAGAGGGGUUUAGAACUCUCUACUACAGCCUCUCUCUGAGUCACAUCCUGUUGGAUUGCCCUGUUUUACAUUGUAGGGCAAAGUUUUCCCCAAACUCCGGAAACGGAACACCCACAACAGGUCUGUGGAUCUGGAAGAAAUGCCAGUGGCUAUGGAGACGGCUGCAGAUUACGUCUUCAGGAUCAUUUACCCAGGCCAUAGGCAUGACAACAGUAAGAACCUCCUUUGUUUUGAUUUUUCAUUUUACGUACAUGACGGUAAUUUCUUUGGUAGCGGCAACAUUGGGGAUUUCCUUGAAGUUCUUAAUCUUAUUUAGAACAUUUGCACCGUGCCUUUUUGACUUAAAUUGCCCUCGAGGCAACGUAAAAAUAGAUCACACCAUAAAAUACAGCGCCGUUAAAAAAUAAUAAUUAAUGAACUACCAUCAGGGUCAGGGGUGGGGAACGGAACCUGUGGCCUUCUAUUCUUAUAUCAAUUUUAUUAAGAGUUUUCAACAUAUGAUACAAUAAAAACUCAAUUAGUCUAAAAAAAGAGAUAGAGAGACUUACCAGCAAAUUGGCAUUGCAUUUGAUUUUCCAUGAGAAAUUCUCACGUACAGAAAAUUGUGAGUUGCAGCAUUCAGUGCAGUCAUUGGCAGCAUGCGUCUCUCUUUUUAAAAAUAAAAAUAAAAUAAAAUGGAAGGAUCGACCACAGGGAAUGAGAACCUGCAACCCUCCAGAUUCAGAUGGACUCCCAAAACCAACAGUCCCAGCCAGCAUGGUUAGUGACUAGGGGUGAUGGGAGUUGUAGUCCAAUGAUUCAUCAUGCCAUGGAUGUGUUAGCUGAGAUUCCUGCAUUGCAGGGGGUUGGUCUAAAGGACGUCAUGGUCCCUUCCAACUCUACAAAUCUGUGAUUCCGGAAGGUUGUUUGUGACAUUGAGGGUGGGGGGAUGUAUACAAUUGUGUGCAGUCUUCCUUGACUGGCUGAGUAGGCAAGCCAUCUUUCGACAACUUUUGGAAGCACCAACCCCAGUUGUUGCGCCGUUCAUGCUCAGCUCUUAGUGAUGGAUGAAUGGGCCUUUGGUUGGAAGGUGGCCUUCCUACCAAUCCAUGAUGUCAGAAUCUUGUGUUUGCCCCCUUGUGGAGGGGAGGACCCAGUUCCCUUUGCUUCAGACAUGUCCUUUCAAAGCUUGACUGGUGGAUCCCAAUGCCCGUUUUGUUUUUCUUAUUCCUCUUUCACUAUUUUCUUUGAGCAGUAACUAUUAACUACCACCACUUAGCUGCCAGCCGCUCUGCCUCCGUCGACGAUGACGAGGACGACGAAGACAAGCUGCACGCAAUGCUAUCCAUGAUCUGCAAUCGGAACCUCACAGAUCCUAAAAGGAUGAAAGGUUUUUAUCCUUCUCCCCCCGCAACCCCACUCCCUCUUCAUCCCCACCCCCUGGCAGCUCCAGAGCAAAACAUACUUUCUCACACUCGCACGCAACGUGCAACGGUGCUGGCAUUGCUGCAGCCUUGAUGCGCCUCCUUCCGGGUCAGAGGAAUUGCAAGGAGGCCCUCUUGGAAAAGGGAAACCUAAGAGACCAGUGGCUCUUUUGUCCCCUGUUUCCAUUAGUCACUAACUCCUUUCUCUUCUCUGCUUAGAUCAGCGGUUCUCAACCUGUGGGUCCCCAGAUGUUGUUGGACUACAACCCCCAUCAUCCCUGAGCUCUGGCCUUGCUAGCUAGGGGUGAUGGGAGUUGUAGUUCAACAACAUCUGGGGACUUACAGGUUGAGAAAGGCUGGCUUAGAUGGUAGUCUGCACUCAGUACUCAGGAACCUUGAACCAGAAAAGCUUGAAGACAUGGCUGUCCACAGUGGGGUGGCAGUGAAGAAGGGGGUAGUUGCCCCCAUCCUGCUGGGCAACCCAUAAUCCCUACAAUCCCAGUUUUCAUUUUUUAAAACAAGGUUUCUCGCAUUUGUCGAACCUGAGAUGACAGGCAAAAUGUGUUUGUUUCUAAUUUCUUUAGAGAGCAACUUGCCUGUUCCUUCCUUUUUCAUUAUGUUAUGUUAUGUUAUGUUAUGUUAUGUUAUGUUAUGUUUGUAGGGUUUACUUUGCUGUCCCCACAUCUGCCCCUCCAAAUUCCUGCCCAUGCCUCUAAGGUGGUGUGUGCAAAGGCCUCUUCAGGCGGACAAGGGAACUGCGGGUGUAACAUCGGGCCUCUUGAUUGGCAGCCUAUGUGAAGCUUCUAGAUUGGUCAGGCCUGAUAUAAAUAUUCAGAGUCGAGUCUUUUUUGCGGGUCGAAUGCCUUUUCUCGUACCAGCAUUACUCAAAACCCAGGCUUAUACUGUAGGCAGUGAAGCUGCAACCCUCCAGAUGGACUCCCAACCACCGUAGCAAACGAUGGGAGUUGUAGCACAUCAAGAUCUGGAGGGACACAAGCUUCCCACCCCUGCCAAAGAUGGUGGCAUGCAGGUCUCCAGUUUCCACUCCAGGAAAACCAUUGCUAAAGUCUGUGGGUCGUAAAUCCUUUGACCCACUGAGUCUGCUGCAACGGCCCUGCAAUAAAUCUGAAUUUAUUGCCACUCCAACAACCUUCAAUGGCGCCCACAAGCUUCCACUCGCGCGCUGCCACUCUUCUCAGUUGCCGGAUAAUAGCAGAGUUCACACGCAGCGUAAAAUGGCUUGCCUGUGUCGACAUAGUGUCUUCAGUAACUCAGCUCAACACCAGUGCUUCUAUUCUAACACUCUUUAUUUAGAAGCAUAACAAACAGAAAAGAAAACCUACAGAAUCUAGCUGCGUGUUCGCAGCUUUCUGUCUCUAACAAAAACAAAACUACCUUGCCCAUGUUCUGAGAUAGACUGCUCUCCAGAGAGAGCUCAGCCCCCACAGAGCACAGAUCAAAGGGAAAUGCCCGGAUCAUGUGGGCAGUGCACCCAGUUAAUAAGAACGCUUUUGGAGUGUUAACUCUUGACUGUUCAGAACCAUAACAACCAUUACCGCAUGUCUGAAUCUGUCCACAGUCGGGCUCCGACAACUGGUAUCUGGGCGGAUGCAAAACGGUGAAGAAGGCAAUUGGGGCGCCAGAUCAAAGCCCGAGCCUCUGUCCUCCCAUCCUAUUCCAACACGGAUGGAGGACCAUUUGUAACCUGAGGGCCUCAUUCACCUCUGGGAAGCCUUCUGGGGGCCAAAUGCUCGUGGUGGGCGUGGCUAGAGGUAAAAGGGGGUGGAGCGACAGGCAGUCAUGCUACCUGUUGUACAGUGGGCUAGUUUCUACAGAUAUACCCUCCUGCAUGCAGGCAAGUAACAGGCAUGGUCAAGAGUUCGAAGACACAUCCCAGCCAGGCAGAAAACACACAGGGGUGAUGUGAAGUAGGGUCAGUGAAGGGUGUGGCCUGGCUUGAGUUCUCAUGGCCGAACGGAGAAGCUUGGAGGGCCCCAUUUCUCUCCCCCCUGCCCCACUCCCAGGACUGAGGUUGCUUUGUCCUCCUGUGGCCUGGUGCUUUGUCACUCCAGCGCACUUGGUCAGCAACAUUUGCUGUCUGGAUGAGCAAGCAGGGAAGGGCAUGGAAUCAUAGAAUUGUAGAGUUGGAAGAGACCCCGAGGGUCAUCUAGUCCAACCCCCGUGUGCACCUACAUGUCAUAUCUCCACACACCUGCAUUCAUGUGUGCAAGAGCCACGUGGCAUCCAGAACGCACACCCUCCAUAGGGCUGAGGGUGGGGCACUCCAAAACGCCCGAAAAGUAGCAAUAUUGGCAGCCAGGGCUGCCAUACUUGUACCCCUUUUAAAUUGACUUGGGUUAUUCUUUGUUUUGUCCUGCAGGCUUUCUAUGGCCACUUUGCACAUCUCUCUUUGGAGAGAGGAAAAUGCGGGAUAUAAAUCUGAUUGCAAACAAGCAAAAUAAAUAUUUUUUUAAAAGAAAUUCCCCCAAAGUCAGUCUCUCUCUCUCUCUCAUAAAUAAAUCAAUCUAUAGUGUCAGGAACAUGAUUUCUUAGGGAUAAAGGGAAGAAAAUCCAUUCACAUAUAAAAUUAGCAUGUCAGGAAGAAGACUAAGUCUCCCUGACUUCCUAGUUUUCAGUGUACGGGGAAUGUUUAUAGAGGAGCCCAGUGCACAUUGGAAAUGAUGGGACAGAAGGCAAAGAGCCCAACAGUAGGUGGCGCCAGAGCCAAUGACAGGCAGAGCCAACUCAUGCUAGUUUUGUCUCCCUCCUCUUCCCUGCUACAAGAGGCAAUACUGGGACCAAGGAUGAGAAAACUGACAGGUUGUUCUGCCAAGCAAUGCACAUUACUUAAGCAGAUGCCGUAAGACCUUGAAGUCCAGAGUCUCUCCUUACCCAGCCUACCCCUGGCGCCUUGACCAUUCCUCUGGACAGCAUAAUGACAGCACUCUUGCACCCACCUCGCUCUCCAUUUUGCUUUUGAGUUCCUUGCCACCCCCUUUUGACAUUUCUUGCAUGCGGCUGAAAAUCUGGCCAUUGAUCAGGAAGAUUUGCGGAAACCCGAUUUAAAACAAAAACAAAAAGCAAAAACAAACAGAAAUGAGCUCUCGUUUCUGAAGAUGCUGUUCACUCUAAUUCUUCACCAGUUCUGGUACCUUUCAUCUGAAUUCUUAGGUUCUGUGGGGUUCACCUUAAAAGGAUAUGGUUUCUUUUAAUCAAUAAAGACCUUCCAAAGCUGUCUUUUUCUUGUCUUGUGGAGGGGUGGGGGGAGAAGGGGAGGAAAAACCCAAACCACACUCCCCACCCCUUUAAGAUUGGUUGGCCAAAUGGAUUUGGGGUGGGGGAAGUUGCCAUAAAUACUGGCUUGUUCAGCUCCUUCCUGAAGAAUUAAGGUGAAGAGCAUUUUUUAUCCUCCCUGCUCGCUUUUGCUUUAAUGGAGUUUGGCUUCUAUAGCAUGAACAUAACAUCUCUCUCUCUCUUCUUUUUUUGGGAUAAUACUAACCGCAUUCUCCGAUCCAACCCAUAUACCUUUCUGUUAACACUUUCUGUUGCAAUAAUAGCUGAAUCCAUUAACUGCUCUAACCCCACCCUGAAACAGGCCACUUUUUGGAAACGUGAAUACACGCUGUGUCGGCUAGCCAAGUUGCAUGUUUUGGAGUUCCUCCUCCGUUCUUAUUUUCUAACCCUUUCCUGCCAAAAUCUGAAAGCACAGCCGUGGGGAGAUAACCUCGCCAACCCGCAUCUUGCUUGCAUGUUUUCGGUAUGGCUGCCUGGUUUGGGCCCAAGCCAUUUGCCUUAAUGGACAUCAUGGAUGAGCUGACAGCCAGUUGUUUAUGAAAGGCAUCAUCCGGUUUAAAAAGAGGGAGGGGAAAUAAAGGGGUGGCGGUUCCCCAGCCUGGUGCCCUCCAGAUGCCACAGACUACAACUCCCAUCAUCCCCGACUACGAGCCAUCUGACUGCGGAUGAUGGGAGUUGUAGUCCAACACACCUGGAAGGCACCAUGCUGACUCUCUGUGGCUUACGGAAUCAGGGUCGCAAUGUUUUCUUUUUCUUUUUCUAGCUAUAUUUGCCCCAAAUGGAGCAAAACAGAAGCAGGGAGGAAUCAAAGUGUUGCAACUUGUUGGUGUUGGUCGGGGGUGUAUCAGAGGGGAAGCACACUGCAAAUCUUUGCAGCAUAUUUCUCCUCUUCCCUCCCCUCCAAAUCUCAGCCCAAAGGAUGCUCCGAGGCUUCAUAUAGCGCUAAAUAUUUCUCCCUCUCCCCCACCUCCCCUCCAUUUCUCUCUUUUGCCUAGAUAUUGGCGACACGUCAGAGAUGCAGGGGUUUGGGGCCAGCUUGUUGUCGUGGCAACUGGACCCGUGCAGCCAGGGGUCCUCCUGCCUCUCGUGCUCCACCGGAAGUUCCCCUUACGACGUUCCCAGCUGCUGCACCUGCAUCCACGACAGGUGAAAUGAACUGCCCAUCUGUUGACCUUGCUUUUGGGGGGGCUCUCUGUGUUAGUGCAAAUAUCAAAGAAUAAGUGCAUUUCAGUUUGCAUACGGCUGUGGGAAGUGCAGAUUUUACAGAUCUGUGCUUUAAGUGCGUACUGAAUUUACCGUAUUUUUCGCUCUAUAAGACGCACCAGACCAUAAGACGCACCUAGUUUUUGGAGGAGGAAAACAAGGGGGGGGGGGGGAAUUCUGAAUCCCAGAAGCCAGAACAGCAAGAGGGAUCGGUGCACAGUGAAAGCAGUGAUCCCUCUUGCUGUUCUGGCUUCUGGGAUAGCUGCGCAGCCUGCAUUCGCUCCAUAAGACGCACACACAUUUCCCCUUACUUUUUAGGAGGGAAAAAGUGAGUCUUAUAGAGCAAAAAAUACGGUAAUCUCUCCUCCAUCCCUCAUUGCUAGCAUGCACGGUUUGGCGGCAAUCUCGUGAUUGACGAGGGUUAAUUCACAAAACUGUUGAGAACACAGAAAAACAAAAUUAGUGUAAUCAGCACUGUCUCUGUGCUUUCUUUUCAACCUCACUGUUUACAAUGCACACACCUCCAGUGAUAAACUCAGGAGCUACACCAUGCACCUGAUGAAGCAGACUGUAAUCUACGAAAGCUUAUGCCAGGCUGUUGAGAAGUUUCUUCUAAAAAUAAAUUUUAACAUGUGCAUUUGUCAGUUUAAAGCCUUUGGAUAUUUCUUUCAACAGGACCCCUCUAAAAAUGUUAUGCCAAAGCAUGAAGAAACAGAUUAUUUCCAGAGCCUUCUAUGGAUGUAAGUACCGUAUUUUGCGCCCCAUAGGACGCACCGGCCCAUAGGACGCACCUAGUUUUUUUGGGGGGGAAAUAAAGAAAAAUUUUUUUAUUCCCCCCUCCCCCAGGUGCAGGGCUGGAAGAGCCAGGUCAGGCAACAGCGGGAAGGCGCGCUCCGCCUCCCCGCUGUCCCCCGAGCUUGUGGGGCUGGCGAUGGGAAGAAGUGCGCUGAGCCCGGGAUUGCAGGCACCUCUACGCGGCCAUCGGGAGCCGGGCGGGGCUUCGCGCCCCGCUCCCGAUGGCCGCGCAGAGCUGCGCUGAGCCCGGGACUGGAGGCAGCUCUGCGCGGCCAUCAGGAGCCGGUCUCCCGAGGGUUGCGCAGAGCUUCCUGAAGCCUGCAUUCGCCCCAUAGGAUGCACACACAUUUCCCCUUCAUUUUUUGAGGGGAAAAAGUGUGUCCUAUAGGGCGAAAAAUACGGUAAAUGUUUGCAAGUGGUGGGGGGGGGUUGUAAGUCCGCUGUCCCAAUUGAGAUGUAUCCUGUUUUGCUUGGAAAUAAGUCUUCCGAUGUUUGAAAGAGACUCCUCUUUCUCUCUCAGAGCUACAAUUCCUAGAGGACCCCAGGGAUUAAUGGUUAAACCGCUCUGGGAAUUGUAGCUCUGUGAGGGGAACAGGUACCAAUGGAAAGUUCUCUCCUGGAGCGAAUAACAUGCUGGGACGUGGGGUGAUAUUCAAGGGUGAUAUUUAGGGGAGCAGAUAGUGCUGUGGUCUAAACCACUGAGCCUCUUGGUCUUGUCAUUCAGAAGGCUGACAGUUUGAAUUGACAUGAUAGGGUGAGCUCCCAUUGCUCUGUCUCAGCUUCUACCAACCUAGCAGUUUGAAAGCACACCAGUGCAAGUAGAUGAAUAGGUACCACUGCGGUGGGAAGGUAAACGGCGUUUCUGUGCACUCUGGUUUCCGUCACGGUGUCCCGUUGCGCCAGAAGUGGUUUAGUCAUGCUGGCCACAUGGCCCAGAAAGCUGUCUGUGGACAAACGCCAGCUCCCUCAGCCUGAAAGCAAGAUGAGCGCCGCACCCCAUAGUUGCCUUUGACUGGACUUAACCAUCCAGGGGUCCUUUACUUUUACCUUUGCCUUUUUAUUCAGUGGUACUGCAAUGCAUAGAGAAGGGUCUUAAAAGCCCUUCCCCUCUUAAAUCAACAACAAUGGGAUAUCAGCUCUGCCCAAGGCAUGAGGGAUAACAGCAACAGCCAGGGGAAAGAAAGACAUAACAUCUUACAGGGCCAGGAAGAAACACCACGGACAGAAUAAUUGCCAUACACUGGAAGAACAAGGAUUUAGUUUUGAGUUCCUCACUUGUAGUUGUAGAAAUCAUUUAAUGUGUCCACACGAAUAGAAGUUUAUUAAUAUUGCAGGUGUUGUAUGAGGGAUUAUGAUGAUGACCGGAAUGUAAUUGAAAUUAAUAAGAUUUUGGAACGCAGAAAUAAAGAAAAUUAUCAAACCAUCUAAUCCAGCAUUUGCAGGGGGGUGCACUUUAUCUAAAUUAUAUAAUUCGGUAUUUGAACGAUUGAUAUUAAUAAUUGUAUUAUAAAUUGGUAUUGUUAAAAUGAGGCUAUUAUUGGACUGUAAUUGAAAACUAAUAAAAUUAUUAUUAAAGGGGGAGGAAUUAAAAGCCCUUCUCCUGCCCCAUGUACUGUGGUUCAUAUCCUGGGUGGGGAAGGAGUUACAACCCUCACCCUGGUUCACUGUGGUCCUUACCUGAAUGGGGAAAGGGUUACAAUUCUCCCCCUCUCCAUGCGCUGCGGUCCAUACCUGCACGUCGGAAGGGUUAACCCCCAUAUGGCGCCCUACAGUCCUUAACCUGCACUGGGGAAAAUUGUUAAAACCCUCACCACCACCCCCAUACACCAGAUCCUGCCCUUUUAAAGAACUGUCUAAAAAGCGUAUGAAGCACUCAUAAAGUGGCAGGUCGUUCAGUUCUCUACUAACCAUCCUUUUCUUUCUCCUCCCCCUCGAACUCAGGGCUCGCCUACUGCCGCCACCUGUCCACCGUCCGGACGCACCUGUCUGCCCUGGUAAGCCACACCAUCAUCCCUCCGGACAAACCCACGAGUGCCGCGGGGGGACUGACGAAAGAGGUCUGGAGCAAAUAUCAGAAGGACAAGAAGGUAGGAGGCCGCCCUCUGUACUGAUCGAUUUUAUAGAAAUGCUCUGCUGCUUGAUAUAAUAAGAAUCUCAAGCAUGCGCACACAGAAACACACCAUAUGUAGUGCACAUGCGCACAAAUAGCUUUUCCCUCUUUCCAUUCUGUCCAUCUAUCUAUAAAAUCAGGUGUGGGGAGACUUUAACUCUAAGGGCCACUUUCCCUUGCAGACAGUUUGGAAGUGGCCAACGACCACCGGCUUAUUGAUCUAUUUCGUAAAAUUUAUACACACCCAAUUGUAAACAACAACAACCCAGAAAACUUCAAACUGGCUUAGACAGCCUUAAAAGGGAAGUAGAUAAAUCCACAGAGUGGGAGGAGGGCUCUGAUGAUGAGUCCCACCUUGACAGCAGAAAUCGAACUUCCAUGAGCCAUGGCAGUGUACCUCUGAGCAUCAGUUGCCGGGGGAGAAGAUGUUGAUGGCAUGAAAGGUCUGUUGCUUCUGUGCCCUGCUCUCGGGCUCUGGCUGGCCACCAAAGGAAACGGCAGUGGGCGGAUUUUGUUGUCAUCUGAUCUGGCAGGAUUCCCCUGGUCUUAGCUGGAAGAUUCUGGCCCAUGGUGUCUUGAGUCGAAAUGCUAACCCAUAAGGCUCCUAGUCCUCCGGCAGAUUCUCUGAAAUCAAUUUGCUUAAAUAGCCCUGAGCCCAUUGAAGAUGCACUUGAUGAUAACAGGCCAUUAAGAAACCAUUAUGAGAUGCAAUCAGGUUAAGUGUUGAUGAGUUCGCUGCCCCCCCUUUUUUAUUAUGUUGCUGAAUCAGAUUAAGACCCAUCUUCUCUUGUAUAUUGUUUUCUAUCAGAUGCCUCAUGAUGCUCCCAAGGAAGGCAGGAAAAUGAUAGCCCCAGACAGCCAGGAGUGGACGAGAGCCUCCACCGAAGAGCCUUUUAGUCAUUGACCCUGCAGGUCCUCCAGAAAUCCUCUAGAGCAGUGUUUCCCAAAGUUGGGAGUCCAGCUCUUGUUGGACUACAACUCCAAUCAUCCUUAGCUAGCCGGUCAGGAAUGAUGGGAAUUGUAGUUCAGCUGGAGACCCAAGUUUGGGAAACGCUGCUUUAGAGUAAGGAUGAAACUUGACACACUAGGCCUCACCAUUCUGUUCGGAGCUGCCCAGAGUGGCUGGGGAAACCCAGCCAGAUGGGCGAGGUAUAAAUACAGUGGUACCUCGGGUUAAGAACUUAAUUCGUUCUGGAGAUCUGUUCUUAACCUAAAACUGUUCUUAACCUGAGGUACCACUUUAGCUAAUGGGGCCUCCUGCUGCCGCCACCGCACAUUUUCUGUUCUCAUCCUGAAGCAAAGUUCUUAACGCGAGGUACUAUUUCUGGGUUAGCGGACUCUGUAACCUGAAGCGUCUGUAACCCAAGGUACGACUGUAAUAAACUAAUAUUAUUAAUACUAGCCACACACACCCUUCGGGGGGGGGUUUGGGCCCACUGCUCAAAUUAGGACCCCCCCCAAAUUUCCCACAUUUUUCUUAGGCCUUCCCAUCUCUAAAAACCAUGCCUACCUGCCUCACAGAUCAAGCCAGGUGUGCGGCAGGUGGAGAGGUGGUUGUGAUCCCUGCAAUGCAGGGGGUUGGACUAGAUGACUCUGAGUGUCCCAGCUCCACAGUUCUACGAUUCUAAAGUCGAAUUCAGCCCACACAUCUGCUGAUGACGCAGGGAGUUUGUUCCUGCUCUGUGCGGGAUUUCAACAUUCAGUUUGGGGUCAUUGCAUUGUUUUUUUCUGCAGCCAUGCUUCUUUGAAACACUUGUUUAUACAGUGUUAGAUGCUGGCAAAUUUCUGGAAGAAAAUAUUUGGUUGUAUAAGUAUGAUAAUGAGUUACAGGUAGGUAGCUGUGUUGGUCUGCCGUAGUCAAAACAAAGUUGUCUAAGGUGCUAUUGGAAGGAUUUUUUUUUAUUUUGUUAUGAUAAUGAGGAAAGAGUUAAAAAUUUCCAGAACAUAGCAUUAGCUUAAAUUAUAUACCUAAUAUAUGGGGCUUGGCAAGCGGGCAAGUUAAAUGGAUUCUCUGUGCCCUUACAUCUGCAAAAAGAUUGAUACUGAUACAUUGGAAAGAGGAAAAUAUGGCCUCUUUCAGUCAAUGGAUGGAAGAUGUGACAACUUUUGCAGCCCAUUAACAGAUCACUUGCAGACAAAAGAUUAUGUGUGGGAAAAUGUAAUGAUAUUGGAACGUACGGUAUUUAUUGAAACCAUUGUGACCCAGGAAUCAAUGUAUAUUUGAGGGAAACGGUAAGUCAUCCAUUUGUGUAUAUGUUAUAUAGCAAUUUUAAUUAUAUUUUACUGUCAUGUUGUUUUAAAAUGCUUUAUGUAUUCUUUUUCUACUUUAACUCAUUGUAAUAGUCUUCAUAAUGAUAAUAAUAAUAAUAAUAAUAAUAAAACAAAUCUCUCUCCCUCCUUUCUUUGGCUCAGAAUUACAAGGAGUUGGAGCUCCUCCGGCGAGUUUACUAUGGUGGGGUGCAGCAUGACAUUCGGAAGGAGGUGUGGCCGUUCUUGCUGGGACACUACAAGUUUGGCAUGACCAAGAAGGAGAUGGGUCGGGUGAGUACUUCAGGUUAUCUUUAGCUGCUUGGUAACCGACCUGGUCUUUUUUUGUGGGCGUGGGGGAAGGAGUGUUGCUUGAAGAUGCUGUUAAGACAGGGAGGUUCAACGGCAAAGUGUCUCCAUUGCACUCUCAGUUCCACCCUGGGCAUUUUGAAUUACAAAGGGUUGCAGAAGAACUUUUGGCAGCAAUCCUGUGCCAAAGGCCAGACAAAGGCCAAUCUCGGUUUCUCUAGGGAGGCUUGGUCCUAGAUGCAUCCUCUGGUGCAGGUUCACCAGAUAAGGCAGUGUGGUUCUCAAACUAUAUUGGUGCCCCAUUCCCUUGGUUCUAUAAACACAUCCCUAUCCUAUUAAAAACUAAGAUCAUGGCCACUGGUCCCAUCACCUCCUGGCAAACAGAAGGCGAAGAAAUGGAGGCAGUGAGAGAUUUUACUUUCUUGGGUUCCAUGAUCACUGCAGAUGGUGACACGGUCAGGAAAUUAAAAGACGCCUGCUUCUUGGGAGAAAAGCAAUGACAAACCUAGACAGCAUCUUAAAAAGCAGAGACAUCACCUUGCCAACAAAGGUCCGUAUAGUAAAAGCUAUGGUUUUCCCAGUAGUGAUGUCUGGAAGUGAGAGCUGGACCAUAAAGAAGGCUGAUCGCCGAAGAAUUGAUGCUUUUGAAUUAUGGUGCUGGAGGAGACUCUUGAGAGUCCCAUGGACUGCAAGAAGAUCAAACCUAUCCAUUCUUAAGGAAAUCAGCCCUGAGUGCUCACUGGAAGGACAGAUCCUGAAGCUGAGGCUCCAAUACUUUGGCCACCUCAUGAGAAGAGAAGACUCCCUGGAAAAGACCCUGAUGUUGGGAAAGAUUGAGGGGAGAAGGGGACGACAGAGGACGAGAUGGUUGGACAGUGUUCUCAAAGCUACUAACAUGAGUUUGACCAAACUGUGGGAGGCAGUGGAAGACAGGAGUGCCUGGCGUGCUCUGGUCCAUGGGGUCACGAAGAGUUAGACACGACUAAACGACUAAACAACAACAACAAUCCUAUUAAAAAGCAUUAUUCAGAAUUCCAUUCUGCACAACCCAUUAAGGAAGAUAAUGAUGCAAUAAAAUACAAAACGCUGACAAUUAGCUGCACAUUUAUUCAAAAUGCAUUUGAAACCUGUUUAAAUUAAUUAAUUCAACAAAAUGGAUGACCUCGAUCCAGCGAUAACAGCUUUUCAAAGUCUGAGAGUCAUUUACGCCCACUGCCCCCUUACCACUUAGGCAACCCCUUGGGGCGGGAACCACUGAGAUACAAAGGGGUUAGAAUCAUAGAGUUGGAAGGGACCCCAAGGGUCAUCUAGCCCAACCCCAAGGGCUGUAGCCCUUCAGCCCCACCCUUCUUUCGUUUUUUUAUCCCCCAAUCUUUCAGAGAAGCAGCACCUACACUUUGGAACUUUUGGCAAGUCUCCUUCAUCCUAAUUUGUCCUGCCCCUGCCUACCCUGGCACAUCACUUUAGCACUAAUGCUAGCUGGGUGUGGAGUUCACUGUGGCUUCUUGCUGGCUCAGUCUCAGAGCCCUGCAGGUUCAGCUCACAGCACCACUAAGUUGGGCUGAGAAACCUUCUGCUUCCAGUCUGAAGAGUUACAGUCCAGGAACAAGACUGUACCCUGAAGAGACCAGGCCUAACAAAGCCGCCUCAUUGUGUAUUAGGGUAUGUCAUUUUAGGGAGCGAAACUUACUUUUUGCAAAUUUCUUCAGUGAGGAGUCUUAAAAUUAGAUUUUUGAGUGUGGGGAAUUAAAACCUGGCAUUAUUUUCGUGAUGGGGUAACAUUUAGCUUGGUAAAUUUGUGUUUGAUUAGAAAACCACAUAAACAACAGGAGAAUUGUUUUAUUUUUUUGGCAUCAAAACCUUUACCUGCCCCUGGAGGCAACGUAGAAAUUGUUUCCCUGAGGGUGCACCAGUCUCCUAGAGUGGGUUUGGUGAUGUCUUGCUGGUUUCCUUCCCCUACAAGAGAUAAUGUAGGGGAUCUGCUUCUGAGCAGCACUCAUGAAAAUAGCAAAAAGUGUGGGUCGUUGUGCAGACCCAGCUUGUGCUUAUAUUUAUCUCCAGGGUUAUGAAUUAAAAUAAUGAAUUGUUUAAAAUAUAAAAAGCACAUGAACCGCUCCUGAAAACCAAAUAAUUUUAAUUGUACCUUCUGAAAAUGUCAGGUAAUGCUCGCUACAACAACAUAUAAGUGAAAGUACAAUGUGUAUGCACCCCUCCAGCAUCUCUCUACAGCGAACCAAAAUGUAAUUAUUCCCUAGGUGGGAGUGACAAACGAUGGUUAUAAUUGACAAUAGAUGUGCAACAGGAAGAAUCUACCCAGAGCUCACUGGCGGAGAUUAAGAUGCUAAUGACAAAUGAAUGAUCAUCUGCAGAGUCCUGAAGUUUCUCAUUUCUGUCCCAGGAGAGAAAUGGGAACAGCUGCAGGCUGCAAGGUCAGCGUGACCUUGGGGUUUUUGGCCAGAAACAAGUGUGCAGAUAAAGUCUGGAGGAGGAGGACAGUUUGCCUCUUUUUCCCAGCCUGCUAGCCCCCUCCUCUUUUUCUUGCAGCUAAGAUAAGAUUAGUGGCGAGUCAAAGAGCGACUCUUAGGGUUCUGAAAGCUUUCAUUUGGCGAUGUUGCCCAACCCUGGGCCCCCUUCUCUCCCACCAGAACCUUGGGUGCGCAUGGAGAAGACGAGUUUAUAAUUCAGGGGCGUUUCGGGCUCAAAACUCCCAUCAGCGUGGCCAAUUGGUCCAUGAGGCAGCAAAAUCCUGUGGGUCGGCGCCUGACCUGCCACUGCCACCACAGAAGUGAGGAAAAGUGCCGGCAGUGGCGUUCAAUGAGAUUCUGCUGGAAGCUGCCACCGUGCGACUCAGGGCUGAGGUAGCAGGAGGCAGCAUGUUCCUGUUUUGCCUCAGGCGGCGAAAUGGGACGGGCCGCUCCGUUAUAGUCCAGCAAUCUCUGGAAGGCCACAGGCUUCCCAUCCCUGACUUGGGAGAAAAAGCUAAGAAUUGCUGCAGGAGAGGCGUGCAAGACUCCCCCAGUCACCUUUGGGAGAGCUGAGGCCGCAGUGGUGAUGGAUUGCAGUGGAGCUGAGGAAACAGUGGAUCCUGGACUAGAGUGAAGACUUCAGAAGAUUUGAAAGGCACCUGAGGAGAAGUUAAGCCUUCAUUUAAAGCCCUCUGAGAAAGCUUGCGAGUUAAUUUCAAUGGUGUUAACAAGGGUACUUGGCUUAAGGUUGUUGUCUAGGGCAGGAGUGGAGGGCCUGUGGCUCUCCAGAGGUUGCUGGACUACAACUCCCAUCAUCCCUCAAUACUGGCCAGGCAGGCUGGGACUGAUGGGAGUUGUAGUCCAGCAUCGUCUGAAGAGCCUCAGCUUUCCCUGUUGUGAAAACCUUUCAGAACCCCCCUUUUUUUGUAAUGCACACAGUAUAUAUUUUUUAUUUGUUCUGUCUUGUUUUCUACGUGGAUACUAUUUCUUGUUUCCUUCUUUUUGUGUGUGUCUUAUCUCACUCUAUGCACUUGUAAUUUUGUACUUUUGAUUUUUUUUUAAUAAAGAAUAUAUAUAUUUAAAUGAAAACCUGCAGAGGUUUCCCAAGGCCUUUCCAGAGAUGACUUCCUGACAGCCUUUCCCCCCUUCCUUUCUGAAGGUUGACGAGGAAAUUGCGCUCAGGUAUCAGAAAGUGAUGGCCGAGUGGAAAGCCUGCGAGGUGAUUGUGAAGCUUCGGGAGAAGGAGUCUCAAACAGCCACCAAAUUCUCCUCUGGCAGCAGCAUAGACAGCCACGUCCAGCGGUUGAUCCACAGGGACUCCACCAUCAGCAACGAUGUAAGGCAGUGUGCCUUGUUCUACAUACCUCUUUGCUGUGACAUAAUGCAGAGAGCCUUGCUGGGUCAGACCAAAGGUCCAUAAAUCUAGACCAGGGGUCAGCAACUAGAGGCCUGAGAGCCCCAGUUGGCCUGAGGCCUAAUUUCAUUUGGCCAUUGCCCUAGUUUCAUGCAGGUGCAAAAGAAGGGAAUGAGAAUGGGGAGAAAGAGGUGGCACAGAGAGGGAGAGGGAACAGGGUACCCUGCCCAUCAUUGGCUCUGGCUCUGGACCCCCAUCUAGGCCCACCCCCAGCCUGCUUGCAGCCUCUCCCCCAGCAGAUUGAUUUGAUUCUGAUUUGAUUUAUUAUAUUUCUGUGCCGCUUUUCAUCCAAGUUCUGGUCACCACACCAUGGCAGUUUUAAGGUCCAAAAUAGUUUACUGCUGCGGAAGAUAAGGCUUCAGCAAUACAGUUCUGGAUGUUGAUUUAUACAUAAAGCUUGUAGCCUUUGCAGAUACAGAUAUAUACAAGUAGAAAGCGUUUCUGUUGCUCCAGCAGUUCCAAAACGUAACACAGACUCUGACUCAUGGGCGGGACUCAUGGACUGACAAAUGAGCUGACAUGCCUUAAUCACGUAUAUAGAUGGUACUGGGCCAUUGCCAUAGCGACUGGCUUGGCUGACCUUGGACCUCUUGCCUUAUCUCAUACAUGGGGUGUUUUGUGCCCAUGAAAUAAAUUCACCCCUUCCUCCAUGUCCGGUUCUUCCAACUGUAUCAGGUGGUGCAACAGACCUUCACCUUCCUGCUGUGUUCGUUUAAUCCUUCCUUACUUUAAUGAUAAACAUCUUGCCCUUCAGGUGUUUAUAUCCGUCGAUGAAAUGGACUCGGUAGAGCGAGACCUGAAGGUUCAGGAAGACCCAUCUUUGAUCGGGGGCUGCAGCGAUGCGCCAACAGUCAUUGUGGCCGUGGAGCAGCAGCAGUCGGUAGAAUUUGACUCCCCCGACUCCGGGCUCCCGUCCUCCCGGAAUUACUCCGUCACGUCGGGCAUCCUGUCCAGCAUUGAUGACGGGCAGAGUGUCUGCUUUGAGGACGGGGCUGAGGAGGAAGCUGGCUCCGAUCCACAGAGGCAAGAUUCUGACCAGGAUCCUCAAGCCAAGGGCUCGGAACCUCAGGACUUAGUAACUGAGGAACACCUCUGUUCCCAGAUGGACUGUAAGGAACCUGCAGAGGAGGCCAUAUCUGUGUGUUCUGCGUCUUAUACGGUAGGUAAGAGGGACCCUGUAGAGAUGGGCAACCGGUGGGCCUUCAAAUGUUGCCGGACUACAACUCCCAUCAUCCCUGACCAUUGGCCUUGCUGGCUCAGGCUGAUGGGGCUUGGAGUCCCAACAGCAUCUAGAGAGAGCCACAGCUUCACUCUUCCAUCGUACUCUCUUGGACAGCCCUGAAUACUGCAUUUUGGUGAUCCAAAAAGUCUGAACCCUUUAGGUCUGUUUUCAUUGGGCCCUGCCAUCUCCUGCCCUCUCUUUCCCCCCCAACUUAAAACAAUGCCCUCUUUUUUGGCAGGGCAUAUUGCAAAGUUAAACAAAGCUGAACAUAUUUUAACAAAGUUAAAAAUCAACAAAACUUUCGAAAAGAAAUAUAAGCAUCUCAAUCUUGAGUCUGGAUAGACAGGCCUCAACGGAAGAAUUCUCAGCAGGCAUCUAAAGCAAUAUAGUGUUGCUUAGAGGAAUGACUCUGUAAGUUCUGCAGGUUGAGGAGUAUGUGCCCAUAACUGGGGUGCUGUUGCAGAGAAGGCCCUGCGCCCAGUGGCCUCAAUAAGCGAGGGUGCCUGAAGCAGGGCCUCCACUGAAGAGCUCAGCAAAUGGGUGUUUUUAUGGGAGAAAAGGGUCCAGUUGAUUUGCUGUCUCCUCACAAGGGUUGCUCUUGCACUUGAACACAGAAUGAAAUAAGCCGUGUUCCUGAUGUAAAUGAAGGACUGGGAUGCAUUAGAUGAGGGGCAGUCAACCUUUUUGUACCUACCGCCCAGUAAUGCAUCGUUCUUGAUGGUGAAAUUUCCUUACCACCCACCAGUGCUCGAUGGAAGGAGGAUUCAGCUUGUGCCGUAGAACCCCCAGCCGCCCGCCGAGAAUCCUGAAACGCCCACUAGUGGGCGGUAGGGACCAGGUUGACAACCCCUGCAUUAGCUCAAAGUUGGGGAACCUUAGACCUGGUCCAGGGGGGGACCUUCAUAUGCUAUGUUUUGACAGAUCUGCAUCAAUCACACUGAAUUGCAGAACUGAGUAGGUCCCUCACAGAAUUCCCAAAGGAAUUCUAAGAUACUAGUCCUCAUGUUGGCUGUAGAGAAAGAAUGAAAUGCAAUGAAAAAUGCAUUUGAACCUCUUGGGUUUUUUUGGGUGGUGGUGGUUAAAAGCCUUUUUUUGCUCUCUUCCCCCCAUCACAGAAGGCAAUUAAUAAAUCAAUGAUGAUUAUAAUAAAUAAAAUUUAGUAGUGGGGUGUGUGUGUGUGUGUGUGUUUAAAACAUACUCAAGUUUCCAAAAUAUCAGAUUGCAACAGAGAAGUCGUGUUUGAUUCAGCAACACCUCUGUGACGUGUACUUGUAUCUUCCAGAUAGAAAUGUUGGACACUGUUGCCUUAAACUUGCACAGAAUCGAUAAAGACGUACAGAGGUGUGAUCGCAAUUAUUGGUAUUUCACCGCUGAGAACCUGGAGAAACUACGGAACAUUAUGUGCAGGUAAGUGGAACCGGGAGGCUCCCAGGCGUGGAGUCUGGGAUUCAGCAGGGGUGGAGCCUGACAGUUUGAGGGCGGAGCCUGUUGGAGCAAGGGGCGGAGCUUGGGAGAGCUACAGAAGCGAAUAAUGAUAAUAUAGUUCGAAAACCCGGUUAGGAGAAUAAAAUUCAAAUUUUCAGGAGGACGUUCCAAGUUCAGAGAAGCUUCUUGAGAACCUCCUUCCAGUUUGUUUCACCUCAACCGAAGUUCCAAGCUGCAUUUUGCAAAUUUGCCCUUUAAUCGGAAGCAGUUCUUUUAAGAGACGUUUCAAGCGUAUGACUCCAUUUCUCUUCCCUCUGUUGCAGUUAUGUUUGGGAACAUUUAGACGUUGGCUACGUCCAAGGAAUGUGUGACCUUCUGGCUCCACUCAUGGUUAUACUCGACAAAGGUUAGAAGUCUUCAUGGUAUCUGUGCAGCCCCAUAUACAGUGGUGCCUCACAAGACGAAAUUAAUUCGUUCCGCGAGUUUUGUCGUCUUGCGAUUUUUUUCGUCUUGCGAAGCACGGUGUCGGGAAAGUUUUGGAAAAGCUUCAAAAAUCACCAAAGUCUUUAAAAACCUCAAAAAAGGCUACCACACCGCGUUCUAUGAGUUGCUCCUCAAAGUCAAGUCGCAACUGUAUUAACGGUGUUAAGAAAAGGAAACAAACUUGCAAGACGUUUCUGUCUUGCGAAGCAAGCCCAUAGGGAAAAUCGUCUUGCGAAGCAGCUCAAAAAACAAAAAACCCUUUCGUCUAGCGAGUUUUUUGUCUUGCGAGGCAUUCGUCUUGCGAGGUACUACUGUAAAAAUAUAUAUUCAUUUAUACCACAGUUGCACGUUCAUGCUAAUUCAUAGUUUACCUUAGCUUACAAUGACGUAAGCUAUCCCAAAGCCACCUUUUCUGAUUAUUCAAUUUAUCAGGGGUGGAUGCAGAAUCUUCCUGGAUUUACUAGAAGUUACUAGAAUAUUCUCGUGCUUUCUGGACAAAGCAUGUCCACAGCUGUUGUUAUUCUUAGAGUCCUGUAAGAACUCAAGGUCAGUGCUUAGAGACAGAGAUAUAAACCUGCCACUGAGCGCUGCCUGAAUUCUUCGUCGUCUUCUUUCUCUCUCUCUAUUUUGGUUUCUGUAUAUAUCUUGUGUUUUUGCUUCUGCAAAAUUGAAGUUUUUGCCUUGUUGGGGAUUCCAGCAAGUUUCUGUAUGCUUUUAAAAACCUCAGUAAACUUUUACUGAAGAACUCUGCCUGUGUGUUUUACUCCUUUGUACUCUACACGAAGAUGAACUUCCAUUACUCUGCUGAUUUUGGCCUGUGCUCUGCAGUUGCCCAGUUAUGGAGACACCAGUUGACUGGAUUUGGCCAACUGACACAAUUCUAUUCUAAAUACAACUGAUUGAUGGACUUUUUCUGCGUGAGAGAGAAAAUGAACUUGUAAUAUCUGGAACUGAAGUUUGAAGAAAUAUUGGUAUACAGAAUGGUUGGCUGUUAAUGAGUGAAUACUAUAUUUAGCUGCAGGACAGAGAACUGAAAGUAUUUUAUCUUUCUUUAUUCUUUUCUCUCUCCUUUCCCUUUUUUUCUGUCUUCCUUUAUUUCUUUCUUCUUCUUUCUGUCUCCAUUCCUUUUUAGAUCAAGCAUUUCUUUUCUGUGUAUUAUAUAAUAGAUACUUUGCAUGGAGCAUGAAUUUUUGUAUAUCUAUGGGCAAGUAUCAAUAAAUAUUUUUUUUACAAAUAAAUAAAUACAACUGAUGGAUGUACUGGUUCACAGUUCAAGCCUAAACAUGUCUACUCGGAAGUAAGUAAAUGGGACUUACUUCUAGGCAAGUGGGGUUAGGAUUGCAGCCUUAGAUUGCCACUUUAAAUGCUAGGGAGUGAGCCCCAUUGAACGCAGCAGGGUUUACAUCUGAGUAAACAUGUAUAAUAGGAUUGCACUGUUUCUUGAUUAAAAAGCAGAUUUACCCUUUGAAAAAGCAUUGCUUCACUCUUCUUUUAAAUUAACAUCUGUCUGCGUUUGAUUUCAGACGAGUUGGCUUACAGUUGCUUCACCCAUCUCAUGAAGAGAAUGAGUCAAAAUUUCCCUAACGGAGGUGCCAUGGACACACAUUUUGCAAACAUGAGGUCCCUGAUCCAGGUGGGGCUUUGCAUGACUAUGUUAAAAAAAAAUGUUUAACUGUCCUGUUCCGUCCAUUUGAAGCUGAAGGCAGUUUAGCAAAAUUAAAAUGGGCACAAAACUAAAGACUGAAAUCAAAUUAAAUACAAUCCACCAAACGACAGCACUAAACCAAUGAUUUGCUGCCCACAAUUAAAGCCCCCCCCAAAGCUUUAGUGCAGCUGAUGCUCUCCAGAUGUUUUUGACUACAGGGGUCAUGGAGCAUGUGCAGAAGGCCUCAGGAGCGAUCCCCAGCAUCUCCUGUAGAAACGGGAGACGCUUCUCUGAAAUCCUGCUACCAAUCAUUGUAGACAGUUCUGACCUACAUGGAUCAAUACCCAGCCACCGAUAUAAGAUAGCUUUCUGUGUUCCCAUCACCCCUAGCAAGCUCUGGCUGAUGGGAGCUGUAGUCUCAAACAUUUGUUGGGCACCAGGUUGGCAGACUUAGUCAAUGGCACAGAAUUUGCCUGGCACUUAAAGGCCAAAUGAGGCUUGAUCCCUCCUCAAGUCUCCUGGAAGAACUCUGGGACAGACAUCCCAUUUGUCCAAUGGCCCUGCUGUUGAUCUUGUAGCGGCACUGGCUGCAGAUUUUGGGCCGUUGGGCAGGAUGGCAUCACUGCCACCCAUUUGCUUGCCUUCUCCCUCUGGGCCCCAUCAGCACAUGGGUAAAAACCCAGAGGUGCGCAAGCUUCGCGUGGCCCUCAUACUGUAUCUGGUUCCCAGCUCACAAGCGCGGUGUCUCCCAUUUCUUCCCAUUAUCUCUGCACAGAGGAGGUUCAACCAUGGAGCGUGGCAGCUAGAGUGGCCUAGAAUCCUUUGGAAAGAUGCUCUAGCCGGCACACUCUGUGGUCAGGCAUCUGAGUGCCGAUGGGCAUCCUCUGCUCAGUUUCCUCUCUGGACACCUGGCAGACCAGAGCUGAGGAUGGUGGGGAGGGAGGAGCUGGAGCAGCUCCCCACCUCUGCUGUCUCUGGGCAGGGGGCCCGUUCCUAUGGGAACAGUGCAAUUCUUCUGACUUCUCAGCGCAUCUCUGUAAAAGGGGGAAAGCUCUGCAGCAGGGUUGUGAAGGCAGCUCAAACGCCUCGCUGGGACUUACUUCUGAGUAGACACAUGCAUGAGAUCAGGCCAGCAGGUCUGGAAGAAGGGAAGGUUACGGCAGGGAGGUGUCUGCAAACUUAAAUCCAGAAGAGAUACUGCGCUUGGCUGGAAGAGAUAAUGAACGAUGGUUGACUGGGGUUUGUGUGAGGGGAAGAAUGGAUGCCAAAGGGUGGAAAGAGAGGUGGAAAGGGUGGAGAUUGUAGAGGAGAGUGGCACAGAGAGAGAGAGAGAGAGAGAGAGAGAGAGAGAAAACGUGUGAAGAAGGGCAUUGUGGGAAAUUAAGAUGGCCCCCAGUGCCAGUCAGAGCACUUGGUUGGGAUUCUGUUUCAAUGUGGUGGCCAGCUGGGAGCCCAUCAUCUGCCAAAGGUUGCCAGGUUCUGACGCGGACCCUGAGCUGCAGCCCCUUCACCGAAAAAAGCCUUGUGGCACCUUAGGAAUCAAGUGUCCUACCUCCUUCUGCCUUGAGCUCCCCAGCUCUUCUGGGUUGGAGGCCCAAUAAUCUCACCUGACGGUCCGGCCAUGGUAGGUGUUGGCCUGCUCCCAAAUCUUCCCGGUUCAAAAUCCUGAGACCUUGCAAGCCCCUGAUUGCACAGCUGUAUUGUAGCUCGGAUAUCUGUGUUGUCAAAUAUUUAAAACUGGAACUCAUUUUUGUCUCUGUGUUGGUGUUGUUGUUUUCAAAUUUCCCCCCCAAAGAUUCUCGAUUCCGAACUCUUUGAACUGAUGCACCAGAACGGGGAUUACACUCACUUCUACUUUUGCUACCGCUGGUUCCUGCUGGAUUUUAAGAGAGGUAAAGAUGCUUGAGCCACAUAUUGAUCAUGGGACCUGUAAUGAGUAUGAGUUACUUGUGCGUAAACUGGUGCCUCUCUAGGCUGAUUUGCCUUGUUAAACCUUUCUGACUGCACAGCCCCUUCUGAUCAUGACUGUCUCAGUCACUAGCAGAAUCCGUCAGUGGGCGUUUCUUGAAUCUCUUCCAACAUAAGAGUUGUUUGACACCCAAUCGCCUCCGCCUCUCACUGCGCGGGAGCCUUCUGCGCAGGGUGGGCGUGGGUAGCGGGGGACCUGUCCCCUCCUCACUGAGUUCCAGUGAAGAGUCCGUGAGCCCUCUCUCCGAUUUUCCCAUCUGCUCACUUUUGUUCCUGGUGUUGCGCUUAAAUGCUUCCCCCUCCACUGAGUCGCCUCUCCCCAGCAGCUGGGUCCUUCUCCAGCAUCAUCCAGGAGCCUCCCCGACGCCACGCGCUCUGAUGUAAGUUCCCUGACAUCCACCUCCCCCAGAAUCCCCUCCACCCCUGGGCCGACCUGUGGGACCAACUCGUCCCCUUCGUCGGCCGAGGAGGCGGGAAACCCGGAAGGAACUGUCACCAUCUUCCGUGGGUUCGAAACCCGCUUCCCAAUCGCUCUUCCACCUACCAACGGGGUGGUCUUCCCGUCUGAUGCUUCUUCCUCCGAAACCUCUCCUCCCUCCUCGGAGUCAGAAAAUCCCUCAAAAACCUCUUCCUCAUCUGUGGUUCCAAAUUGCUCCUCCCAGAAUCUCUCCAGGGGUUUGGGUUUGUCCGGGAACCGGUGGUGGAAUACCUCCACCAGAUACCUGUCCUCGACGGCUUCCGUGGGGACCCACGUCUUCUCGGACCUGGGUUCCCCUUCCCACGCUACCAAAUACUCCACCCGGCGCCCUUGCCACCUUGAGUCCAGUAUUUCCGUGGCCCUGUGGUGGUGUUCCCUUUCUGCUACCUGCGGGUGUGUGCUGACUUCUCCCUCUUGCCCCUGGAAUUCCCGCCCUUCCCUAUGCGGUGAAAGCAGGGACCUAUGGAAAACCGGGUGUAUUUUCAUGCUAUCAGGCAACCUGAGCUUAAAUGCCACGGGAUUAACUUGCUGUGUUACCUCAAAAGGUCCCAGCCGUCUGGGCUGCAACUUCUUGCACCCCCCUUUGAAAGGUAGCCCUUGGGUGGACAACCACACCCGGUCCCCCACCCGUAUGGUCUCCCCUUCCCUGCGGUGCUUGUCUGCCUGCCUCUUGUAAGUUUCCUUGGCCCGCUCCAAGUUCAUCUUAAGUUGCUGGUGUAGGGCCUCCAUUUCCUCCACAAACUGCUCUGCGGCGGGUACGCUCCAGCUUUCCUCCCCACUCCCGGGAAGGCCCUGGGAUGACACCCAUGGUUGGCCAUGAAUGGGCUCAUUCCCGUGGACACGUGUUCCGCGUUGUUGUACGCGAAUUCAGCCAGCGCUAGUUUUUCUACCCAAUCGUUCUGCCUCUCGCUGACAUAGCAGCGUAGGUAUUGCUGGAGUAUACUGUUCGCUCUUUCUGCUUGCCCGUUGGUCUCUGGGUGUCUCGCCGUCGAGAAACCCACCUCCACCUGCAGUAAGCUCAUGAGUUUCCUCCAGAACCGGGAAGUAAAUUGUUUUCCGCGGUCGGAGAUAACCCUCAAGGGGGCGCCAUGCAGCCGGAAUAUGUGCUCCACAAACAACCGGGCUGUUUCCUCUGCCGUUACAGCAUGUGAGCAAGCUAUAAAGUGGCACAUUUUUGUCAGUAGGUCGACCACUACCAUGACUGCUGUCUUUCCCCGGGACUUGGGCAAAUCUGUCAUAAAAUCAAUGGAUACCACCUCCCAGGGUUUCCCCGGCGUGGGUAAGGGUUCCAGCAAUCCUGUGGGGGCAGCCCGCUUGCCCUUUGGCAGCGGUCGCACCCCCGUACAUAUUCCCGUACAUCCUCCCUCACCCUGGGCCACCAGAACUGCCUGGUCACAAGCAUCAUGGUUUUGUGCUGUCCAAAGUGCCCUGCUGUGGGGUUGUCGUGGAGUUGUUUGAGUACCUUUUCCCUCAGGGUCUCCCCCGGUACGUACAGCGCUCCCCUAUAGUACAGUACCCCUUCCUUCUCCUCAAACCCUUCUUGGGUCCCUCUUCCGUCUCGUAGUUCCCGGAUUUUAGUUUGCGCGAACACGUCGUUUCUGGUCAGCCCGGCUAGUUCUCGUUUCCCCACCAAAGUUCCCCCACACACCCAUCGGUCCUCGGGGAUCACGUGUCGUUUCUCCGGCGGCCCCUCUCCUUCCAGGUACUCCGGUUUACGCGAGAGAGCGUCUGCUCUUACGUUUUCUUCUCCGGGCACGUAGCGGAUUUCAAAGAAAACUUGGAGAACUCCUGUGCCCAUCGAAUCUGUCUCUGGUUGAGUACUCGUGCGGUUCUCCAGUACUCCAAGUUCUUGUGAUCUGUGCAAACCUGGAUCUGUUGUUGCGCCCUAUCAGUAGAUGACGCCAACGACGAAAGGCCGCGUAGAUUGCCAGCAGUUCGCGGUCAUACACUGUAUAGUUUUGCUCCGACUUGCUCAGUUUUCUGGAGAAAAAGGCACACGGUUUCCAUUCCUGCUUUCCCUUCCCUGGCUGCAAAGGACCGCCCCACGGCUCUGUCGGACGCGUCGGUCUCUAGCCUCAGGGGUUUCUCCAGAUCUACGUGCAGGAGUUGCUCUUCCGAUGCGAACGCCUUCUUCAGUUUUUCGAAGGAUUGCUGGGCCUCUUCUGUCCACACAAACUUCUUUUGCUACUGAGACAAUCCGUGAUUGGCGCUGUCAAGUGGGCGAAGUUCUUGAUGAACUUCCUGUAGAAGUUGCUGAACCCUAGGAACCUCUGUACGUCCUUCCGUGUCUUGGGAGCCUUCCACUCCAGCACUGCCUGCACCUUGCUUGGGUCCAUCGCUAAGCCUUUGUCAGACAACUUGUACCCCAGAAACUCGACUUCUCUGGCGUGAAACUGACAUUUUUCCAGCUUGACCCACAACUGGUGCUUCUGCAGUCGUUGUAACACUUCCCUGACGUCUCUAACAUGUUGUUCCUCAUUGUCCGAAUAAAUUAAGACGUCGUCCAAGAAGGCUACGCAGUUCUUGUACAGCAGAGACCCCAACACGUGGUGCAUGAAAGCUUGAAAACAGGCGGAGCCUGACUGUAAUCCAAAAGGCAUAACUAAGUACUCAAAGGCACCUAGGGGUGUGAACAUUGUGGUCUUCCAUUCGUCCCCCUCCCUCAUCCUGAUCAAAUUGUAUGCGCCCCUGAGGUCCAGCUUGGUAAAAAUUUUGCCUUUCCUCACUCGCGUUAAAAUGUCGUCAAUCCUGGGCAUUGGGAAGGUCACGGGUUCUGACACCAAAUUGACAGCUCUAUAGUCCACUACGAGCCUGGGUUUAUUUGUGUCCUUUUGUCCACAAAGAACACCGGACUGCCCCCUACUGCCUUUGAUUCUCUUAUGAAGCCUCUUUUCAGGUUCUUGUCGAUAAAUUCUCGCAACUCCUUCAUCUCCCUGUCUGACAUGGCGUACAGCUUACCCACUGGCAGCUGAGCCCCCGGAAGCAAGUUGAUCUGGCAGUCAAAGGGCCUAUGGGGUGGCAGUCUAUCUGCCUCCUUUUCGCUGAAGACCUCCCGCAGAUCUGCGUAUUGUGGCGGCACCUUCCCUUUCCGCUCCACCGCCAUCCCAGCCACCCUGGCCACGGUCAUUCUUGGGGCUUCCCCCCCUAGACAGUGUUCCAGGCAGUAAGCUGAUCCAAAGGUGACUGUCCUCUGAUGCCACGCCACCACUGGAUCAUGUUGUGCUAGCCAGCUCAUCCCUAAUAUUAUUGGGGGUCCUGCUAGCGAGGCGACGUGAAAGGCGAUGGUUUCCGAGUGCCUGGACACCCUCAUUCUCAUUGGCGGGGUUUGGUGUGUCACUUCCCCUCCUAGAAGCUCCCUGCCAUCAAUGGUGGUCACUUGCAAGGGAAAAUCCAAAGGCAGUAAGUGGAGCUGGUGCUCUAAUGCAAAGUCCUUGCUGAAGAAAUUACAUGAGCUGCCUGAAUCCAGCAUGCCUUUCACCUUGACUGGGUGCCCGUUCGGGAGUUCUAGCACCACUUCGAUGGCUAUUGCCGCCUUGGGGGGGUCUGGUUGGGGCACUUUUACUGGUGGCUGGCUUGGCUGUUGUGCCCCUUGAUUGGCAGCCAAGCGUUCUCGUUUCCCUGUUCCUGUUCCUUUACCACCUCCUCCUCACCCCCUGCGGUUCCCACCAUUCCUUGCCAAGCCUUUCUUUGAGGGCAGGCUCUGGCAAAAUGCCCUGGCUGCUGGCAAAGGUAACACCUUUUGGAGGUUUUCCAAUCCUUUCCCUCCUUCUUGCGCCCUUCGCUGGUGCUUGAAACUUCCCGCGCGCGCGCCCCAUCUAUUUCCAUUGGCUCUGCUGGCGGGGAGGGCUGCCUUGGUAUUUCAGGAAUGCGGUAGUCAUGGCAACGUUGCUCUCUCCCUUCCCGCCUCUCCUGGGCCCGUGCUUCCUGGCGCGCGCCAAUCGCAAGCACAGCCUUGGUCAGCUGAUCCAUCCCCUGUGGGCGGGGUGCGCGGGAAAGUUCAUCCUUAACCGUUGGGGACAACCCCUCCUCGAAUAACAUCUGUAUGGGUUCGGAGCCCAGUUCCCACCCGAGGCGAUGAACUAUCAUGGCAAAGCGCGACCAGUAGUCCCUGACUGACUGGCUCCCCUGUUUACAGUUCAUCAAUUCCCGCUUAGUCACACUUUUUGAACAUCAGUGGAAAACAUCGCGUCCAUCGCUUGGAAGAAUUUCCUCAGGUCCUGCAUGGCGGAAUUCUGCGUCGCCAUAAGGGGUCUGACCCAUUCUCUGGCCCCGUCCUGCAGGUGACCCACAACAUAUGCCACCCGCGCCGCGUCGUCUUCAAAAUCGUUAUGCUGCAAGUCCAAUGCGUACUCUAUUUCCGUUCUAAACGCACUGUAUUCUUGCGGCUUCCCCCCAAACUUGUGCACCAGUCCCGGUACCUUCCUUGCUAUGGGGGUGGGUCUGACCUGUGCAUCUUGAGACCGCCUUUCGUCCAGCCGUGCCGUCAGAAUGGCCACAUGCUGCUCCAAAUCUCGGUUCCUCUCCUCCAGCGUUUGCCCUCCAGCUGCUCCCCCUUGGGUGCCUGCUUCUCCGGGCUUGCUCAUGAUGCUGCCUGCCUGCUGCUGCGCACGAGCAACUUUCAGGGACUGACGGAUUGCUGUAAUGAGUAUGAGUUACUUGUGCGUAAACUGGUGCCUCUCUAGGCUGAUUUGCCUUGUUAAACCUUUCUGACUGCACAGCCCCUUCUGAUCAUGACUGUCUCAGUCACUAGCAGAAUCCGUCAGUGGGCGUUUCUUGAAUCUCUUCCAACAUAAGAGUUGUUUGACACCCAAUCGCCUCCGCCUCUCACUGCGCGGGAGCCUUCUGCGCAGGGUGGGCGUGGGUAGCGGAGGACCUGUCCCCUCCUCACUGAGUUCCAGUGAAGAGUCCGUGAGCCCUCUCUCCGAUUUUCCCAUCUGCUCACUUUUGUUCCUGGUGUUGCGCUUAAAUGCUUCCCCCUCCACUGAGUCGCCUCUCCCCCUGCUGCUGGGUCCUUCUCCAGCAUCAUCCAGGAGCCUCCCCUUCGCCUCUCGCUCUGAUGUCAGUUCCCUGACAGGACCAAAAGGGUUGGGUGGCAUCUUGGGAGUCAUCUAGUCUGACCCCAACGUGCGCUUAGUGCAAAUUCUGCCAUUUCAGGAUGCAGCAACAGCAUCCCCGGCAGGUGAUCCCUCCAAGUCUAAAGAUGCCAUUACAGAUUAUUUUUAUUAGUCUUAAUUUUUCCCCCAGGGGAGGGUGGUGGGGGAGGAUUAAUGUCAUCAAGAAAACUGUUGUGACCAUGAUGCGCUUGAGUAACAGGAUGCUCUCUGCAAUGUUUGUUCCUUCUCUUCAGAAUUGUUGUACGAGGAUGUUUUUACAGUGUGGGAAGUUAUUUGGGCAGCAAAGCACAUCUCUUCAGAACAUUUUGUCCUUUUCAUUGCCUUAGCACUGGUAGAGGCCUACCGAGAGAUUAUCCGCGAUAACAACAUGGACUUUACUGAUAUCAUCAAGUUUUUUAAUGGUAAGGGAGCCGAGCUCAAUGAAAUUUCACUCUCUUUUUCUAUUCUUUUUUCAAGGACUUCGAUGUUGUUCAGUUUAAGAUUGCGGGCGUUUAGGGGAAGCUUUUCAUUUGUUUGUUUAGGAAGCAAGGGAUUUGUGCAGAGGGAGGACGGGAGUAGAUCAGAAUUCAGUCCCGAUCAUCUGUAUUUUGGAAAGCUGCCUAUUUUUCCACCUGUUCUCUGUGGUUGGGCAUGAUAGUUCCUGAGACACAGGAGCAGGUUUUUGUCUGUGUUCAGAUACCACCACACACCAUUAAGGCGGCAGACCAAACCUUUCAGAACAACUUGAGAUUGUCACCAGAUUUGGUGUGAUGGUUCCUGAGAUCCAGGAGCAAACAUUUGUCUGUUUUUGGAUACAACCCAGUGCCACCUUGAAUCAAGAGAGCAGGUUGCAGCUUUCAAAAUUGCGCUUCUAAUAAUUUUUUGGUUGUUUGUUUUGUUUCUUAAAAUGCCUGAGCAACGGCAGGUACGAGGCUUCCACGUGGAAAUAAAGCAAUGCUUUCCUUUCUGAUUAUUCUCAUCUCAAGCUGAAAGCUGUGAACCUGUUCCUGGGAUGAACUGCACCAGAGUACAGAAGGGGCUCCUGUGAUGGGAGUGUUGCUGCGCAACAAGAAAAAGGCACACUCUGCAUCUCAGCAGGGUCAGCGUCCUAGUCUAGCAUUUUCCUUGACAUGGAACUUUUCCGAAAAUGGGGCUGUUGGGUUUUUCUUUGUAGUUUCCAGGUGAAGAUAGCUCAGUGGUUAAUGUGAAUCGCUACAUGCAGGCAAGGAGCGUAUCUGUUUUAUCUGUUUUCUGCGUGGGCUUAAGAGCCAUAUCUUUAAUUGGGAAACAGGAGCUGGAAGAGCAGCUGUUUUGGCUCAGCGUUUUUAACUGAUAAGAAACACUUAGAAGGCCAUCUCGACCCAAGGGUGCUCUGCAGUUUUAACAUGGCCAUUACAUGAGCACGCAGUGCUUCAGUUAAAGCAUCCAGAACUCCACUGCCAAAUUUAGUCCAGAAAACUAUGCUAUGGACUAUUGUGACUCGGCAAGGUGGGCCGGGUAACCGCAACUUGACUAUGGCAAGAAGAAAUUAAUCUGUCUUACAUGGACAGCUCUGGUCCUCUAAGUUGCAAGUGUGCAAGUAAUGGGGCUGGAAUAGCCUUAUCCCAAACAAGGUUUUGCUGCAUAUUCCUCUAGUGAAAGCUUAGCUAACUGGUCAAUUGAGCUUGCUAGGAGCUGAUAUGCAAAUUGAGGGCACAAGGAGAAGGGGAUGACAUGGUUGGACAGUGUUCUGGAAGCUACUAACAUGACCAAACUGCAGGAGGCAGUGGAAGACAGGAGUUCCUGGCGUGCUCUGGACCAUGGGGUCACGAAGAGUCGGACACGACUAAAUGACUAAACAACAACAAGAAGGAGCUGAUAGAUACACUAGUGGCUAAAAUUGUGGAAAUCUUUUGGAAAAAGUGUAUUUCUGAGGUUUGAAAAAGGAAGCUGCAUAUCAACUAAACUGUGUAUCAACUAAAAAAAGCUGCAUAUCAAACUAAGUUGUGCUUCCUUUUUCUGGUUAUUUGGCAAUAACUUUUGAUAGAAUACAGAUAAGUGAACAAACUUUGUUGCAUUACAUUCUUCAUAAAAUUAUCUUUCCAUUGAUAUAUAAUUUUAUGGUAUUACUCCAAAAAAAAUAAAAAUGGUGUUAUGAGCCAACAAACCUCAGAAAUACACUUUUUGCAAGUGGUUUCCACAAUUUUGGCCACUCGCGUAUACUCCCAGGCAAUCUCAGCUUCCUCCACACACUUUUGCCUCUGGCUCCUCGCACUACUGGUCCUCCCCCUCCUCUUACUUCUCUUGUUGUAUGUUUUGUUCAGAAAUGGCAGAGCACCACAACGCGCAGGAGAUCCUGAAGAUCGCGAGAGAUCUGGUCUGCAAAGUGCAAACGCUGAUCGAGAACAAGUGAGAGCAGACGCAGAGGAGGAACUGAGAGGGUUUGCCUGAGGCGACGGCAGCAGCAGCAACAACUGCAACCUGGCCUGCCCCCUUUUAGGGGGAGGAAGGGGGGACGAGAAUUUGCCUGCACUUGUCACUUCAAUUAAUGGUUUACUGGCAUCUUCUUCCAUGUAAUAAUGUUUGUAAAUACCUGAGAGAGUUCUUUCCAGGAGAAGAAAAAGCACACAGGAAAAACAAGGAAAAACUCCCACUAGGAGUUGAGGUUGUGUGUUGGUGUGUUGGUGUGUGUGUGUGUGCGCGCACACACACCCGAGAGUCUUCGCUGCAGACUCUGUAUUUCAGGGCCAAAAAAUAUUUGUGUGUCUUUCGUUUCUCCGGUUUGUUGCGUUGAGUUUCCCAGCACUGGGAUGGUCAAAGGGUGGCCAGCAUGGGCAGAAGGGAGACUGAUGUGUGUGCCCCCCACUGUAAUUUGUCCGUCUUCGAGCCCACCUACCCACUUGCAGGAAAUCCUUCCCGACGCCCCACCUUCUCGCCAGUAUUUCAAGAGCAUCUCCCUGUUCUAAGCGGGCAGCAUCUAUGACAAGCUGCGCCAAAUUCUGUGAUGAGAUCGGGCAUAGACCGAGGUGGGGCAUCCUUCUGAGGUUGCGCAUAGACCAAGGACUUUAUGCCGGAAAAUGAGCCUGUACUUCUCUGAAGCGUGUCUGCAAACUGGAGAGCCCCAUCUCCUCCCAGCGUUUGCGGCACGGCGGAAGCUCUGUGGAAGUUAAGCACCAAAAAAACAGGCUUCCCUCUACUUAUGCCACCCCUAUGAAGCAUUUUAUCCUGAAGUGUUUGGCCCUGAACGGGGAAACCAUGAUAACCAGCCACGGACAGAGAAAGCUCACCGAAAAAUAGUGGGAAAAGGAAGGCAGCAGGCAGGUAGUCCCGGUUUUUUCUGCACAACAAUGAGGGCUAAGAACCUUGAUUUUUCUUUUUCUUUUAAAAAAGAAAACAACCAGCCAGCCAGCCAAACUGUGGAGCCCAACGAGGUGCUGAAUUCUACAAAUGCAUGAAAUAAUUAUGUAUUCUUGCCCUGGUUUCCUGCUCCGUUGCCUGUUUGAGGAUCUUUCAGUUUUUAUGCUGCCUCAUCGUUCUUCAGCUUUUUCUGUUAUAUAGACCGUUGCAGGAUUUAACCCAGUACUCUUAACUGCUGGAGAAACAGACAUGGGAGGUGGGGCAGCUAGCCCCCAAAGCAUCGCUGACUUCCAGCUAGUUGGGUUUGUUUUGUUCCUUUUCCUUUGGAAUGCAAUAGAGGGGAAAGAAUCAGGAAACAGACUCUCUCUCUUUUUUUGGCUAAUGCUGGCAUGCUCACACGGUUUGUCCCUUAGUCCUGUCGUUUUUUCUCUCUCUUCCUUGUGCCAAGUUAAGUGUUCGAAACAUGCAUGGUUCUGCCAGACAGUGUCGCAGGCGAGGAAACCGCUUUUCCGAUUUUGUGUGCAUUUUCAUUCAGCUGAAAGGUGAAGAAGUCUUUUAAAAUCCCCAAAACGCCCUAGGGUCUCCCUUUAAAACCCUGAUGGGUUCAUCCAUGUUUAAAAAAUGAAAACACAGUGCACUACAUUUUUGGAGAAUGUAUUAUAUACGACACUUUACUAUGUAAAAAAAAACACACACAAACACAGAAAAAGGAAACACAAAAAAGAAAAUUUAACGAAUUUAACUGUGCAAACUUUGUUGUACCUGUUUAUUAUAAUGUUUCUGCAUAAUAGUAUUUUAUGAAUAUUGUGUACUGCCUUAUUUUUGUCAGGAGCAGAAUAUUUUCUUUAUUGCUCAAGAGUUUAUUUAUCUUUUAAGUGCAACCAAUGGAUUAAAAGAAAAUACAUAUUGUCAAAGCUU